GUUAACUGCUUCAACCUCAAUGUGCAACAGAUCCUAUUAUUAUGUAAAAUCUGUACAGAUGUAAAUAUGAUACAUGUAUUAUCUUUUAAUUUUUCUCUUCUUGUAUCUAUACUGCUGCUGUAAACCUGAAAUUUCCCCUCGUGGGACUAUUAAAGGAACAUCUUAUCUUGUGCUUCGAUGUUUUAUUUUCAAGUUUUCUGAGAAUAUCGCGACAAUAUUGUUAUCAUCUGAGAAAAUCUGUCUCAUAAGGAACCACAACGUCCCGAAUGUUGAGGCCAUAUUAUUCAGAACUAUCCCUUUAAAGCCACCUGCUCUAUGGGCAGAAAAGCUUUGAGCAACGUGUAGUUAUACACAAAAUAAACCAGUAGAAAUGACUUUUUAUGGAGGAUUACGAGCAAACAACUUUAAAGAACCAAUGGAUGAAAGCAGGGAGAAAACCUGCGCUGUGCUCGCUCCGCCUCUAGAUGGCUACAUCUACCAACUCCACACCACAGCUCGAGGGAAAGUAGGGCAGUGUUUGCAGCGCAGCAUGCUACAUAAAAAAUGCUUGGAGGUCAAUGAAAGUCAUCGCUCCCCUACAGCACUGUGCGAUUGAUUAUUCACUAAAGUGUUAAGGACAGCAUUUAGACUGCAGUAACAGCCGGCUUUUGCGAUGCUGAUAGAAAUCUUAAAAAACAAGAUGAACCUUAUGUUCAUGUGGAAUCCAAAUCCAGAUUUGCUUCAUAAAAGAUCAAGACAGACACUUUGUUCUCACACGUCAAUCCCAUGACAGACUCUCAUGCAUAUUCCACUUCUGUGGGGGUUGUUAGUGUAAAAAUACAGCUCCAGACAUCUGAUGACAAGUAUCAUGUUUGUACAGCGGCGCUGACAUAGAUCUGUCUGCCACCUCUCUGUAAAUCAUGUUCACAGAGGAGCAGUUUGACGUCACACGGACUCACUUUGCUUGUUUAUUUAUUUAAUUCUCCUAAUGAGAAAAUGGAAAGGUUAAAAGCUAAUGAAUUGCCACUUAAUGUCGGCCGGGUUUGCAUAAAUUAAACGACAUGUUGUGGAGACUGAAAUUAAUUUUAAGGAGAGCUAUUCAUGAAUGAAAAAUGUGUGCUAAUUUUGCUUACGUAAGGAAAGAGGCAUAUACAUUUACUGUCAUCUUUGCAAUAAAAAUCAAAGAGGGUCUUUAUGUUGGCGGUGCUUUGAUAAGUAGUGGAUGUUAAAGGAAGAGACAUAAAUCACAGGGAUGAAUGGGUGUUGGACCGACGCUGGAGAUAUCAAUGACUCUGCUGUCCUCGCUCCUUUUACCACAUCGAGUGUUUUAAGUGUUGACACGAUCACGUUAAUUUUGAUUUAGCUCCUUCUGUACGCUCUCAGUGUCAGCUGGCCUCUAUAUACGGCUCUUUGUAAGCGAUCUGACCGUAAGAAUCGCUGAUGCUCCUGAAAUCAAAUCUCUAUCUUUGGAUUACUUCCUCAGCUGUCUUCAAUAAACACUUUAUUGGAAAGAACAUAGGGCCAUAUUUCUCUCUAUCAUCAUCUUUUUAUGUUCUCCUCACUUAUUCACUUACCUGAUUCACUUGAUCACCGUGUGCGUCCCAGCAGUCCGCGUCUAUUUCUGUCGUCUCGGGCCUGUGGUGGACAAAAAAGGCAUAUCAGUUUUGUAAAUACUUUUGGGACCAUGAUUCUUGGAGCUGCUUUCUCUUCUUUUUUUCUCCCUCCCCCAGCUAUAACAGGCAGCAUACCCCGCUCGGGCUUGUCACCAACUGGCAGCGCCAGCAGGCUGCCCCCAAACUUUGGAGGCAAAUCAAGCAGACUGGUCCAGAAUCCCAGCAGCCAAAACCCAACAGAUGCACCGAACUGAAGCGGACUUCACAAAAUAAGGGGGCUAACGUUUGAAAUGUUCUCCCUUUGCUCAUAAGCACAUGCAUAUUUACUUCUAAAUAUAAACACUUACUCAGCAAGGGAGUCAGCAGACGAGUGGAAAUGAAAUCUGGAGUAUAAAUUAAAUCACCGUUGAUUUCUGGCUCGAUUAUUUAAGAGUUUAGAAGUAGAUGAAGUGGUGCUUAAAGUAAUUCACGAGUCUUGGAGGAACAAUAUAAACAGCAAUAUUCUUAUUAACUUUAUCUUUGUUAUUGCUUUUGUUUUAAGGUGGUUAUUAAGGGUUACUAUACCCUGCAGCGAGAAGCUCUGAUCCCUGACCUGUUUGCUCACUGAUAACUCAGCGGAACCCAAACAUAAUUUUUCAUGUCAGCAAGCACAGCGGGAACAUCAACACCACUAUGUUGUUUCGAGGUUCUUCACUGAGAGAGCAUCCAGGAGUGGAGACGUACGGGUUGUGUAAUGUCUGCCAGGUUGGCAGAGAGCGGUCCAGAGUGAGACAUCAGGACGGACGGUGAUAUCCUUGUUCUGAGGUUGCUGGCAGAAGAAACUGCACAUCGUAUAAAGACUUCACACCAUGAAUCUCAGAAUAACCAGAAAACAGAGCAGUGACUGUCGUAGAAAAGGAGAUUGAUGAUAGGAAAUGAGGACAGUGGGAUGCCAGACAGUGUUGCUACUAUCUUCGGGUUGUUUUGAUGCUCGUCGCACCACUGAUGACUGAAAAUGAAACCUCGCUCGAAGAACACAGGAGGCGUUUUCAGUUCUACCCUGCUCUGCUGCAGCCUGAGACAGAGUUGUCCACGAAGAUUUGAGAUAUUAAGGAGGGCCGCACUUUUACAUUCCAUGACUGUGAGGGAAAUUUGAUUCUGUUAUUGAAAUAUGACAAAGACGGUGCUCUAAAAUGUGACUCAAAGGCACAAAGUGAAAGUAAUUUAAGACGAUAGAUGGAGGAUUUUAGCUGAAGGACGUUCAAAUAUUGUCAGCUGUAGAAGUAAUAACUCUAGGUACGUUCAGCAGCUUCUAAAACACUGUGAUGAAAAUCCACUGAACCAUUUCUGCAGCUCGAGAAAUCUCAGCAAAUUGUUUUAUGAGAAUCAAUUAUUAAUAAGCAGCUUGAUAAGUAAAUUAAAUACCCAAAGAGAAUAAAAUAUCACUGCAGACUCUUUCGCCUCCAUUGUCAUGCAGGAAGAACCUCCAUCAUGCCAUCGUCCGAGGGUUCAAUACUGCCGCACAUCAGCUCAUGCAACACAUCUGUCACUGUCAGAUCUCAGGUUCUGCGUCAAAUAAAACGCUUUUCUCUUUCUGUCAGUCCUGAUCCCUCUUUCUUUUCCCAGAAAGAUGAACAGCUUCCAGCCCUGACAGCAUCCCACAGCUGAUCAAUGCCUCGCGGGGAGGAUGUCCUUCCACCACAGAGUGAUGUAGGGUGUUCAGAAAGCAGAUUUUUUGGAGCCAUACCCUUUUGUCGUCUAAAACAAAACCCCGCUCUGCUCCUUCUUUCUGCUCGGCCAUGCAGCUCUCUAAUAGUGGAUUAGCUCGGGCUUGUAAAUGCUAUAAAGAGCCGAGAACGAACAUCGAUCUGGCGGUUUAAUGAGAAAUAACACGGGACAGACCCCGGACACUAUCUCCCCUCUCUCCAGUUCGCUCCAAAUCUCUUUUUAAUAAACCAACACACACACUCGCUCCUUUGCGCCAAAUCGCCCGACAAUCACAGGAACUAUUAACUCUCCUGUCGUGCGGCCUCAUCAGCUGCCAUCAGCGAUAAGUCUGACGUAGUUUACUCAAGGAUUUUGACCAAAGGGAAAAGUGCAUGUUAUGUUAAGAGGAGCGACUUUACUGUCAAGGCGAAAAAAAAAAAAAAAAAGGGGAAAAGUCACACAAAGUUAAACACACACACUCACAGGCACAUCCUGCCCUCUUUCUCCAGACCAGUGCUGGCACUCUACGUCCUCAGGCCUGCCUUGGCUGGUGGUUUGAUAAAUUGGCCCUUUCAUCUCGUCGAUGUGCAUUGUGUCAGUGAGUUUGUGUGUAUUCGAAUCUGGGAGUGCACGCUCGUGUGUGUAUGUGCGUCUGCCCGGGUACAUUGUCUGAGCUGUGAAGUGUUUGGCUUCCUCACUGAAGGCUGCUGUCACAGCCUCUGAAAGCGUGUAAUGGGCGCCCAUUCUGCCGGAAUGAAUACACAUCCAUACGCUAGCGAGAAAAUGUGGCGUUUCAAAAGGACUUGGGAUAAUCGAACAGAAAAAUUAUAAAAAAGGGCAGAGCAGUGUCAUUCUUUUCAGCUAAGCUCUAAAUUUGGUGCAUAUGAUUGCUUAGGGGAAGUGUUUGCAGUCUAAAGUAAAUUAAUGCCAUUUUUGAUGGAUCAAGGGUGGUUAUUGUUGGCUGUGCAAAGCUUACUGGCACCAAACAUGGGGUUUCUAUGAGUUGGAUGAUGAUUCAUGGCUGGGUAAUGUUGUUUUGGUUUGAAAAGGAUUCAAAAGCAACUGUUUGUUUAUUUAUUCAGAUUCCUUAGAAAUACUUCCUCCUGAAAUGUUGCUUCAUUUGCAACAGUUUGUGUUUGCAGAGAUAAUGAUUUGUAGAAUUCCCCAGUGUAAACACGACUGCGCUCUGUUCCGGGGAUUUGUAAUUAGACCAACAGCGAUUCACCGGAAAUCAUCUUCACGCAGUCGCUCGUCCAUUGACAAGUCAGCGUUUUGCUUUCUGGUCCUCGCUGUUGCAUCAAUAUAUCUGCAGCAGAAACGCGGUAUGAAGAAGAGAAAUUUAAGCCAAAGCGAGCAGCAGUGUAAAUAUUUAUGCAGCCUUGGCUGGGUGCAAAAAAAUCUGUUAUUUAUAUGUCUUUUUAAAAACUAAAUUGAAUAUCUUAAAAGUCUUAAAAUCUCAAGUAAGAAAUUCCUCUCCGAGCUUACAGAGCUGAAAGAGCUCCUGUCAACUGUUGUUUUGCUCUGAGUUUUACCCCAGAGACCAAGGCGACCGAUGUGCAGUGACAUAAAACAAUGAAAAGCCACCAAUUCUCAUGUUCGACAAUAUUAAACCAGCAAAUGCCUGACUUUUCUGCUUGACAGAAGACGUAAAUGUUUAAUCGAUUAUAAAAAAACGAUGACAAUUCUUAGCACCCUCGUGUAAGGCGAACGCACUUAAAAAUAAAGCACUUUACAGUUUGCAGCUCAAUCACAGUCCAAACGAGCCGUCAGUCACAGCCUGACCCACAGCUGCCCUUUAACACGACAGAAUUAAACAUCGAUUGAACUGUUGAUCCUUACAUUGAAGGAGCAUAUCGUAAUUAUCCAGCUACACUGCUGUAAGUUGACCUUUUUCAUGUAAAUCAGACGUGAGGAGGUUUGAGAAAACUUAAGCACCCUGUCACAAGAGGCAACUGACUGUGACAGAACAGAUGACCGCUGCUGUAUGUCCUACCUCUGUUUCUAUUCUGUUUUUAUGUCGUGAAGAACUUUAACUCUGUCUUAAAAGGUGUUUUAUAUAAUUAAAGUUAUUAAAGAAGUGUAUUUAGCUAAUGUUUAUUAGGACACCCCCCCUUUGUUGGAGGUGUCUGAUUUCCUUAAUCAUCUAGUGAGUAGACAAAUACAACUGGUAGAAGGUAUAUCCCAAAGUAUGUUUAACUUCAUGUAAAAUCAAUGAAUAUGAAAUUUAAUUUGCUUUUGUUGACUUAGAAUGAGCGCAACAAACCCCCUUCAAUGAUGGCUGCGACUUUGCACCACCAUGUCUCUACAGUAGCACAUAAAGGACAAAAAGGGUGUGGAUGGUGUUCGCGGGAGAAUUUGUAUUUAGUGACAUUUUUGAUGGUAAAAACUUGAAAAAUGGAAGAUCAUACUAAUCAUGCAUGGUAGCAGCUUCUUGUUCUUGGCCCACCAUAGGAGAGGUGAGCAAGGGAGCAUUUCAGUGUAGGAUUUGAUAGAUAGAUAUGGGGCUGGGCGAUAUAAGAAAACGUUUAUCACUAUAUAUUUUUUUCAUAUCAGUCGAUAUCGAUAUAUAUCACGGUAAAAAAAAUUACUUGUCAAUCUUAAACGUUCCCUGUUACUCUAAAAUGAAAUUUAACAGUGCUUAUUGGUAGCCACUGCAUCUGUGAGGUCUUUGUGUCAUUCAUUCAUUCAUUCAUGUUCAUUGGCUGUUCAUAUAGUCUACCAAAACAUGGCGGAAUGCCGACUAUCGAAGAGAAUAUUGACCAUGUUUUAUAUAGUUAUCGAAGGAAAUUAAUUUUCGAUAUAUAUCUUUAUUGUAUUAUCGCCCAGUCCUUGAUAGAUAUCGCGAAAUACGCUCACUUGGGCCCAAUCCCAAACCACCCCCUAGACACUCGCCCUACACACUCCCCCUCCACUUGCGGCAGGAUUUGCAGGUUGUGCGCCAGUAAAAAUGGAGAAGGAGGAAACAACAUACAAAUAAAAGUUCCGCAUGUGUCCACACAAAAGGUCCUGUAUUUGGUCCGCUGAGCUUUCACACUGCAUACGAACCGAACCAGGGUUCGCUCGCAAGCGAACCAAGACCCACGUUUUCAGUAGCCUGGCUGGGCCAUCCAGUUGCGUGAAUCACUUGCCGUUCCUUCCCACAACAGUCUGGACUUCGGCCAAUUGGGAGCGUGUAUUAGAAAUCGGAAAAUAACCGGGCCAAUCAGUGACUGUGUUUCCACUGUUCCCUGGACAACAGGGAAAGGCAGCCCCUGAUUGGUCCAUGUGUAGAUGGUGACAUGCUGCGGGACUUUUCAAAGCGCCGUUCAUUCAGAACGCCGUUAAUUCUGCAGUUGACUUUGCAAAAUCGGCAGAAAUCGUUUAUAUCCGCAGAAGAAGACGUUAAAGACAUUGUUUGCUAGCACACGUUGAAAUAUUACCAAACCUUUACUUGAUGCUUGAGAGCCCAGCAGGGAGCACAGUUGCACACUGUGAUGACGUCAGAUGUUUGGUUACUGUGAUUGGUUACAGUAGUCUGUCUACCAAGGAAAGUACUCCUGCCCACUUUAAGGGCUCCCAAUUGGCCGAAGUCCAGACUGUUGUGGGAAGGAACGGCAAGUGAUUCACGCAACUGGAUGGCCCAGCCACACUACAUUUUCAGGCGGGCCAGAGUUCGCUUGUUUGGUCCACACCAGAGUUCGGUUGAGCUUUCACACCUUUUCAAACAAAGCGGACUAUCCGAGGAAACGAACUCUGGUCCGUUUAAAGCGGACCAAACAGCUCUGGUGUGAAAGCGAUCUACAACUGCGAGUGUAACUUCCUUAUGAGUGACAAUCGGUAGUUCAGGGUGAGUGAGUAGGGGGCGGUUUGGGAUUGGGCCUUGAUACAAGUGGCUGAGAUAUGAAUUUAUUUAAAAAUGUCAAAAAAAAACUCUAAGCAGUGUGACCAAAUAUUGGCUGUCCAUCCUCCGUGGUUGAAGAGUUUAAAGAGUUUCACUAAGAUCAGACUUGUUUGUGUAUUAGGAGAAAAAGCGUCAAUAUAAAGCCGUCAAAGUUGUGCAGACCAAUGGUUAUUUUCCUGCCUCUGAUGUGGUUCAGAAGGUCAGACUUCACCUCAUGGAUAGAAACCACAACAUUAAUCCAGCACAGCAGUUAACUGAGUUCAUUUCUGUUGAACAUGAGUUGUCAGUUAGUGUAUCAGUGGUGAUCGGUGCCCACCUGGGCCACAUAAACACUUAAUUAGGAUCCUGUAGCUGCUAUGGAAACACAACAUCAACAUUAUAAUGAUCGCAUGCAGGGGAAUUGGCGCGCUCUCUCCGUCUCUGUUCAUUUUUAUGUAAGACGAUAUUCAUGUGGGUGCACCAUGCGGAAACCUACUCACUCGACCAGAGCUCCCACUCGCUCCCUCACUCACUCACUCACUCACUCCCUCACUCAGCAGACCUCGCGCUCACUGUUCACUAUCACACACACACGCUGGUGAGCUGGGAGCGCUUUCGGUCUUUCAUUCAUCCCAGUGAGGAGCUGCUCGCACUUUUCUUCAUCUCUCCCUCCCCUCCUCUUCCUCCUCCUCCCUCUCUCUCGCCGGGAUAGCUCACUUUGUUUUUGUGCCUUUCGGUCGGAGUAGUAAGUGGAUGAUAUCAACAGAGCAGCAGCGGCGGCGGCGUUUCUUCUUCCUCUUCUUCUUUACCUCCGCGCGAUACUACCGGCUACAUCAAAGGAGUCGCUAGAGGACACGCGCAUCACGACAGCGCGAGAGAGUUGUGUUUUUAUUCUUUAUUUAUUUACUUAUUUUAGCGAGGAGAGGACGGCGUGAUUUCCGAGCCACAAACACACUGAAUGUCUUCGCUGAACUGCAGUGUUGCUACGGAAGCGCCACCUGCUCAGACUGCUGCUGCUGCUGCCGAACUGGACGGAUUUUAAAGGACGUUAAAAAGGAUUACAGGCGGUCGGCGGAUGGUUGACGGUCUCGUGGAGAGGAGUCGCUGCCUCUGCGCAAGGUGAGUGAGUGAUGGACCGGGAAAUACUGAGUGGACAGUCCGCUCAACAGAUGAAUUAUCGACCAUUAUUGACCUCGUUAUUUGACGCCUGGAGGCUCUACUUCACACAAAUAUACCGAGAGUUUGGCAGCUUUAAAUCACUCAGAGCUCAUGCUGGGAUCGUGUCCGUGAAGUCUGAAGAACAUCUGCAAACUUUGAGAUUUUAAGGUUACAUUUCCUAAUCUGCAGCACCUUUUACUGCAUGACCUCAGAGUUCUUCCUAUAAUUUCCCUCUCUGGUCUCCUACUGACUUAUCUUUGAGAUGAUACCUGUGGUUGAAGAUGUACUAGACAACCAUCCCAUUAUAAAAUGACUUGAUUUUGCUCUUAAAAUAAUAAACAUGUACAACCGAGUGCCCCAAGUCCAAGUUAAGGUCCUGAAUUUUGUGGUUUUGUCAACAAAUAGUGCAAAAGUAUUCAGAUAACAAGUGACACCAAGACAAAGAUAAGCAGCUCUCUACCAUCAGGCUUCUGCGUCCUGAAGCGAUUCAACCACCAUCCCAUUAUAAAAUGUUUUCUGUCCUGAGCAAUGACUCUAUUUUGCUCUUAGAAUCAUAAAAAUGUGCAACCCAGUGCUCCAAGUCCAAGUUAAGGUCUUCAAUCUUGUGUUUUUGUCAACUAAUAGUAGCAAAAGUAUUCAGAUACUGAGACGAAGAAAAGCAGCUCACUUUAAUACUGGAAAGAUUCUCUCUCUGGUCUCCUACUGACUUAUCUUUGAGAUGAUACCUGUGAUUGAAGAUGUACCAGACAUCAUAGAUGCAACCACCAUCCCAUUAUAAAAUGACUUGAUUUUGCUCUAGAAGUAAUAAAAAUGUACAACCUGGUGCCCCAAGUCCAAGUUAAGGUCAUGAAUUUUGUGUUUUUGUAUAGUGCAAAAGUAUUUAGAUAACAGAGACACUGAAACAAAGAGAACUGACUUAUCUUUCUGCUGAUACCUGUGGUUAAAGAUGUCCCAGACUACCAUCCCUCUAUAAAACGUUUUCUUUACCAAGCAAUAACUUGAUUUUGCUAUUAAAAUUAAUAAAAAUGUACAACCUAGUUACCUAGGCCAAGUUAAGGUCAGGAAUUUUGUGAUUUAGUCAAGAAAUAGUGCAAAAGUAUUCAGAUAACAAGUGACACCAAGACAAAGAAAAGCAGCUCACUUUAAUACUGGAAAAGAUGACACCAGAGAACAGUUGGGGUUUCUGCUUAUAAUAAGUUAUCUCAACGAUUAUUCAAUCAUCAGAAUGAUUGCAGAUUAAUUCCCCAGCCGCUCUCCUAAUGCACUCAUCAUCUCAGCUGUAAAGCAUUUUGAGUGAAUCUGGAAAAAAUCUGGCAACCCACUGGAGCUGGUAUUAGACUCAGGGAUUUUCCUCAUGAUUUAGAAACUUUUCACACCAUAGUGCACCCUGAGCCCCCCCCACCCCUGCCGUCUUCUAUGAUGACUCUCAGUGAAAUGUGAAAAUGAGACACAUGUCAGAUAUAAUAUGGAUUAGUGCUGGUACUCGCUGCAUCUAGUUUCUCUGGCUGCCAUCCAUCUCAUUGAGAGCCCCUCUCAUCGCAAGAAUUUGUCACUCUGGGAUGAAUGUCCAGUCAGACUUAUGCAGGGGCGUCGGAGGCAGGAUGAUACCAGCUUAUGGCCUUUACACAGCGCCCGCCUGCCUGUCACCAAGGCUGAAACGCACAUGCACACAUGUAUGCGGCGCAGGCUUCCCCCCGAAUAUCACAUAUCACUCACUCAGACACAGUGUAAUGAGGUGUCAUAAUACAAAAACAAUUUCAUGUUAUUUAUGUCAUCACACAAAGCCACCAUCAGUCCUUUAAAAGAGCAUUUUACCCCGGGCGCCACUCUGCCGUUUAUUCUCUGCCUUUUUACGUCUACUGAGUCACACAGGGGAGAUUUCUUUCCCACAUGUAGUCCGACCAACCUGAGCCGAGCCGAGGCUUCAUGCUCUGCUCGCAUUAAGGUAUUGAUCAGCAGGCUCUGACUUCUACUGUACUUCAGGUCACUGCAGCAGGCAAGACGGCAGGGUGUCACAGAGCGACAGAAGAAAUCAGGAGGAAACUCUUUCAGAGGCGCAAUUUAGAGAUUAAUUGUACUUUUGAAAUGUUGCAUUCAUCAACCGGUCUCUGAAAUGGAACAAGUUUAAAGAAAACAACUUUUAAUGGUUGCCAGAAAAUUCAAUUAUGUCUUAAAAAAUGCUCUCUGUUUGAAAAGCUGCUCAAAACAAGAGCUGCUCUAAUUAAUUUGUCAGAAAACGGUGGAAUUAAUCAUCCGCUUUUGAGAUUCGUUUCAUUUCUUUGCAUUGUUUGACUAAAAACUGAAUCAAAUUGGGGUUUUUUGAGUGCAGUUGCACAAAAAAUUAGAUGUAGACACAAAUUUUUAUGUUAUAUCCAAAAAUGUUAAAUUUAGUGUCGCUUUAGAUUAUAAAAGCUUUAAAUCUGCACAAUUCAAGCAUUUCAACUUGAAAAAUUACUUUAGUUAUGAAAACUGUGGACAAAUCAAUCCCUGCAGAUCAAGUAAUUGCUCAAAUAUCUAAUUGUUUGACUUCUGUAGUAUAUCUGACAUAGUUAGAAUCCUCUGUUAACAUAGUGAGAGAUAAAUAUAAGCCUAACAGCUCGAAUCUAUACCAAUAUGCUGCACUUCACUUCUUAAUGUUACUCUGGGUGACAAUUUCAGGAGGGGCAAAAAAAUGUGAGAUAAAAAAAAUAAAUGAAGGAAGUUAAUGAGCGUGAUCAUAAUGUGGAACAUAUGCGGUGAGGCUCAGAGCCAUUUAGACGUACAGGAGCCGUUUUCAUUCUCCCCCUCUCUGUCUCAACGUCUCUCAUGAGGUGCUGAGCUGCAUCAGGGGGAGAAUCUGAUUAACCGACUGGCAUAAUUUACACAGUCCUGGAGGAAUAAACAGAGAGGGGAUGUAGUUCUUGAAAAGUGCCUGCAUUCGCUCCAUACAUACCAAUAAAGCAGAGGCAGCCCCCCCGCUCACACACUGUAAGACACAAACACCGACACACACACACUCGCACGCAAUCACAGUCCGAGGGCAAUAAUUGAGGCGGUGCAGCUCUUUAAAGUGGAUGCAGCUUCCUCCUGCUUUUUUAAUAGGACGAGGAUUGAUUGAGGGAGUGCGAACGUGUGCAUGUGUGUGUGUAUGUGUGUGUGUUUGUGGUCAUGAGCGAACGACUGCUCCACUUUCUUUAAGAUUGAUAGAGCCUCAUUUGUAGCUUGUGUGUCUGUAUGUGUGAGUAUGUUUUUCCUCCAGAAGUGCACCAUAGCAACAGGCAGCGAUCCUCCUCAAAUAUCUUUUUCUCGCACAAUGUAUGCAGUGACCUUUUCUGCAGACUGUGUGCAUGCAAGUUUUUGCACGAGUGUGUUUAUCUUCUGUGCUCGUGUGCAUCACUGUGUGGCCCACUUGACCUUUCUUAGUGUACACUCAUUAAUGGCUGCAAAAGAACUAUUACCAAACGGCCCGCCGUGCCCCUCUUCAUGAUCAAGAUAUCGAAUCUGUCUGUCUCGCAGCAGCAGCAACAUGGCCGCGCCAGCCGAGUGCUAUUUGUGCCUCUUUUUCACAAACAAAGAAGAAAUCACAGCAUUUUCGACGUAUCGAUGAUGAUUUUUGAAGACUUUGAACAAGUGGCAUUAUCGUUUUUACUCUGUUUCGUGUUCCUCUUUAGCGGGGACUAGAGAGACAUCUUUAAUAUAUAUCUUGACAUGGUUGUCGUGUUAUGUUAAUAUCAGUGUUAGACUAAUAACUGGUUGCAUAUUUCAUAUCCGGGAAUAGCAGACAGAGCUCUUUAGAAAUCAAUUUUCUUUUGCUCCAUCACCGCGUUCAGAAACUGGCCCGCAGCCAGACGGGGAGGAACCCAGAGGAAGUAGAGAGGGGAUAUUGUGGGUGCAUCAGUGAGCGAGGGGGAGAAAAAUAGGCUUAUCAGAUACUGAAUUUAUUCUCUAAAUAAGUUAUAUGCUUUUCCCCCAAAACUUCACAAACAUUCUCAAAAAGCAGAGAAAGCUGCAAGAAGAAGAUGCUCAGGCUUCCGUCACAGCUUCUCAUUUAGCUAGGUGCUGCAAGGUCGUGCCCUAUUUAGUCCACGCUUGUGUCUCUGAGUCUGUGAUGCACAAUCGCAGCAGGAGGGCAUACGUAUCAGUGGCGUGUUCCUUUGUGUGCAUGUAUGUUUGGUCAUGAUUUACACAGCAUGAGCCUCGUAUGCUCGCAUGCUAUCUUUGUAGAUGGGGGUCGUGUUUGCAUGUGAAGACUCUCGAUAAUGAAUAACUCAAAGCUCAUAGUAGGGUCUGUGCUGUAUGUGUGAAGGCUUGUUGUCCUCGCUUACUCGCUUUUCUUUGACAUAUUUCCAGAAGAGAACAUAAACAAAAGGCUCCUUUCUCAUUCUCAAUUCCCUUAUCAAACUCAAACCCGUAUUUAGAAAGCGUAUUCUACUCUGUGACUCAAAAGGCAAAGGAGGCAGGGUUCUUGUGACGAAAACAGACGGUAAUUUGUAGGGGUGGUGUGGGGAUGAGUACGAUCAUUUGCGACUGACUCCUCUUUGAUUUGGUGGUUUUUCAGCUGCGAGACAUUUUCUUUUUUUCCCCUCUCUCUCGUUUGAUCCCUCCAGAUUUACCUCACGCUUAAUCCAAAAUAGUUCAAAGACCAGGCGGCUUCUCUUUUUUUGGAUUAUUUUCAACGCACACUUUAUUUGUCUUUGCUUGAUCAUUUGACUGUUGAUUGCCUUGAUCAAUGCCAUUGAUCGCCUCUCUGUUCUUGUGGCCCCAGCUUUGCCAGAAGCGCCGCUCUCUAACACACACUUAAGGGUCGAACAAGCUGUAAUAGUCGUGCCUAAAAGCUAGAAUCAAUAUUUGCAAUGUAAAAACACUUUAAAAAAAUCCAGAGCUGCUCACAUACUCGAUAAAACGAAGCUCCUCUGUGUGAAUACCAAGCGCAGAAAUCACAGAAAAUAUGCUUUCUCAUUAUUGCAGUUGCCUCUGUUAACCCUGACCUUAAUAUCUGUAAUUACUCCAUCACAGUUACACAGCAGGACAUGCAGCUGACCAUGCAUACCACAGAAACCAAGGGUGUAUUUAAAAAAAUAAAAACACUAACAGAAACACUGUUGAAAGAAAACACACCUGCUGAGAAACACACGCAACACACAAACGGCGUAUUAAUAAGCGAGGAUUUUCACCUCUGGCUCUUUGCGCGGAUCCCCGCAGGCAUGACAACCUUCAUUUACUCCGGCAAACAUACACACACGCCGACAGUGAGUUUGACACAGGCACACAUAUAAAACGGGAGCCCUGUGAUUGACAGUUGAUCCAACAAGGGUAUUUGUGUACACGUCCCCUCAGGACCAAAAUACAUCAUGGAGUCUCAGCUGUAUUGUCGUGAAACUAUAAAUACACCUGCUUAAUAGUCAAACAAAAAGGCUCCUUGUGACAUUUAUAGCGGUCGAGCCUUUUGUGCCACAAAACGAGGAGCUUAUUUUACCAAUUUCUUUGAGGGAGACUGUCAUAUUGAGAGUUGGCUGUUUGCAGUCAUAUCAGCCUCAUGAUGGGAACACAGUGAGCGAGAGAAAGAGACACAGAGAGAGAGAGAGAGAGGGAGAGGGAAGUCAUCACAAAGCAUUAUUUGGUUUGUGUCACUUCAGCCGUUUUAUGACUGAUUUCUUUAACAGUUUUUUAGUUUUUCCUCCAAUAUCUUCUCACCGCAUUAUUUUUUAUGUCUCACUCAGGCCCGGUCUCUGGGGUGAUGUCUGUCUUCUGUGUUUUGUUGCAUAUUGCCUCAUGGGAAAUUUGUUUGCUUCCGUCUUAGUUGCGCUCUAAUCUGCAGAGUGCCAUUACACAUAAUGUUCUUUGUAAGUUAGUAUUUCUAGUGAGUGAGAUUUUGUUUGGGUUUAGGGAAAUUACGCUGAUGAAAAAACUGAAUUAUUAUAAUAUUCCUCUUUGCUCUGAUCUUUGUUUCACUCACUGACUAUCAAAGGGAGUCCAUGAGCUUGUGGCAGUGUGUGUAAUACAAUGAGGCGACAUUAUGCUCCCAAAGCACAAAACCACUGAAGCGUGUGCUCUGUGCUUUUUGUAAAAUACCCGGUUUAUAGAGACGAGUUUUAUUUAUCGCACCAUUUCUCGCACAAGUUGGAUCCUGAAACCGUGUUUGAGGCUGCGGCGCUCUCAUAUCCAAGACAAGUGUGGAGGUUAAAGGCACGGUUGACUCCACGAUAACUCCCCGUCGAACCUGUAUCGCCCUCCCCACAACACACCCCCUCUGGAAGAGCAAGAAGCCGGUUGGCAGAAGAUCCUACACUAGCUUCAAGUGAGAUUCACCAUGUCGGAUUGUUUGUGACUAGCGGCAGUAAACGCCAGCUCUGCUAGCAAGCGCCGUCUGCAGCUGCCUGGAGAGCUACUGUGUUGACACUGCAGAGACUAAUAAGAGUUAUUUAUGUAACAUGUGACACGAUGAAAGGCGAUAAAAAUGACCUGUUCAACAAAAACUCUGCUAUCUCGGCGUCUGUUUUCAGGCCCAAAUCCUGGCGAAGCUUUCUCCACCGCUCGGAGGAUGACCCAAUGUUCAUUUGAGUUAGAGUCCUUGCUAGGGUUGGGUAUUGUUUGAUUUUGAAUGAAUCCGGUUCCGAUUCCGAUUCUGACUCCUCAUUUGACGGGCAAAGAUUGGCACUCGGGCAUUUCUCCUCCAUGAAUCCUGUGGUGUUUAAUCAUGUUGGUUGGUAACCCUCCUUUACAUGAUAUAACUGUGUUGCUAAUGUUGCACUGAGAUAAGAGUUCAUUCUUCCUGCUCAAGUCUCUCUCUCUCUCUCUGUCUCUCUUCUCUCUCUCUGUGACGUUGUCUCUUAUGCUCCGUCCUCGUUGGUGUUCGGCAGCCAUUUAUUUUGGUCAGCGGACUUUGGCAUCGAAACUUGGAAUCGAAUUUUUAAAAUUUGAACGGUUCUGGGAGAAUCGGAAUGUUCGUCCCGGUCCCAAUCGAUGUUCAAGACUCGAUACCGAACCCUAAUCACAGCUCCUGUAGCUAAGAUGCUACGCUACUUUUAGCCAAUCAGAGCUCCGAGGAGGGCCAGGAGAGUGGGAGGGGAUAAGUCAGAAACAUGGGAGAGGGGUGUGUCGAAUUCAGCAAGGUGAUUGGAUAGAGAGGCAGUGCAUGAGAUUGACCAAUAGGAGCUGUCCGGGAUGGAUGGCUUCCAUUGGUCAAUGUUUUUGCAGCUGCUUGGGUGGACAGAUUUUUUCUGUUCUUUUUUCUCUUCACUUUGAUUAGAUCGCACUAAAGGACCAUGAUCGCCAUAGAAACAAGGUUCAUAAUAAUUACUGAUCUCUCUAAUCGUCAACCAUGCCUUUAAAACUUCUUGCAAAUGUUCUCGUCCUGUUCAGAAAAAACUUUAACCGCUCGAUGUGCCAAAGAAUAAAAACAGAGCAAUUAGUUGCUAAUGGAAGAGAGAGACCCCAACAGCUUUGUUGCCAUCCAGCAUGGCAUCCCCCAUAUGUUACUGUAAUAUAACAACCGCUCAAACUUCAGGCAGCCUUUUGUCUCCCCCCAUUAACUCAGUUUGCCUAAGAGUCUUACUGAACACGCUCCCACACACACACAGAUUGACACAGGGAGGCAGAGAUGUGCUCGGUUAAACUGGGAAACCCUAACUUUGCCCGAGAUAAUAGUCUUCAUUCACCGUCGAAUGAAUCCAUAUUGUGACCUAAAGCGGUAGAUCUGCUAUUAACACCAUUAACAAGUAAUGGUCCAGGAAGAGAGAUUUUCAGAGAUAAAAGUACCAAAGUACCCUCAUGAAUAAAGGGGUCUGAUAGAAGAGGAGAGGUUAUAAAAUCUAAAGGGAGCAGUGGAGGGGGGGCGGCCUUUUCAGUCUCAUUUCCCCUGGUAAAAAAAUAAAAACUGUCUGAGCUUCAGAAACUUCAAUUCACUUGAACAUAUCUGACAGAGAAGAGGUUUAAAGUUUCUCCCUGUGACAGUUCAGUCAUUUUUGUACCACAUUUCUACAGUAUCUUCCAUAAAUGUGGCAAGGAUGGAAUAAGAGAAGAGGUAAAAAAGGAUUUUUCACUCAAAAACUGUGUAGUUGGAGUUGUAAGCUCUUCGAAUACUAAUGUAUUUCAUGUCGAUCAAUAAAGCACUCAUCUUAUUCGUCCCUGAGGCCAUUCGGUUGGGCAGCAACAGGGAAAGUCUACAGCCAGGCUAACAGCAGCGUACAGCUGAGGCAGAGUGAUGCUCUGAGAUGUGUGUGCUAGCAUCUGCAUGCUAAUACGCUAAUAAUAACAUUGAUAGAUGGUAAUAUUUGACUCCGCUCUGUCUUUAUCUGGACAUCAUAAUCAGCAUGCUUUUACAUUGUUUUGAUGCAGCCAGAUGAAGCUAACUAAAGCUAGUUCUUCUGUCUUAGCGUCUCGGUCUGAUUGUAUUUCCAUGAAGAAAUGAUCAUAAAUGUUCUUCCUUGAGCUGCGUCACCCCGCUGUUGUCCAUAAUAGAUUGGCCUGAGGUCUCACUACAAACAAGCAGCUGCUGGAAGAGAGUAGGUGAGUUGUGUUUAGUCUCUUUGCUAAAGAAAUCAGGCAAAGUUAAAAAGAUGUUUGGUGGCUAGUACUAUGUCUGGGACCCUAUAUGUACUGUGUACAUAUAGGGUAUAUGUACUGUUGAUGAAGUUAGGUGCUGUUCUGAGCAUUAUUUGUGGCUAUAGAGUGGCGUUUUGGUUGAGGUUUGUUUAUGGCUCCUCAGACCGCUGUGUAUUGCUUUCGUGUGGUCGUUACUAAAGUUGGUAUAACUAGAGAAGCAAGCGGUCGGCAACAUUCAUCUCUGGAGGGGGUGUCUAACUCAGUGUUACGGUGUGUUUGACCCUAACUGAAUUUUACGCCGGAAUAUCCCUUUAAGCUAGCAUGCACUCUUAAAUAUUAGUUGGCAUAUCACCUCCAAGACUAUUAAAACUUGGUAUGAUGUAAUUGCAUAUCACAUUUUCACAUGCUGCCUACAGAUAUGUUUAUAUGUUGUACAAAAAAAGACACACUCAUUUAUCCUGUUUCAGUUCCUGUUAGGCAUACUGCACAGCAAGCUGUCAGAGUUAAAUAUACUGGGAUGUCACUUUCUGAGUAUCCUGCAGCCUUAGUUUAGCAGGUGCAAUGACUGCUAUCAUCUUUUGUUGAGAUAUAAUCAAAGACUUCUUAUAGGGUUUGGGUUGGAUCUGCUUGUAUUCUGUGACAGUGCUUUGUAGAUGCUUUGAUUUCAAUGUGAAGUGGGUUCCUUUAAGGGCCCUCCAGGGUCUCUUUCAUCCCACAUGUGCAUGUCUUUGUAGAUGCCUAUUUCUGUCUCUGUUUAAUCUAGUGUUUGUGCAUAAAGAACACACUAAAAUUUGCUGAUAAGCUCCCAGGAAAGUGCAACUACGGCUGAUUGGUUGGGAUAGGUUUUGCAGAUUUUGGUGGCAAAUUAAAGAUCUGAACUAGUAAAGGUGCAAGAUCAAAAUCAAGGGUGUUAUGACAAAGCUGUGACAAUUCAUGGGGGACUGAGAGUGUGUGCCAAAUAAAUCAACAAUCAAUCAAAAAGUUCUGACUGUACUGGAAGAAGAAAUACAACGGAUGAGAUUUUUCAAAAGUCACUCAGGUGUCUCAUUGAAAGGUGGGGUAGUCAGGAUCUGAGGAAGUGCCAGUUUUUAGGAGAAAUCUUGAAUGUAAACUCUACCCCUCCCAACCAGUUUUCCCCUCAGCUCCUCCUCUCCCCUCAAGCCCCGCCCACAAACAGACGCUCCUGCUCGCUUGUAUCGUUCCAAUUAAAUUCAGAUAUAAUGCAGAUAAAUACUUCAGAUAAUUACAAAUGGAGCCCAGUCAACAUGAAAGUAAAAAGCAUUGGUGCUACUGUAGAUGCCAACAGACUACCAGCAAACACAAUGUUUGCAGGACUUCUACAACUAGGAUAAAGUGACAUAGUCCAGGACCCGAGGGAGGACAGUUUAGCGAUGGCGCUACAACACGCUACAGCAGGUCCGUUUGACAAGAAACACUUCUGUUACAGACACUUGGUUUACUUUGUUAAAGCGGUUUACCUGUCCAGCAGAAAGGUUACAGGGUCCGUAUGAUCCCGAAGCGUUCACUGAUGUUGACCCGCCUGUAUAGCUCUUGUCCGGUCUACCUCCGUUUUAAGCGCCCGUUAUUCCUUCAGAGUCUCUGGUAUUUACUUUGUUUUCUUGCUUGUGUUGGCAGUUGUGACUAAAGGAGGAUUCAGACAAUUUUCUGAACAAUCUGGUUGGUUUCUACUGUCCGAUAUUGUAGCACGCUAACUUUGUUUUGGCUCCUGAACGACACGGGGGAGCAGCGUCUGCCUCACAACCAAUCAGGUCGGGAGGUGGAGAACGGGUUUGUUUACAGUCAGAAAGAGCAACCCGCUUAAAAAAUUUAAAAUGUUGACUACACAGACAUAACAAAGCACAGCGAUAUCAUGAUAGUCCCAAAUCUCAUCAAUAACUAAUAGCUGUUGACUGAUAUUAAAAGCUCUUUUGUAUAUACAACACAAAAAAAGAUGCUUCUUUAACGGAUUCCUGCCUACGCCACCUUUAAUUUCAUUUCCACUGAGUAGACAGUUGAGAUGCCGUCUUGGAUAAGUGAGGAAUUAGUUAUAUCGAGGUGGAAACUCGUGUCUAUACAAACUUUAACUCUCCACUUCAAUCUUGACCCAGGUGACGGACCAGCUGGCUUUGCUAACAGUGUUGACCACACAGCACACAGCUAUUACGAUGCAUGAGAACUGAUAGCUGUUUCCAUAGAGCUUCUGGUGUUUGCGAUGCUACACUAGUUUUGUGGUGCUAUUAUGGAAAAAACACCUACAGGCCUUUUCUUUUUCUAGCUUAUCUUUGUUUAUUCAGUAAGUUUCAUUAAGAUCCAAAUCUUCUUAGCAAGGUAAAGCCACCAAUGAACACACACCUAUCUCAAAUAUUAGAUUAAAAAAAUAUCUGCGAGGUUCCCCAAGAGGAAUGAACGUCUCCAACUUCAAGUUGCAUUGCAAUUUAUUCCAGAAGUGAGGUGAAUAAUACAGUGGCUUAUCUGCUCUUCUUUUGCAAGAGUAGAUAAGUCUAGCCUACACCAUCCCUCAUGAGUAAUCCCUGCCCUCGAGGCCGUAUUUCCACCACUGGGAGAGAAAGGGAGGGAGAGGAAAUGGGGAAAGAGAGGCUAAGAGAAAGGAAAGCAUAGUGUGAAUAUUUAAGACUGUCAGUAUCGAGAGGAUGCACACAUAACUCAGAGAGGUGAAUUACGUCCAAAAUAGGAUUUGGGGCGGAACAGGCAGGAAGCUGAGGAGGAGGAGAAAGUCAUAAAAACAAAGACACACUUGCACACACAGUCUCAGGGGGAGGAAGGUGUGAACUGACCUUGGCGUGCACUUUUCUGUACCUUCAGUCCUCACGUCUGUCUUUGAACCGGGAAAGUUUGACCUGAAAUCACAGACCGAAGCCUUAAUUACAUAUUUGCAUUACUCAUUUAUGAUCUGUAGCUCUUAGUGUUGUAUUCAACAGCCAGACUUCAUCCUCUGUAGCCCUGCUGUGUUUGAGUGUGUGUGUGUGUGUAUGCGUGUGUGUGUGUUUGCAGUUUGCAGCAUUGAGCUAGAAAAGUACAAAGAGAGUCCCUGCAGUGAAAACAGUCUGAAUGUGAAUUUGGAUUCAGACUGGGGCUCCAGAAGCUUUAAAGACUUGACUCCCUCAGUCUAGUACCUUUGAUUGCUAAUGUACAAAGGGCUGUUAAUCUCGGAGCAAGAGGGGGAAUGCAAAAGGAAGACGGCGUUCAGAAAGAUAACAUUACCAAGAGGAGAAAAGAGCGUAAUGUGGAACAUCAAAGUGACACGGGUGAGUGCCUCAGCGAUAUAGGGUUCUAUAUUAUUACCCCCGCAACCUUUUCUCUUGUUAUUCCCACCCGGGACUCAUUAGACAGGUCAUUGGCUCAGAGGCUGAUGUCAAUAUUUCAUCAUCUGAAUGCAUAAUUUGACAGCUAAAUCAGGGCAGCUAUUUAUUCCAAAUGAGAGCGAGAGUAUAGAAUAUAUGACUGCAGAAGAACGGAUAUUCCAGUUCACAGCUCAUAAAAGAGAAAACAGGAAUAUCGAGGAUGGAGAGACCUGUGGAGAAGAUCUACCCCCCAAACCACCUGAUGUUCUUUAUCUUUUCAUCCCUCGCUCUCUCCGUUUCGCUCAUAUCCUUCUCCGAGUUUGAUAGUCUUCAGUACACGGUCUUCGGUACAUAUUUUAUCCAUUUAGGUGUGUUCUCAGGCCACAAGAGAUCUGAGGAUGUAUUUUUAAUAGGAGUAGUGUCUCUUAAGCUCCCCAUUAGGCUAAAACAUUACUCUAUAUCUCUGUCAGUACAAUAGGGCUCUCACGUAGCGCGGCGCUAUUUAGUAGCGAGUAAUAUUACAAACUAAUUAAUAUUCUAAGCCCUGGCGCCAGAAAACAGUCUAAGUGGUUGCACUUAUUAUAAAAGAACAAAAAAAAAAACACGUCCGACUCGAUACCCGCUUUUAAAUGAAGGGGGGGCCGGAGGCUGAGAUUUGAGGGAGGGCUCAGAGUUCACAUCCGUGUUAAAUACUUGAUGUGGUCUUAAAAGGAAAUCCCUCAAGGUUGGUUCUGCCUCCAAGUGUCCCGGGCUCUCAUGAAGACUCAUCUCGCUUUAGCGAUUCUGUUUCUAAUUGAGGUUACAGAUUUGACUCCGUGUUAUUUAGCGCUUCUGUUUGUGACCCCACUUAAACUUUCAAACUUUAUUGUUGUAUAGCUUCAUCUUGUUUAAUUUCUGCCUCAACAGCACCGGAGAUGAAAGCUUAAUUUGUUUUAAUGCAGUGGGCUGUAUGAGGUACAUGUCAGCGGUAAGAGUACUACCCACAGGGGAUCAGCUGAUCAGAGCGCUGCAGGGGGUGGAAAAUGUAUACAGGCUUUCAGACGGCAAAGCAAAGCACUCUGAAAUUUCUACACCUACAACAUAUUAAAAUGAGCAAAAUGGUGCCCCUGCAGCAGCUGAUAGCCUAUAAGUACCUUAUACAACCCCAUAUCAUUAAAAAGAAGUCAUUUUAUACCCCAAAAAGUUCUUCUUGAAUCUCCAACAUUAAACAACUAACAAAUAUCUGAUCAGUACUCAAAGUUAAGGCUCAUAAAACAUCCUCCUUUUGUUACUUAUUGAGCUUUGGAAACUGUACUGGUCUGCCUCAGUGGGUCUGUGUGGGUGUCGUUUUAUUUGAUUGACAGCCGUUUGGCCACAUAAGCAAAACAACCCACCAACUGUCAUCAGAUUAUGAGUCAAUUAUUGCAAAAUCCUGAAUGAUGCAUGAAAGAAAGUUAAAUUACCAUCUUCAAACGAAGCCUUCAUACAUGUCAACUCUGUGAGGAUGAUUCUGUAAAGUCUCGGGGAGCAAAGGGGCGGAAAAUUUCCAAAAACUUUCCAUGGGAACUUAAGAUGAGGAAUUUUGGAAAUAUUCCAAAUUGGAAACUUUCCAUGGGAAUUAUGGGAAUUAACUGGAAAAUCUAUCUAUCUAUCUAGCUAUCCAUCCAUCCAUCCAUCCAUCCAUCCAUCCAUAAGCUAUCCUCCUAAAUUGUCAAUGAAAUUAAGAAUAGCUUACAUUUAGCACCUAUUUAUAUUUAAUUUUGCAACUUAAAUAUUAAUACUAUUAUAUAAAAAUUUAUUUACCCCAUAAUAUUAUCAAAACUUACUUGACUUUAUAUAGUCUGUGGGCUCUAAUGUCUUGUGCUUUGGGUUCAAAAGUGUGGCCUCCAGGGUUCAAGAAAUCAUCUGUGCGUGUGAUGGAGGAGUGGACUUGCAUUAAAUCUGGUUAUUUCUCACCAACUAUAUUUAAGUUCCCUGUUGAGGGCCAACCUUCAAUAUUGUAAAUUUCAGAUUUAUUCCCAUUAAUUCCCAUCGAAAGUUCCCAACUCUGAAAAUUCCUGGAAUUUUGCAACCCUAGUAAAGUCUAAAAUCUGCUUUUGGAGUUUGCCAAAAGUAAGAGGCAGCAGCAUCAGUUUCUGCAGAGCUCUGAGGUUACAUGUGUACUGGCAAAGUGCUUCAUAAUUGGCUCAUUUAUGUUUGUUAUGAGCGUAUGUCCAACAGGGGAAAACACGGCCAUUAUUUCCUGCCUCACCAACACUGUUUGUCCUCUUGGCUUCUUAAACCAACCCCAGUGACCUCUCUGUUGUGGACUUGCUUACAGUUGAUAAUCACGGAUGUGUAUUCAGAAGCAGAGCUCUGCCCGUGGAUUGCUGUUUUCUCCUGCUAAGAUUUUUCAACACUGACGACGUGAAAUGUUUUUGCUUUGUUGCCUUUUUGUUUUGGAUUUUGGUAAAAUCCUCAGACAACCUGGCAGAGAUUUUUUUUUACUUGAUUUAAUCAGAAGGACAAACAGAUACUUCUCGUUUCUAAAUUUAAUUUGGGGUUUCAUGCCUUAAUUUAGAGAAGAGUGGAUCGAGUGGGACAUUGGAAAAAAAAAAGAGAGAGAGAGUGGGGAAUGACGUGUGCACUCAGAGAAAUAUUUCGGCCUGAUCGCAUAAAAAAUUUUUUAUCCAUUUGAAUGACUGAGAUUUAACACAAACAGGCCAAUAAACUUGAUUUGAUCUGUCUAAUGUAAAUGAAACUAUUAAGAAUUGGAUUUAUGAAAUAAUACCAAUAAACCCAAUGUGUUAUGAAUCAAUAAUAAUGAUUUAUGUAUUAUCAUUGAUAAAUCCAGUCAACAAUCAAAAUAACAAGCAGAACGAACUUUUCCUUAACCUUCCAUAAUAGAGGAACGAUAAGCUUAAAAAGUUAAAGAUGGGACUUUAAAAGAGCCAGAGGGAAUCAACACUAGUAUUAGUAAUAACAAAGUACAGAGUAAUGUGCCAGUGGCAUUAAACAUUAACAUAAGAACAAAUAAGUAACAUUUAAAUAAAAUGAAAUUCCUUAUUGUGCAAAUUGUAAGAAUCUUCAGAGCUCAAAAAGAUCGACUCUUACAAAUAUAAAACCGAGCAAUGACGACUAUAUCAAACAAAACAACCACAUGUAAAUAAAUGUGUAGUUUAGGUCUUUAAAAUAACAUAAAAUAUGUCGACUAAUCAAAUGAACCGAUUGUCUGUUUCCUCCACCAUAAGCUGACUGCUGCUGACUUUGUUCACUGCUUCAGAUUAAAAUGUAAAAAUAUCAGCAUAUUUACUUUCCUGGUUUAAGUCAUGAUCUGCGAGGGGAAACGAUGCACCCGCUGGUACUGAAUAGCCUCUCGGAUGACACGCUGGUUGCUGGGAUGUACAAAAGCUUCCUGGCAACCUCUGCAAACCUUUGUAGAAGCUGAAAUGCGCCCAGACUUCGGACUUUGUUUUCUUUGACAAAUCUCUGCAACACGGGCGGCAGAACGGCCCGCAAAACUACCCUCUGCCAUGUUUACAAGUUGUAUACUGCGCACAGCACUGAGCGGUAUCAAUGUGAGCUUUUCCAGAGGGUGGCAAUCAAACACGAUUUUAACGGUAAUUAAAAUUUGAAAUGGUAGUACAAACCGUCAAACAUUUUACCGCGGUUUAUCGUUUUACCAUAAAGCGUUAUUACAUCCAAACAGAAAAUGUGAAACAAGAAAACACAAAUAAUUGAAAUAACCUGAUUUUGACCUCUAUGUGUGCAGAGAAAUCUUAUCCUGCUCUCUUUCACACAAUCAAAUGUACCACUGUAUGACUAAAUAAAGACAGUCAUUCCUCUCUUUGCUUUAUUAGAUCAUAGCGAAGCAUAAAUAUUAAUUUUCAGUCUAAGACGAGCUAAAAACUCCUGACAGGAGCUUUAACUUAAAUCAUCCGUCAGCUCUUUGACGCAGCUGUCUCUGACUGAGAUGUACCAACAGUCAUCGAGUCAGACCCCUCAUUAAAAAACAGAUGAUAAAAUAGGGUUUGAGACACUCUUACUGCAUGUAAAGUUGACGCUCGUACACCGCUCUCUUUACUUUAUAAGACACCUCCAUCAUCAAGAUUACACAGUUUCCUACAGUGACCUCCGUGUGCAGCCGAGUGAAAAAUAAGAUGCAAAUUACACUGUAACUCUAGAAAGCUGAGCUGUAAUGAAGCAAUGGAAAGAUGUCUGCUGCUACUAAAUAUAACCCACGCCUGUUUGUAGUUGGUGCUUCUUUGUAAAUUGAUGCAAAUGUUGACAUUAAUUCGAUUCUCCAAAAAGAUAUCUCACAGUAAGGGUCUGUUUCAUAAGUCGGGAAUGAAACCACUCCCACACGCAGACCUCUUAACCCGUGCAACAUGAAGACAUCACAGUCAGCGCUCCAAUUAUAACCCUCCUCACCCACUUCUCCCCUCUCCUCCUCUUCCUCUUUUCAUUAUUUCCCCCCAUUAUCAGUCUAUCCAUCUUUUUGCUUCGUCGGGCCUGCCAUUCCAUUAAUCUCACCAACAGAUUGCUCCUAUUAAUUAGGCGUCUUCUUCCAUCUUUGCAUGUAAUAAUCGGAGGUAAUAGAGAUAUUAAGGCGAUAGGGAUGUUUCAUGCAGUCACAAUCGCUUUUAAUUAGGUGAAAGAUUAAAAGAUAGUCUCUCGUCUGCUUGACUGACGCGAAGAAAAACAGCGAAAGGACACCGGAGGACACAAAUACUGCAGGAAAUAAAACGUGUCAGUCUGAGAAAUACAUCCGUCCCAUGAUGUCUCGGAGGACGCUUCAAAUCAUGGAGGUAAUAACGCGUCCAUGCCUCCAGACAAAACAGGCCCCGGCUUGUCAUCGGUGACAUUUGAGACAGAAUAUUACACCUCACAGUCGUGUGUAAACUGUAGGGUAAUCCAUUUAUAGUGAAAUGCAGCAGGAAUGCCAUUUAAUUUCACUGGAAGGGUCUCAUUUUGUAAAUUAAAUUAGAUAAUGGAAGAAGCGUCUGUGCGGCAUGUCUGUGGUUAAUUGGAAGGUCCAAGGUGCACUAAACAGACAAGAGAAACAGACAGAGGUAAUUACCAGCUGCGUGUGCACAGUCAUGUGUGCCAGUGUGUGCACGGGAGUGUUGCGCAAACGUAUCGGCUGGAGGUAAUUACACCGCACCAGACUUGAAAUAAAGACCAUCAAUUCCUGUCACUUCUCCUCCCUGCUGACACAUGCACAACAUUUUGUCUCAUCUCAUCACUAAUGUCGCGAUUUCCCGGGACGCCCCCGCGGGACUAAAGGUCAGAGUCUUUUAAAAUAACUGGAGCUGACCUCUGCAGCAUCCGCCGAUCCUGCACUGUGGAGCACCUGGCCCCUUUAAGCACUCUGUGUUGUUGCAUCCUCGGGGAGAGGAGCUCAUCCAGUUUAAUGGUUGAUGUUCCUGGACGGUUCCCCGCAGACCCGUUACUCACCCUAACCCUGUCAGAGCAGCGCCUACAGCACACACAUAAUGAAGAGAAUAGAAAAUUGAGCACAAGACCACAGGGCUCAUCAUUAAACCAUCUUCUAUUAUCUGUAAAGCGGCAAAAGAAAACACUGCCGCCUGGUUGUUAAGAUCGCACAGCCACAGCUCUCAGUGGGGUGCUCAGGUCUCUAUGGUUUUACUGGUUAGGCAAUCCAAGCAAAGACAAGGUUUGAAGACACUGUUUCCCUCUGGGGAUCCUUGAUAGAGACCUUUUAAAAGAUUAUCUUUGAGACUAUAAUCCUAAAAACCUUUCUCUUAGCUUUGCCGCUCACUUAACAGCCUUACUAUUUCCUGCAAGUGUUCAGAAAGUUUAAGCAGCGAGUCUCUAAUACAGUAUUUCUUUUUCUUUUGCAAGAGUGAAUGUGAAAAAGCAGAAAUCAAGAUCCAGGCUGAAGUGAAAGUUGUAUUUAAACUCAGAGUCUGAGUGGAAGAGGAGAUGAAGGUUUUACUUUAAUGCAGAGCAGAUCAACUCUGCGAUCCCAGUGCCCCGCUGCGGAGAAAGAAUCGAUUUGUAAGAGAAACUUUUGUUCUGUUUUUUUUCUUGUGUAAACCAGCAGGUCAAUUUGUUUUAGGAAGGAGAAGAACUCAGCAAGAUUUAGUACAAGUUGUCAAUGCAUGCAGAACCAAAAGCACUGAAGGAGUUCUCGACCCCGAUUUCCACCGCAUAUGGAACGGCUAUGAAAAGGCCGUAUCCCCCGAUCACAGCUGAUCGUAACCAUUCUAGUUAAUAAGUGAGUAAGUAAAAUGUAUUUAAUGAAGCACCUGUCAUAGAAAAGAUUCACAAAAUGCUUCACAGUAAAAAAAUCAAAACACAAUCAUAAACAUCAAGUAAAGUCAAAGGGGAAAAAGAAACAAUGGCAUAAAUAGAGCAUUCGUUAAAGCUGGGGGAGCUAAAGGCCUGUUUAGAUAAGUGAGUCUUUAAAAGCUUUUUAAAAGUGACAAUGGAAACAGCUGAACCAAUAUCAGCAGGUAAACUGUUCCACAGUGUUAGAGCCACCACUUCAAAUGUGUGAUCACCUCUUGUUUUCGAUGAGUUCGAAUUUGGAAUGUAGGGACGAAGCAGGUCAGCAAUAUAUUCUGGGGCCUGACCAUGCGGAGCUCUAUUUACGAAAACAAGAACCUUGAAAUGAAUCCUGAAUGUCACUGGCAACCAAUGAAGGGAACAGAAAAUUGGGGUGAUGAGGGUGAUCCAGCUGGACUUGGUUAACAAGUCCUAAAAGACACAUAUGGCUUAAUGUGUUAAUUUCCACCGGCUUCUUUCCGUUCCGCUGCAGAUCGCCGGACUCCACAGCUGAAAGGAAGUCAGGCACAAACACAAAGUAAAACAUCCGGCUUCUUUUCAAAAUAAAACUCAGUGUUUUAGGGGGAUCAUAUUUCACACCAUGCAAAUGGGCAGGGCCGAAAAAGUAAAAGGUUUACAGACAGCAUUUCAUCCCGAUGACACCAUGGAGAUGCUGAGUUUGGAAGUCUAGAUUUCCUCCUCUGGAAGGACACAAUUCUAAUGCUUAUACGGUUAAUUGGCUGUUAAUUAGAGACGGUCCGUUACCGCGCGAUUGCACGUAAAUCCAUGGGUUCUUGUGAGUUCUCGCGAUUCCCAUUGUCCGUAAUCUGCUACGAAAUUCGGCUCACAAAAGGUUCAAGAUCGGAAAUGUUCCUGAUGUGGUGGAAAUUCGGGGUUAUCUGACGUCAAUGAUGCCGCCUUUUUACAUAACUGAUGUUUGGAGUUGAAGUCGAUGAGGAAGUGCAGAAAAAAAGCAGAUCCUUGAGCGUCCACUUCAGGCCAAAAGCUCAAUCAACGCCUGCGUCAAGACCCUGUUUUUAAAGGGAAGAUUUCACUGAACAGUUCAUUGAAUUAUUAAUAACCACCAUAAGUGAGAUGAUCUUUUUUAAACAGGCUGUAAAAAUCUGCUCGGCUGAGUCAGGAGAGUGUGAUGUAGCCGUCUCCAGGAGGCCAAACACCCACCCCAGCUUCACCUUUCUCCAUGUGUCUCGCUCGACCAAAAGUUGAUUCAGCUUCGUAACAUCUCCCCAGAAACCAGAGGGUGACCCCACAGAGCCUAGGUCUCUGGUUAAUACAUCUAUUAAUGAGGUGCUCUGAGGUAACUCGGUGGUACAAGUGCUUAAAAAACAGGAGUAGUCCCUCAUGGACACAUUAACAAGAUUGUUCUCAGAGCUCAAACAGCCAUUACUACUUUACUCUUUCACAGUUCCAGCUGACUGCAUCUUCUCCCUUUUGUUUCGCCGUGUGCUUUGAGCUCCAAUUUUACUCACAGAUGAGAAAAAGAAACUUUAAUUAUAGGCAAAAAGAAUCAAACAUGCUAGACUGUGUUGUUGAGACGGCCCUGACAUGACAGUGGUAGUUGUCGGCGCCCUUUGCUCUUUGGAUCAGGCCACAAUCAGGACGGUAUUGUGUAAUCGCAACAAAAUCACACAUGCCAUCUGAGCCUUAUACGGUGAGCCUGUACAAUAGACGAGUGAUUACAGGGGGACACAAAGGUAGUCCUCUCCUCACACCACUGCGUCUCACUUCCAACAAAAAGACGAACAGUCAACUCUGAUAAACCCGACCUUGAAGGAAACGGCUUGAAAAAAAAAAGUGAACGUUUUCUUACUCCAAAACAACAGUCCUGCUUUUAGAGGAAAAACAAAGAUGGAGCAGAUUUUACUUCACUUUUGUUUAAUUUAAACUAGUGUUGGGCGGUAUGACGCUAAAAGUGUCUACCAGUUUUACCGUUAUACUGUUUAUACCGGAGAGAGAAAGAGCAGAUGUCUGCUGCAUCUGUCUGAGUCAGCGUGGAGUUGUCUGGGCUAACAGGAAAGACGAGGUGCAUCCAUUUGGGUGCGUUUCCGUAUAUUCACUAGUCGUCAUGCAGAGUUUGUUCGCUCUGUUUGAUUGGUCAGCUUUGGGUGCACUCCCUAUAAUCACCAGCGUGUCCAGCAGACUGCUCGGCAUAGUUCGAUUAAGAAGAAACAGCGCAGAGAUUAGUGGCAGUACCGAGCAAACGGAGGCAGCCAGACCCACCCAACAUGAAGAAAAGGAGGAGGAACUCGUUGCGAAAAAGGGCGCGAGUCACGACAUCGGUUGUCUGGAGAUUCUUUGGAUUUAGAAAAUCCAACAAUGUUCAAAAAACAAAACUACACUAAGAGUGUCGUGUGGCUGUUGUUACUGGAGGAGGAAACAUCAGAAACCUCUUCCACCACCUGAAGAUGAAACACGCCAAGCUCUAUUAUGAGAGCUGAAAGAUGCGUGAGGCACCUGCUGCACCAAAAACUAAAGUUGCAGCAGCUCCUCUCAUACAGAAGAGCUUGGCAGAGUCUUUCGCCAAAGGUACACCAUAUGAUAAAAAAAUCACCAUACUGGUCUGGCAGCUUGUUUACAAAUCAGAGUUUAAAAAUAAAAGGAAAAUGAACAAAUGUGACUGUAUGGUUAUUUUUAAGAUAUUAAUUGAAUUUACAGACACGUUACCAUGAUAUGAAAUUACUCAUACCGUGAUAUAAGUUUCUGUUCAUACCACCCAACACUAAUUCAAACACUGAUGUUGCAUUUCUAACCCUCAACAAAUAACUCCAGCAGGUGUGGACACUGAGGAUACAAGUGUUCAUUUUUUUAAAUAAACUCUUACCAUUUAAACAACAGGGUAAUUUUGACCAAGUGGCAUCCUCAAGUGUUUGGAAAUAUAACAAAUACCUAAGUGGAAAAACAGCCGUUAAGCUGAGAGGACCCCAUUAACACCAAGGUUAAAGUUUUACAGCAAAUUUAAAACCGGUUACAGCCUCUUACAAAAACAGAUUUAGUCAGGAUAGUGAUAUAAUGGAGUUUAUUUAUUUAUUUUAUGCUCUCUAUGGAGGAUGAUUUUUAUUUUAUAUAACUCCUCCAUUUUGACUAUAUAAAGACUGACACUUAUGCAUAGAUUUGCAUACUUAUACACAUGGCCGGUUUGACGGACAGAUAAGGACCGUUGCAGCUGUUUGCCAGGAAGCUGAAAGCAUGUCUCAGCUUCACCUCUUCACCAAAGGUUACUUCCAGUCAGCACUUCUUAUAUGACAGCUGCCAUUAUUGGCUUCAAAAUACCUCUUCUUCCCAUGGGGGGAUUCUCUGUGACUUUGCCCAGAAUGUAUAUAAUCUUUGAUUUGGACAGACAAGCUGUUAAAGCAGAUCCUGACAUGUGGCUGAAGAAAGGUUGUAUGUUAUUAUGCUCAUUUAGUUACUCGGUGAAAACACCCACACUCUGCCACAUGAACACACAGAAUGAUUUUCUGUCUUCUAUUAAAAUAAAGUCUGUUAUAAUCUUAGAGUCUGAACUGUGUCUUCAGCAGCAGUAAACUCUACAUGAGCCUAAAAAUUGGUCAUCUUUCGUUUUCAGCAGCACCAGAUUAAAGUUCGGAGUCUGCUGGGUGUCAAAGCUUCCUCAGUCGUAGUCUCUUUCUUGUGUUCUUAGACCUCUUUCCUUUUUUUCCUGCAUUUUCUUCAUCCAACCUCUUACAUCUUACUGGAUUUAUACUUCUAUAGAGAUUUCUAUGAUUGGAUGUACUCCUAUAGAUCUUUGAUUAAAGCUGCAGCUAUGGCAACAGUUUAGUGUUUUCAUAGCAUCAAUCUGAGAUGCAUUACAGCCAUGACACAUGUAUGACUCACUGCACAAUGCACCGUACUGUAAUGCUCAAUCCUGUACUACAUGCUAGUAUAUUUAUGCAGUACAACAUACUGUACUAUAUCAUUUUCUAUACCUACAUCUUAUGUUCUUUUUUCUGUAGUUCUGCUGCCUCUACCCUCUGCACUUUAAACUAUCAUCAUACAUUACACCAGAUAGUGCUGUCUGCUCCUCAUACCACAGUUGACACACUGCGAUGAAGUUGCUGUCAUCGAUCCUAUCAUAUAAAUGUCACCUGAACCUGUCGUCUACUGCAGAACAUGUCCCAGCUGCACAGUAAUCGCACCUUUUUACUUCCUUUUAUUCAUUUCAUUUCUCUGCCUUUAUUCCUUUCUUUCUUAACAUGUCCUCUGUUGCCGUAACAACUGAAAAGCAUAAUCGUACUUUGAACCUGUUACACCAGCUAUGGAGAAGGGGUGCAGUAGAGUUAAUGGAUGUGUAUAUAGCAGAGGUGGGGGCUUGACGACUCGACUCGAGACUCGACUUGGACUUGGACUGAAAUAAAGAAAUGACUUGGACUCGUUUGGGACUUGAUUGCUAAAGACUUGACUUGACUUGACUUGAGCCCAGUGACUUGAAAAGUCAAGUCAAGUCUUUUCAAGUCACUUAAUACCUUACAGCAAGCCCAAACCGUUUAAAAAGUGUCGCAUCAACUAAUAGUCAGGAAUUACGGCUGUUGGUAACACCGUGUUGUGUUGCCAAGUCUGCUUAUUUCCCGCAAAAAAAUUCGCUCUUUUUUGGCUUGUUUCUGAGGGUCUGUUUCCUUAUUUCUUUCACGAGACUUGGCAACACUGUCUCAAACUCUAGCCUCCCUCACAUAACCACAACACAGGGAGGACUGAACAUAAAUCGCACGCUAGUAUUGCCCGCCUGUUUCCACGUGUUGCCUUGUGUCUCUCUCUUGUUUUGUUUUGGAACAGUGAAUUAGAGUAUCAGUUUAAUGUUUAAUUGUAUUUGAGUCUUCCUUAUUUUUGUGCAGAUUGUCUAAGUUUCCAAUUAUUGAAGUUUAUCUGAUUAUUUUUUGUAUGACAUGUAAAAUAGUUUGGUUAAAGCUGCACUAUGUAACUUAACACAAACAAGAAACCUUGUUUAAUAAUAAAUGCAAAUAGUGAAAAAUGCUCAUGAUUUAUGCAAAUCUUUACAUAUAACAAAUGGUUUAUGGUUUUGAUAUGACUUGUUUUUGACUUGAAAGAAAUGGUAAGGACUUGGUUGGGACUCAAAGCAAAACUUUUAGGACUUGGUUGGGAUUCGAAAGUCUUGAGACUCGACUUGGACUUGCAACAUAGGGCCUUUCCCCCACCUCUGGUAUAUAGUGUAUAUGAAUUUUUAUUCUGACAUGAUCGAGGUCUUAACACCCUUUUGUUUCUGCCUGAAUCUUCAGCCGUUCCCUUUAAAAAGGCCUCUAAAAGCAAAAAAAUAUAUAUACAAAUUUUACUGAGAAGUAAAAUGCAGAAAGAGGAGCCUGAGCCUGAGGACAUGUUUCCAAGACUGGAGCCAAAAUCAUCCAUGAGAGGAUGUUCUGACAGAGAGGAUCAACAUAUUUUGGGCUGAACUGUCACUCUGAAUCUGUCGUUCUGAAUGAAACUCUUUCUUUACUGAGAGAGAGAUCCAUGCAUGAUCGUGCACCUCGAACACACACACGGUACGGUUCACUGACGUUUUACUCAGUCCUGCAUUCUAAUCAUCUUCUUAUUUGUGUGUGUGUGUGUGUGUGUGUGUGUGUUUGUGUAGUCUCAGAUGAAGAUGAAGUCUGCGGGCGUCGUGGAUGGAGGCUUGUUCACAGAGAGCUAUUGUAACAUCUGCAAUGCCCAGCUCAUCUCCGAGUCCCAGCGCACCGCUCACUACGAGGUGAGUCCGUCUCUGCUCGAACAGGAGCGUUUCAACAAAACAACAACAACAAGAAGAAAAAUGUUGUGAUACUGCGGCCGCCGCACGAGCAAGCAGCUUCCUGCACUGUGCGCUUUGCAUCAGCCUUAUUUGUACCAAUUUGUGCUUGUGCCGUUCAAAAUAGUGCUCAUCCAUUAUACAUAGACUUAAUGCAGUAUGGUAAUGCCAGCCACUUGCACACAAACAAACACACACUCACUUUAUUUUAAUGUUGUCUACCUCUCAGCAGACUCACUCAGAGUAAUUUAAUGAAUAGCCAUUAAAUAAUCAGCUCCGUGCCUUAUUUAAAUAGAAUCCAUCCAUCUGUGUGUGUGUCUGUGCGCACGGACACAUAUGCAUGCCUGUUCGUGCACGUGUGUUGCAUUGAGGUCGUCCUUGAUUACAAGACACAAUUGGGAUUAACAAGCAGACUAAUGAGGACAAGGUUCUUAUCUGGAGAGAAGAAACUCCGAACCAGAGCACGUUGAACCAACCGCCUUCAUAUGAGAGGAAUUUAUUUGUGUCUCAACUUCAGAAAACUAAAAUAAAAUAAAAGAGAGAAAACAUCCAGCCUUGAAUUGUGCAAACAAAUGGACGAGCUGAGUCUCCCAGGUCUUUAGUGUCACCCUUCACAAAUGGUCUCUGCCGAGGUCAGAAGAUCAAGGAAACAAGACAAAGAACGGUUUUAGCAGAAGGCCUUUUCUUUUAUGCUGCAUUCAGAGUGAAAAGAAAAGGGCGACAAGUUGAGGAAGAGAGAUAGGCAUUCAUCAACCGCUGCAGUGGAUCUCUGAGCCUGUAGUUUGGAUGGGAUUAUGGUUUCUAUAAUAGACCUCAUCAUUUUAAAGUCAAGAGACAAAAACAGAUUUGUUCCUUGUAGCACAAAGCCUAUCUACCAUUACAGCUUUGUCCACCACUGUCAUUAGCUCCACUCAAACUCGGCCGUCUCUAAACUGCACAACAAGCGAGACUGAGUGAGAGUUUGUGUAGCUCAGCUCCACCCACGGUCACCCUCAGAAGCUCUUCUUACAACAAGAAUCCUCUGCAGCGUCAAACCCAAGCUCUGCCAUCACUCUGACUCUGUGCUUAAACCCAACAUCAGAGUAAAGGUCCUUACACACCAGGCGCGAAAAGCGUCUUUUAUUUUUUCGCUCGUGUUGAAUAUUUCCGUUUGCAAUCUAACCCGCGAUGGCCUUUUUCUGAGCCUCUGAAAUGGGACCUGGAUUGGUCAGAUAACAAUGAGAGCGCCCUCUGCUGGAUCAUACACUAAGCCUCUUCUGCAGCCUGAUGCGCCGUUAAACUUUAUUUUAAUGAUUUUGAAAAAGCUCAAAAAUUAACUUUUUUCCACAGAGUUUGAAUGAAUGUUUGAAUUUUGGAUAAAAAGUGACAGCUCGAGUAACCAGUUCCAUUUACUUAGCAUUUUCCAUUAACACAAAUAGGAGGCAUUUAGAGCUUUGGUUGAAAAUACAUCAUAAAAAAAUGAAAAAAAAUUCUCUACCUAUCUUUUUAAAGGUUUUUAAUCAAGCAUAUAUACAUUUAGAUGAGAUUUCACUGUUAACUCUGCUCGUGUCGCCAGAUCCCUUCACACUUGAUCACACAUUACCAAUAAUUUUAUGUCUCAUGUGGCUAAAAUGAUCGUAUUACAGUGUGAGACUGUCACCAACAAGCAAUUUAAAAGACUCAGGCUAGAUCUGACCUUUGACCUUCGGUAUACAGGCCACCCACCUCUGUCAGCUACUGUCCUAUCAGGUAUCGAUUAGCAACGUCAGCAUCCAGAAGUCUGUCUGGUUUCUAAGUCUGUGCAGGAGCUUCACAGUCUCUAAGUGUCAGUGCGCACAGUCUCAUUUUUCCUUACUCUUAACAAGAAGGUUUAGAGCAAUGUUUUAAAAACAUCCCCUUAAGAUUAAACAGCCCAUAAUGCACCAAAUUUAUGAUUUUUGUGUAGAAAAUAAAAUGCUGAAUUGCUUUUUUGCACAGAUGGGGUUUUAAAUACCACUGGAAAACUACCAAUAAAGAAACACGGCCAUUUCUAUCCUGUUUUUACUCUUAAAAUAAACAAUAUAUCAAUAGACUGGUUUUAAAUAAACGCUAAUGUUUGGGCUGAAAUUAGGUCAUAAAUCUCGACCUGAUUUCUCACCAGUUUUCUUGGUUGAAAUCUCGGCUGGUGCUCGCUCGGUGUGUCAAACAUGCAAUAUAAGAAGAGCUUGUGACGACGAUGUAACCUGAUUACUAUGAGACCCAUUACACUAAAACUGUAUAUAGUAUAUUCACUCAGUAUGACUCAUAUGGUUUAUUUUAGCAGUCGGCCCUCGACUUACACGCAUCUUGAAUGGUGACGGUUGUUCAUCGAGGUUAGGGAUUAAUUACAUAAUUUGACUCCAGUAUUUUAUAUGCAGUAUAUAAAUAAAAUGUGUAACAUAGAGGACAAAAAUAAAAGCAAAAACAAGAGGCUGGAAUAUGAGUGCUCUUUCUGUAGAAGCCAAUCAAUGCACUUUCUGUUUUCUUACAGUCCUCAGAGAGUCGAUAGUUCGAUCUACUCAACAAAAUUCAGGCUCUAAAUAUAUGACCAACAUUUAGAUUAGUUUUGGUACAAAAGAAAAGUAAGAAAUUGAGUCAAACCCCCUUUCUGUUUCAUGGAGAGUAAACCGAAAAAACAUACAGGAUCUGUAUUGAGCGCGUCUCAAUUUGCUCCAUAGAGCAGCAUUUGGAAUCUCAUACAGGAUCAGCGUAUUUGGAGCGUAGCAGCAGCGUAGUGCAGCCCCGGUCAGCUGGGCUCAGAGGAGACAACAUGCUCACAACAGGUCGUUUCGCCUUUCUGUGGUCGAUUUCCUGCUAAUUUGGAUAUAAUUCAGUGACCGUUGAGCUUCUACUGUAUGUAAAAAAAUGGGAUUUUACAGUUUGUGUUUUUGCAGGUUUACUCGUGUUUAAUAAAGUAAACUAUGUUCUUUUCAAAGUCCUGUUGGGUCCACAUGGAUCAGGGAUUGACCAUCAGAUUGUUCUGUGUUACUGAUAAAUCCAGAACCAGGAAGGAUUUCUCAUCUACACAAACUUGUACACAGUCAGGAGUUCGCAUAUGGUGUUUUAUUUUGAGAUACCGGAUGACAUGUGCAGUUUUAGUGCUUGACUUCCUGUCUAGAACGAUCGUCUCUGUGUAGAUUGACGCGAGUUGGAAGCGUAGAGCAGCAAAAAUCACUCGCUGCGUAUCUUUAGCAGCACUCCUCUCGAUAACCUCUUUACCUAUUUGCUGCGUGAUCCGCGACGCUGCUGCCACGCUCCAAAUACACAUCCUUUAUGUUUUGGCCUCAAGCUCACCCCUGACCAUCCUUUGGUUUCUAUUUGAAGAUGUAGGAACGGUUGUGUCUGUCUCUGGCUGUUGAUUACAGCUCCUCAUAGCUACAGGCGUUAUUGUGCACUCAACACUGAAUUAUGGAACUGUUUCUUCUGUAACUUCUGCUGCGUUUUGAUGCUCCUCUCAGACUCCUUACUUUACAAUCGCUGUGUAUUUCUUUCCCGUUGCUCGGAGGUAUAUUUUAUCUUUUCGCCCUGUAACUGUCAGGUUGGUUUACGACUGAGCAGCCCUUUUUCUCACUUUAUGAAACUCUGAAUUUUGCAACUGCAUGUAUAAAAUGAAAUUUAUAAGUAAAGAGGAUUUGUUUGAACCUAUGUAAGCAAAAAACUCAACAUCAAACAGCUAAAAUUGUCUUGUCAGCCAUCUAACUCUACAAAGUCGAGCCUCUGUCAGAAUGGUUUUCAAACUUUUGAUCCAGUUUUUGGAAGUUCCUUUAUCCGUCUGUAACCCCAUCCAUUAGCUCAACACACAAACAGACAUGACUCAUGUAAAGGGAGUACAAGCCAGGAAGAAAGUUCCAGUGACUUCAAAGUCUUAUUUCCUGCAGCGCGGAUUAAGCAAUGAUCAAACUGUUCAGGGAUCAGUGAAAUACCCCGACUUUUCGGCUUGCAUUCACGGCCCUCGGAGGGCUGAUGCACAUGAUUCUUGCACGCCACCGUCUGAUUUGACACUCAGAAGGAAGUGACACAGAGACAUGCAUAGUCCAUUAGAGCAGAGUGAGCUCUGAGGGUCAGCUCAAGGUAACCAUGGUGACACCAGGCCCUGCCUUUAGACCGUAUCCCAGAUUCAUCGGCUGGACGGCCAUUUAUACACCUAUAAACACAGCCGUACACUCAAGACACAUGAGCACACUAACAGUGACAAAAAGCACUAAAGUAGUGGACAAGUAAGGAGGCAUGUGAGGAGGCGUGUUAGGGUGGGGAGGUGACUCCUGUCCCAGGGGGAAGAGGAUCUAAUGGAGGCUGUGGAGCAGCAGGUACAGAGGACUGCUGCUGGCUCUCUUUGUGAGCUGAUAUAGACUUCCAUUUACUUCAACAUUUUAUUUAAAAAAAAAAAAAAAAACACAACUCCACAAAUUCUACGGAUAAAAGGGUGAAGUGAUUCCCACAUGAGGAAACGCUGUUCACCAUAAAUCAAUCCUCAAUCUCAAUCUUGUUCUUGCAAGUUCACAAAGUUGAAAUGAAGUUUAUCCAGCAAGCUGAUUCAAAACUACACAUUCACCGUGCGUACUCAAACACGGCUGUACAGAGACAGAGAACAGAGCAGAAAUAUCAAUAAAGCGUGCAGUGAAGUCCAGCAGUUUGUUUGUAUUAAGAUUGAGAAAUUAAUCAUAUAGAUCUAAGAAUUCAAGAUGCACAAAAAUGUCUAUUCUCCAAAAUAAAACUUGAAGGUGGGGUAGGCAGGAUCUGAGGAAGAGCCAAAUCACAAAUGGGGCCCAGUCAACGUGAAAGUAAAAAGCAUCGGUGCUACUGUAGAUGCCAACAGACUACCAGCAAACACAAUGUUUGCAGGACUUCUACAACUAGGAUAAAGUGACAUAGUCCAGGACCCGAGGUCACCAAGAUUUAAAGGUCACCAAUAUCCCCAAGCGUCUCCCAUCGUUUAUGUUGACCCGGCUUUUUAGCUCUUGUCUGGUCUACCUCCUUUUUAAGCGCCUGUUAUUCCACCAGAGUCUCCGGUAUUUACUUCGUUUACUUCCUUGUGUCGGCAGUCGUGGCCUUUUUCGCUCAAAAAAUGUAAAAUGUUAACUACACAGAUAUCAUUAAAUUACCAAAUGUCAUCAAUAACUAAUAACUAUUGAUUGAUAUUAAAAGCUUUUUGUAUACAAACCACAAAAACGCAGAGACGCUUAAAUUAAGCAUCUCGGACAGAGGCUGAAGUGAAGGUUUUCAAAGACAGCAGCCUGAAUAAUGUGAAGAGUUUGCUGAACUGUAAAUCACGUAAAGCUGGUAAGAAGCCAUCAGAGGGACAAUAUAAAGCCCAAAAAACAAGCAUAACACUCCCUCUUUAAAAUUGAUAUUUUCUCAGGGAGGACUCCCAGACCCCAGCUGCACAUUUUAGUUAGUUGGCAGCGUGCUGUACACUUAAUAAAGCCAACUGUCUACUUGAAUUAACCAACAGGUUAUUGCUUUGGAUAAAAAAGUAUCCCGACAUAAACUAAAUCUGUCCCCUGGUGCUGAAUGAGAUCACCUCCAUCUCUCAUUGAUCCAUAAGGAGACAUUCAACCCUCUUGAAACUUGGUUCUAAUCACAGUCUUGUGUCCCUGCAGUCUGGCACACAAUACUGAGUAUUUAACUGCACAUGUUGCAAUAAAGAUAAAGAUCCAGAGUUGACUUUCUCUUCUGGGAGGUCGCAGCUGUGGUGGCAUUUUGUAGAUAUUGAUAGAAUUUAUAUAGUAAGAGGGAGUGAAGGUCAGAGCGCGCCAAUAAAGAAAAAAAAUGUAUAUAGAGCAAGAAAGCUGUGUCAACAAACACACUGAGCUGUCCAAACACACACACACACGUGGUCUAAUCUUUACCCCGCAGUGUGCCCAGUGAUUUCCAUUGUUCUGCAUUAAAGUGACAGUUAGCAGCUUAAGAAGGACAACUCAAUGUCCUUUCAUAGAAACACUAUUGGUUUCAUUAUGGCUCAUAGUCUUUAACAUGCUAGGCCUGUGACAGAGGCAGAUUAUAACUGUGUUAGCAGGACAGAAAUCCAUGAACAUUACAGCUCUGUAUUGAACCAUCUUUAAAUAUUACAUGUUCUGUUUUAAUCCAUUAGCUCAGCUUUUUAUGCAGCUGUCAUCAGUGCAAAAAUCUAUUGUAUAACUUCAGAGAGGUUAUCCCAAAAAAUACUGGUGCAGGUUUUGUUGUAUUUUUUUUUAUGAGCAGGAUAUCAUCAUGUCAGAUCAAUCGCAAUUUGAACCUCAGAAAUGAUUCACUCAGCAGAGCCCAGAGACGGAGUAAAGAUCCCUUAUUCCUGCAUGACCUCCCACACCACAUGUUACUCUGGGCUCUUGGAAAGCACAGAUUGGCCCAGGCCAUUAGUCACCCAGCCGGGGGCCGAAUGUCUGCUAGCAUCAUCAGCUGAAACAGAGAUAAAAGCUGGGAGUGAGUCGCCGAGCUGACAGGUGACAGUCUGUGGUGGACUUGUGGCUCUCGUGAUAAAAUGAAACCCAGUGAAAUGGCUGACACUCUGACUCUUUUUGUCUGUCUGUUUGUCUGUCUGCCUCUCUUUCUCAGAGCAAGAAACAUGCCAACAAGGUACGUCUGUUCUACAUGCUCCAUCCUGAAGACGGAGGACCUCCUUCCAAGAGACUGAGGCCAGAUAACCCAGUAUGCUCUCACCGAGUGUGUGUUUACCUGUCUGUGUUGCACUGAAAUACAACUUUUAUGAGCUCCUCUUACCUCAGUUAAACUGCUCUAUAUUUUAGUAUGCAGGAAAUGGAUAUUUUUGUGCCCUGAUGGUUGACACUGAUAGGAUUACAGAUCUUUUUUUUUAAGUCUAGUAUUUUGAAAUGAGUUGCUUAUGCACACCUGAGGGCAUGACUGACUAAUAUGUAAUAUAUUUAAGAUGCAGAUUCACUAUUUUUUAUGCAUGCACUCCUGGGCAGGCUUUUUCAUUUUAAUAUCUUAAUCCAACAUCAGGGCCAUCAAACUAAACGUACUCACUGGACUAACAGCAGCAGUCUGUAUUUUUCUGUCAUCUUGCAUUUAGGUUGUUUUAAUUCCUUCAUAGUUAGUUUUGUUUGCAGCAGUGGCAGUUCUCGGCCACCGUAAUACUCAACUGAAGAACCUCUUUCCACUACCUACUGUGUCAGAAUGAGAAGGCAUGUUGAUGAAUUAAUGACAGCAACUUUUAUUCAUCAUUUUAAUUGGAUAAAAUUGAAUUUUAAUAGAAUAGAUAUUUUUUAAAUCAUGGCUGAUUUUUGUUGUGAAUCCCGACCAAAUUUUAAAGCUUUAGUAAGUAACUUUAGAGGAUGUUAAAGGGAUAUUCUGGUGUAAAAUUAAUUUAGGGUCAAACACACCGUAACGCCGAGUUAGACACCCACUCGAGCGAUGAAUGUUGCCGACCGCUUGCUUCUCUAGUUAUACCAACUUUAAUAACGGCCGCAGGAUAGCAAUACACAGCGGUCUGAGGAGCCAUAAACAAACCUCAACCAAAACGCCACUCUAUAGACACAAAUAAUGCUCAGAACAGCACCUAACUUCAUCAACAGGACAUAUAGGGUCUCAGCCAUAGUACUAGCCAACAAACAUCUUUUUAGCUUUGACUAAUUUCUUUAGCAAAGAGACUAAACACAACUCACCUACUCUCUUCCAGUAGCCACUUGUUUGUAGCGAGACCUCAACCAGUCCAUCUAAUAUAUAUGAUCAUUACUUUAUCAUUUCCUUGAAGUAAGAAUCACCAGUCUCAGUGGCGUCUCAGUCUGAUUGUAUUUCCAUGAAGAAAUGAUCAUAAAUGUUCUUACUUCAGCUGCGUCACCCCUCUGUAGUCCGUAAUGGACUGGCCCGAGGAAAGGCGUUAAUUUGCACACUAAAAUGUAUAAACUGGCUCCAUGCUUUUGUGUAUGUAGGAGACAAAAACCUCAGUCUAAUCCUUCACUAUACUGUCCAUUUCCAGGCUUGGCGGCUGCAGCCAGGUGCUCAUGGGAAUAUUUGUUUGAUCUGUUGUGUGCAGUUGUUGAGCUAUAAUUCUCCCCAGAGAGGUUAUGCCUUCUCCGUGGUGUUACUGGUGAGAUUUAGUGCAGGCGGAAAGCACCAGGCAGCUCUAUAUCUGUCUGUCGCAGGACAUGGCUGGGGAGGUCAGUGCUUUACAGAUGUUUGUGUGUCUGAAUGAGAGUGUGUGCUGAAGGUGGGCCAUUGUCUGCAGGUUUCCAGGAUCCGGUUCUGCGGUUUGUAGUAAAUGCUGAGGCUGCGUUUGCAUUCACAGGGAAUUGUUGGCCUUCGAAUAUGAAGCACCCCUGCCUGUGCAGCUGAUUAAAUUCAGACUUAGUAUUUGUUUGCCUUGGUUUUUUUUUUUUGCUUCUGUUUGCAUGUGUGUUUGUGUGUCCAUGAAAAUGAAAGUGAACGUGAUAGACUAUUGUGAGGAAGAAGCUUUUUAUCAUCGCUGUUUGCCCCAUUUUUCUGGCAAGUCUAUAAGUCCCAUGUGGCAUCGUACAAACAGACACUCUUAAUUCAUACAGGACAUGCAGGUGGGGGGAAAAAAACCUCUUCCAACCAACUGAUAAGCCUAUUUGUGCCAGAAAGAGAGAGUGGGGGAGAGGAAGAAGGAGGACAGGAGAUGAAUUGUCUUCAGUGCAGUGCCAAAGCCAAAACCCUGGGCUGUAGUGCCGGGCCAUUAAACUUGGUACAGCACUGACCCUCUGUCCCACACUGAUGAGAAAUUUACAGGGAUUAACACUAAGCAGCUGUAAUAUUUGCAAAAAUCCCCACUCAAAGUAAUUUUGAGGUUGUUCUUUACGAGUAAGCAAUGCAGAGUUCAAAACCCCGUCAAACAAUGUUUGUCCGCGGGCAAACAUCUUCAAAGGAAACAGAUUAAAGUUAUUUCAGUUUCAAUCAAACACCAGAAAUCCAGUGAGGCUAAAGCUUAAAGACACAGCCGGAUUAACUGCUAAAACUCAAGGACAACCAUGCGAGGUAGUUUUCCUCUUUUUUGGACACAUAUUUCAGACCACAACAAGCACGCAGCAGAGCCACAUGUGAUGAAAGAUAGAUGCUCUUUGUUGGUUUGUGAAACCUGCCGCUGAUCUUUUCUUUGUUUUACCAAGCAGAAAGUCCUUGAGCCGGUAAUGUGUUUGUCCCCUCACAGUUCACAGUCACAUGUCGUGUGCCUCCGGGCUCCAUCCUCACAACAUUUCCUUUUUUUUAAGUGUAUCCAAAGUCUCUCUACAUGACUUUUUUAUGAGCCUUAACUUUGAAAACCAUUUCAGGAAGAUCACGUCAGUCCUCUUUUUUCACCCACAGCAAAAAUGAGAUAAUGUGAGACAAGCGGAGCAAAGUGACUCUGGGAAUUCUCUGCUAAAACUAGCAGAACUAGAAUGACACGCAAUCGUCAUUUUAGCAUGAGCAUUACGUCUCAUAUUUUCAGAGUAUGUCGAGGAGAUAAUUCCUACUGCUGCUAACCUGGAUGAAUUACUGGAUGAUAACGGUGUGGAUGUAUUUAAGCUCCUGCAAACAAUUUUUAGCUGGUUAUGAAACAAACUGAAAUUAAUAUUCAUACCUCUAUGUGACCUACAAAAGCAAACAAGACCACCGGUGACAAGAAAGAUCAUUUCUACAUGGUGAUUUUCAGUGGCUGUAAUCACUGCUGCAGGAUAGCGGUGGCUGCGGUGAGUUAGAGUACACAGAACAAACUGACUCUGUUUUAAUCCAUUACAAGUGAUACAAGUGACUGUUCAGUGUCAAAACAUAACUGUUCAUAUGUGCAAAGAUUUUUAUUCUUAAGGAGUCUAAAGGUUAAAGGGUUAUUCCGGCACUAAAUUAAUUUCAGGUGAAACACACCAUUUCUUCAUGAAAAUGCAAUCAGACUGAGACGCUAAGACAGAAGAACGACCGCGUCUGCAGUGCAAAAUGAUAAAUGUGAUGAUUAUUACUUCAAGGAAAUGAUCAAGAAAUGAUCAUAAAUGUUCUUCCUUGAGCUGCGGCACCCCACUAUAGUCUGUAAUGGACUCGCCUGAGGUCUUGCUACAAACAAGUGGCUGUUGGAAGAGAGUAGGUGAGUUGUGUUUAGUCUAGUAUAAGUAAAAAAAGAUGUUUGGUGGCUAGUACUAUGACUAGGACCCUAUAUGUCCUGUUGAUGAAGUUAGGUGCUGUUCUGAGCAUUAUUUGUGGCUAUAGAGCGGCGUUUUGGUUGAGGUUUGUUUAUGGCUCCUCAGACAGCUGUGUAUUGCUAUCGUGUGGUUGUUACUAAAGUUGGUAUAACUAGAGAAACAAGUGGUCGGCAACAUUCAUCUCUUGAGGGGGUGUCUAACUCGGUGAUACCGUGUAUUUGACCCUAAAUUAAUUUUACACCAGAAUAUCCCUUUAAUUCUUGAUGAAUCUAAAAGUUAAUGGUUAAACGCAACUGUAGAGUCUGCAGGUAGUUAUUGUGGGAGGUGGUGAGCAGCUUGUGGAGAAGUUAUCGUCCAUUUACGCUCAAUAUAUUGUGAUAUUGAUUUGAGGCCAUAUCGCCCAGCCCUAACAGAAAGUGUUCUUAGGGAAACUUUCUGAGACAUUCCAGGUUCCUUGUUUUUGUUCAGGUUGCUCUCCUGAUCUUCCUUUUCAAAAUCAACUGCUCAAUAUAUCGUGAUUUGAGGCCAUAUCGCCCAGCCUUGGUAGGAGAGCAUUAAGGCACAGAGCAGCUGUUAGGUUCGGUGCUGGCUGGUUCUUACAGCUCAAAUAUCAGACAAUAUGACUGGCAGUACAAUCCAACAAAAGCUGAAGAAAUAUUUUUCUGACAGCGAAACUUCACCAGCAGAUUUCUCUCUUCUAUUGAAAAUCUGACCUGAAAAUCUGACCUGAACACAGACACUAAACGCUGUAGAAAGAGGCAGCGGUUGAUGAUCUCAUUGCACCAUUUAGGGCUUGGAAGAUGACUUUUUUUCUCAACAAAAGCUGUGUAUUAAGAGGUGAAGAAGGUGAGACACACAUACCCCGGCGUGUUAAAUACUGUAGACUUUUGAAGGCCAUGUGGGUUUACCGACACACUCACACAUAUUGUAGAAAAACACACACCUGCGUCUCCAUCUGUCUCCCUAAGUGAGUAAGACAUGACUCAGCCCCUUCUGGCUUUCACCUCAUAUGGGACACCGAAUACACAGUAAAAGGACCAUGUGCUCGCACACAUGCACUCUCUCGCUCCAUCAUCUGCUGUACUGUAUCGUACUGUGAGCACCCCAGCUAGCACUUUGUUCAUAACCUUUCACACAGAGAUGUGACAUUGAUUAUCUGACAAUGCAGGCAAACUGAUGUGAGAUGAAGCGCUCUCCGGAGACGAAAUUCUCGACAUUCAAUUUUGGAUAAACUUUUCUUCUUUCAUAUCUUUCAUCUUUUUUCCUCACGGGGGACGUUUUGCGCAUUUUUAUCUGCACUCCAUCUCGGUGUGUCCCCCCCCCCACUGCUCCUGCUCUGAUUGACAUGGUGCAGUCCAACGGGAACGGCAGAAACCAAUUGCAAUGCCGUGAUGUGUGUGUUUGUUACAGAGCAAACAGAGAGAAAGUAGGUCGUAAAGGUGCUCCCAGAUGAAAGGGGAGGGGACUUCAUCCAUUUCUCUCCCCUCUUCUCCAUCCCUCUCUCCGUGUCUCCCUGUCUGAGCCGUUUCCCAUUCCCCAAAAAGGGCAAGAGAUAACAAAGUGCUAUUUUCCCUUGCCUUUUGUUCUCCUCUGAUGCUAUAUUUGCAUCGUCGCUCCUUUCAAUUUACACUUUCAGCGCUUCUUCAAACUCCGAAUGAGAGCGUCUGUUUCCUUGUGCUGUUCCAUGUGUAUAUUUAGCAAUGUUUCCCACAGCGCCUCGACACUGAGCAGGAGGGAAAAGAAAGGAGGAGCACAGAGAAAGCAAAACAGAAGGAGAGGAAGAUUAACACAGCUAAUUAGGAGUCUAUUGUUAGGCGCAUGAGCAGGAUGAAGCCACCCAAACACUAAAAUAUUUUGCGAUACAGACGUCACUGUCAGGCGAUGAGUAAACAGGCAAACACGCGCGCACACAAAACCGAAACAUUCUCGACAAUUAGGUCGCAUGCAAAUCGCUCUCAACAGAUGUGUGAGGUGCGACAGGUAGAGACAAAAACACAAGGGGAAUAUUGAAACGAGGCGCGUUAGAAGUGUAGAAAUCAAAAAUGAAGAAACAGAAAGGUUGAUGACUUUCAGCGGAGAUAGACGCCGGAGGAAAACAGUGAGUCAGAGACGCUGUUUAUUGUUUAAAGUGGUUCAGCAGAGUGGCAGCUGUAAUGAGGUGACAAUUAUUCAUGUGUCAGUCACCCACACACACUUCUGAUUGUUUUCAAACUUUCCCCACACUGUCACCGAAUCCCCGGUGUAACAUCAGUCACUUGGCGACAGGAUAUGCAUUGCCUCGUCUUUGUGUUUCGGUCCCAUCUUCGUCUCCUGCUUCUUUUUUACCUUUCGGUGUGUUUUGACGGGUGAGGCCCGUCUCCAGAUUGUGGAAAAGAAUCAUCUCAUUCUCUUUGUCUCAAGUCAAAAACCACACAGUUUAGGGACAGCGGAUGAUAUUCUUUGUUCUGGUGAAACAAGAUUUUAAUAUAACUGGGUCUCGGCUCAGUGCACUCAUGGGAGAAAAGGUAGACAAAAGUAGGGGAAUGGGUUGAGAACAAUUAGUUGAAUAGUGAGGGAAAAGAAGAACGGAGAGUACACAUCAGGGAGGAGGAGGAACGAAACAUGGGGAGAUGGUAAUGAAGGAACAGAGAGAACUACGGUAGAAGAAGUGAUACUGGUCCACAAAGACACUGUAUCUACUAAUAACAAAGCACGAGGAAUCAAAGUGUCAGAUAAACACACCCACACUUUUCUCCUCCAAUGGCUACAUGGGAUAAUUAGAGCUGUUCAGAGACCGACAUCAGCAAGGAAAUGUCUCCAGUACCAUCAAAUACCACCUCCUGAUUCCACUCACCAUGAACAGGCACGGCCACCCUUGAAAUAUUAUUAACCACCCCUGAUCUAAUAGGUUCAUUAAUAAUAAUUAUUCAGAUGCCCUUGAGGUUAAGAAUUCCAGUCCAAGUCUUAGCAAAAGCAGCCUUACAUGAUGGCACUGCCCCUGUCCGUCUCCUUCGCUUGAUUCAGCGUAACUCACUUAAUCACUCACUCAUGUCAUUUCACUGACACAAGAUAACAGCGGGAGAAGAAACUGAGACAUACUGCAGGAUGUGUCCUCACAGAAAAGCACUAUUUAGUACGGGUGGGAGAAAUUGAUUUUUUUUUUUUUCCAAAUUGGUGUGGUGUGUAUUUUUUGGGGGAAAUAUGAUUCCUGGAAAAGUCAGUAGACAAUCAUCGACUAAAAAUCAAGAAAACGAUCGUAGAAUCACAAUUUAAAUCAAAUCGACAUCCAAAAAAUCAUAAAAGAAUCGAAUCAUGAGAAAAGUACAUCAUCCCAGCCCUAUUUAGUCUCUUCUAAACGUCUUUUCCUUCAGAAAUCAUUUCCUUAUAUUCAACUAUACAAGUAUCGUCAGUUAUCUAUAUAUGGUGUAGGGCUGGGCGAUAUGGCCUCAAAUCAAUACUACAAUAUAUUGAUCAGUUCACCUCGAUAACGAUAAAUGGACGAAAACUACUCAACAAGCCGCUCACCCCCUCCCACAUUAACUUCGUCUACUUCAGCCGCUACAACUUUUGAACCGUCCUCCAUCUCCUCACCUGUCUUUCCCUCUUUGUUACGGACUGGAUGGGGGUGGAGUCACGUCUUUGACGUAGGACAGCGUCUUAAAGGGACAUGAGACCAUAGCCUACCUACACACAUCCAAAACUAACUUUUAUUUAUUUAUUUUUUGACACCAAAUAUACCGAUAUGUGUAAAAUGACGUCUGUUAUUGUCGUAAAUUUUGGUAUUUGUAAAUGUUCGGUUUAUCUCCCAGCCCUAAUAUGGAGUUUCAUUAAACUGUACGGCUGUUGCCAUGGUAGCACAUAGUGUGUAAAAUGAUGUAACAUUUAUUUUACACACAUUGACCCGGACCUCCUGUCCAGGUCAAUCUAGACAGGAGGUCCCAUGCCGAGACUGACAUGUGCUGAGUCUGGCCCUCGCUGAAAUUAGACGUGGCGUGUAUUUUACUCAGAGCAGAGAUGCUCCUGGAAUGUGUCUGAGACAUUCUGUGGUUCUCCGAGAGGAAACCCGAGCAUUGACCAGAAUAGGUGCGAUCAGUUCAGGGGGGGCCUCAGUGUGUCUGCCAAUCUGUGCAUCAGUCUGAUACUGUAACUCAUCAGUCUGAAAGAAAGUAAACAUGUUUAACUGGGAAUCAGCUCCUCUCUGCUGCACUGUCUCCAUGAAGACAUGGAAGCUACCAACAGGAAGUUAAAUAUUCUGUUGGAGCUUGACAGAGAAAUCAACUCUGUUCCUCAGAAAAUGAAAGAUUCAGUUCCCUAAGAAAUUCACCAAGACGGGGUACUCCAGUGUUAUUUUGUAGUGGGGUUGUCUCUAGUCAGUGUAUGAGCCACAGAGGAUGCCGGUCAGUUCAGUUCAGCGGCUUUUGUAGAACCAGGACAUGCAAGCUAGGCUGCAGUUUUCAGCAGAUGUGGACAAGCUCCAGGAAACUCAACAGACAUCACUGCGACCAUCUUACCCCCAAUUUCCAUCACAGUCGAAACAGCUGCGAAAAGGCAGUAUCCGCCGAUCGCAACCAUUCGAGUUAAUAUGUCAAGUUCCACCGGCUUCUUUCCGUUCCGCUGCGGUUCAGUGGACUCAGCAGCCGAUUGCAAGAGUUCUAUUUUUUCCGGACACUGCAGCAUGUAAAACACUACAUGUUUCUGGCUGAUCGUAUUUCACACCAUGCAAACAGGGGUGGAAGAACAAGUGAAAGGUUUUUAGGCAUCAUUUCACCCCGAUGACACCACGGAUGAGGAGAUUCUGAUUCUAGAAGUCUGGAUUUAUUUUUCCUCCUCUGAAAGGACACAAUCUGCUGCUUAUAUGGGUAUGUGGCUGUCUUUAAAGAGACAACUUGUUCUCACACGAUUGCACGUGAUUUUGCAGGUUCUUGUGAGUUCUCGCCGACAUUCCAGAUUGGAAGCAUUCCGGGGGGUUAGACUCUCUCUCCUUGUUUUUUACUCUUUCCACAUACAGGCAAAAGGUCCAAAAGUAAAUCUUAAAAGCGUCCUCAGGGUUCACUUAACUACAUGGUGGACUCAGAGCCAUGUCUGCAGAAACUGUAGCCGAGCUUGCGUCCUGGUCCGCCUGACAGAAGCCAAGCUGACCUUCAUCAUGGCCAAUACGCUCACUAAAGACAUGUGCUGGAGCUCAUGCAACCCUACUUCAAAACUCCAAGAAGAUCCCUCUGAGCUCUUGUAAGAAAUGUUCAGUCUUUGUCAGUGUUGGUGCCCCAUGUGGACCAACCUGUUCUGUUUAUUUCCUCCGAUUUGGCCCUGAAUAUGUUAAAGUGGUUAUUUUCAACAAAAUGAGAAUCUGCUCUAUUUUAAUAGCCAAUUGUAUCACCGGUGGAGAAUCUUUACCCUGGAAGGAAAUCUUUUUUAAGCAGUCUGCUGCUGUGACGUACUUUACCUGGCGCUCACCCUGCCAGCAGAGGUUUCAGGCAUUAAUAAUAACAAUAGAGAAAUAAUUUAUCUUGCAGCUGAUGGUCUUGUGUGCUUUUGUAGGUCUGACUUCAGUAAUAAUUUCAGUCUGUUUCAUAACCAGUAAAAAAAAACUUUCACAGGAGCUUAAAAAAGAAUUAAUUUGUGCCUCAAAGUGAUUUUUCCUUCCUGCCCUGAAGCAAAGCCGAGACUCAGUUCCCCCUCAGCUGUAACAUGGAUCUCAUCUAAAACAGGAGCAGCAGAACAAACUUUGGUCACCUUGUUUGUGUGGGCUCUGCUUGUUUAUAGGCUUUUUCUUUAUCAUUUGCCCUUCUGUGAAUAAACUAUCCUGGUGAUUAAAACACUAAAUGUGGCUUUGCUGUAAAAAUCUCAAAUUCUCUUGAAUAGACUCAGGCAAAUUGAGCUCAAGGCCAAAACAUACAGGAUGUGUAUUUGGAGCAUGACAGCAGCAUCAAAUAUCACGCAGCAAAUAGGGUUUCCAUACUAAUCAAUGCAGAAAAGCAUACAGGACACGUCUCAGCUCUGUUGCAGCAUCGUAUCGAGAGCAGCACUGCUAAAGAUACGCAGCAAGUCGAUUUUUGCUACUCUAAGCUUCCAGUGCGUGUCAAUCUACACAGAGAAGAUCGUUCUAGAUCGGAAAAAAACGCACGUUAUCCGGUAUUUCAAAAUAAAACACCAUAUGCGGACUCCUGACUGUGUAUCAGUUUGUGUAGAUGAGAAAUACCUCCUGGUUCUGGAUUUAUCAGUAAUACAGAACAAUCUGAUGGUCAAUCCCUGAUCCAUAUGGACCCCCAACAGGACUUUGAACUGCUAACUCUGUCUGAAGGAACAACAUAAAGGAAAUGCUUUUCUGGUCCGAGUUUGAUCAGUCGUCUUCCUGUCGGCAUGAAGAGCAGUAGCCUACAGUAUACAGUGUACCGUAGAUAUCUACAGUAUAUAUUUAUUUAUUAUAACUCGGUAAAAAAAAAUUAAAAACUGUCCGAUUAAUAAGUCAUCGGAUUUUUUCCCCCUAAUAAUUGGUAUCGGCACCGGCCCCAAAAAAUCCAUAUCUGUCAGGCUGUAGCAAAAACCCAAACUGUAAACUCGUGUUGCUUUAUCACAUAGAGUAGAGGCACAACAGUCACUGAAUUAUAUCCAAAUUAGCAGGAAAUCGUCCACAGAAAGGAAAAACAACCUGUUGUGAGCAUGUUGUCUCCUCUAUACUGAGACCAGCUGACUGCUGCUGCUACGCUCCAAAUACGCUGAUCCUGUAUGUGAUACCCAACGCUGCUCUACGGAGCAAAAACAGAACGUGCUAAAUACGGAUCCUGUAUGUUUUCUACUUCACUUUAUUUCAGGUCUUCAGCUCUUAACUGUCAAACCACCUGAUAAAAGACAUUUCUCUCUCAUAUAUCCCCCUAUAUAUUCGAAUAUGGAAGCCAUCAUAUCGCUUCCAUACAGGGGCGCUAUCAGAUGUGUAGCAGCUAUCGGCUGGUCUUUCAAACUCAGGUAUUAGAACCCGUAUCGAAAAGGGAAAAAUAACAGCAUCAGAACAUCUCCUGAGAAAUGCCUCAUGUCAUACCGGAGCAAAGAAAAAUGAUUUCAUACCAGCUGAGGAGGAGAAGGAAACUGAGUUACUGGUGGAGAUAGAGAGGGGACUAUGGGACAGUUCAGAGAAAGCCUUUAACAUGAUCACAGCGGGGACAGACACAGGGGAGGAGAGGAGGCAAGGCAGCGAGGGAGGGAAGGAGGGAGGGAGGGAGGAGGUGAGGGGGUGGUGAGGGCCUGCCAAUACAGAUAAAUAUUUCAUCCCACUACACACAGAGUCACUGAGAAUGAUGCCCAGAGGGGGAGGGAGGACACGAGGAGGGGGGGACACAGGGAGUGAAGGCAAAACAGACAAAAAAACAAGAGAAGAAGAGAGAGAGAGAGAGAGAAAGAAGAGCAGAAGAUAGAGAAAGAAACAGAGAGAGAUAGAGCAGCUGAGAGACAAAGCUACGCCUGGAAGGUAAAGGUGUCCUUAACUCUCACAUCUACUGUCCGUGAUGCUAACCGAAGCUGACACGAGACACACACACUCACACACAUGCGCUCACAGAACACGCCCACACACACACACACUCAGAUAUGGUGUCGCAGACGGUUUCUUCUAUUAUUGUCCUCUCUCGCCCAGACUGAGGUUUUCCUCCUCCAACACGACUUGACACCUGGACUAGAGAGAGCGCUGGUGUGAAAAAAAGAGGGGACAAAAUGCUGGCAAGUAAAAAAAAAAAAAAAAAACGAGGGGGAGGAGGAGGAGGAGGUGUGCAGCAAAUAGAAACAGAGUUCAGACGUGUCGAGAAAUAAGGGUGGAUGAACAGGUGGAGGUUCAAUAUGUGAGCGGCGAGAAGAAACGAGGGUAACAGCAGGAGAAGUGUAAAAUUCACAGGGUUGAACUGGAAAUGUGAAAUGUUGAUACUCUUAGAAGACCGUCCGUGUUUUUAUAAAUACAUGUAAGUAUGGGGGCAGAAUUAUCACACCCAUAUGAGCCCGUUCCCUUAAAGAUCUCACCGAAUAACAGUUAAUAUGCAGCUAUAACAGCCUCUGAAUCACCCACAUCCAGCCACAAGAGCGUGAGUGAGGUCAGUGAAUGAUGUCGGGGUAACAAGCCCGGCUCAGAUUCGGUCCUAAUUCCUCCUGCAGAUGUUUGAUGGGAUUGGGUCUGGGUCUUUGCUCUCACACAGCCAAAAAAUUUAAAAAGUAAUUUCAAGGCAUUCAUGCUCUGAUAGUUUCAAGAACUUUUUGCCUUCUGCACAUGCACCUCUCAGCGGGGGUUAAUCUGUAUCGGGCACGCUCUCACUACUUGAUAUAAUAGGUUUCAUUUGGCUGAGGGGGGGCAGUUUGGUAGUGCAUUAAGAAGGUGGAGUCUUCUGUAAUGUUGACUGUGACUGUGAACAUCACAGCGUGUAAAAGAAGUUUUCAGCUACAGAAGCAGCAGUAGAAGAAGAAGACUAAAGACUGAUACUGAAAGCUACAAUAUCAGUAUCGUAUCGGAAGUAAAAAGUUGUAUCAGGACAUCCCUACUCGUGUGAAAAGCACAUCACAGUAAGGCUGUCAAAACUGACGAAAAAUGACAUUUGAAUAUAUUCCCUCCAAAAGAAAAAAAUACGACGAGCUGAAUCUUUAUUCUUGAAUUAAUGAGUUAAUUAUUCAAUCAUGUACUGAGAGACAGUGCCUUAAUGCCAGCCUGCUGCACUGAAUGAUCAUUGUUUCACUUUACACAUAUUUACUGUUGUUAUGCAUAAGUCAAAGGCUCACAUCUUGUGAAUAAUAAUAAUGUUUCAUUGUUGAUUUCCAUCUCUAUAGCUGACACAUUGAGAGCAGAGCUGUCCUGUGUAUCGAUGUGUUGUAAAUUUCUAUGAACUUGAUGCUGAUCAGAUUGUGUCAGACUGUGACUCUUUUGUCAGCGAUUCCACUGCUCAACAUGUGGUUGCAUUAAAGAAUGGUACACCUCUUAUUUGAGACAAUCCAUACUGCCACACGACCAACAUCACUCCUACUUCUUGGUACUUUGUUUGUACCUUUGUACACACUGAUGUUGUGAUUUUAUGGGCUCAGCAUGCUGGAUCAGGGCGCUGCUAGAUAGAGGUGGUGGAGCGGAGUCUGGACGGGACUACUUGUAUUGGAGUGCUGAUAUCGGAGAUUUUAGAUGCAGGCCGAUAUAAUCCGAUAUUCUUUUUUUGCUGAUAUUGGACCGAUAUCCAAAAUCAAUAUCGUAUAAAGAUAAUCCUAAUUAAUAUGAUGAUGAUUUAUCUGACACUUUCUUUGUCGAUAAAGUCUCGAUCUGGAUAAUUAUCAAAAAGUAAAACCAGCUAAAAACCAGGUUAUGAAGAGAAGCUCUUCUGUUGCGUUAGGAUCAGUCGGCAGGUUUAUCACAACAUUAAAGUGUAUUUUGGUGAGCAGGAUGGGGGUAACACCGUCUCAUGGCUCCACAGGUCAGGGGACUUCUGCACAGACCUCAGCUGCAUCAUCUCACUGUGUCAGAGCCUAUCAAGCAGUAUUUUGGUGUGCUUUAUUUCAAAAUAAAAGCAUCUUAACACCAUAAAGGAAAAAAAGUAUUUGUUUCCCUAAAUAGGUUUCUGUCACAUGACUGCCAAAAAGUACACCAACAUGCAUAAUAAGUUUUUCUGUUCUCUUAAAACCUUUUCUAAGUCGAACACAUUUCUCUUUUUCCUCCAAAUGACUUUCAAUGAGGCUAUUUUUUCAGAUUUUUGCAGCUUUAAAACUUUCUCUGCUAACCGAAGGCGAGGUAUGUCAGCAGAUACAGCAGUUCGACCGAUGAUUACUGCCAUUCUGAAUCAUUUUGAGAAGACCUCAGAGUUGCUGUUAUCUUCCUGCAGGCUAAUAUUUUAUUUUAGUUAUUUUUUUCAACACCGAUGAGCCACAACGGAGAAGACGGGAUGAUGUUUGAACAGUAUGAAUUUCAGGGUGAUUUUGUAUUUGCAUCUGCAGUUGUGCGUAUGUGUGUGUGUUUGUGUACAUCAGCCGGCUGGUCUUCUGUGUUUGUGUUUCUCCUCCACCGCUCAUCAUUAGUAAUGAACCAGCAGCGGUGAAAAGACCAAGCCACAGCCUCAGCCCAGAGAGACAGAUGAAUAUUUGAUCAGCCCUCUUUGCUUUUGUGUGUGUGUGUUAGUGUGUGUGCGUGCGAGUGUGUGUCUUUAUGGGGGAGACAAAGCUCAGGGGUCGGUGCAAAGUGUACAUCUUUCUAUUUUUCAUCUCACUCUGCCUCUUUUCUCACCUUUGUCCCUCCCUGUCUCUCUUUUCACACCACUUCUGUCUGCACUUUCACUAAUCUCUUAUCCUUUCUCACCUUCCUCACCCUCUCCCCCACUGUGAUCCAUUUUCUGCCCAUAAUACUUCACAACUCUCUCUUUCUCUCUCUUCUAACCAUCCCUCUCUCCUCUCUCCUCUCCUCCUGUAGGACUGUGCAGAGACAGAGGUGGACAGGAACAAGUGCUGUACCUUGUGUAACAUGUUCUUCACCUCGGCCAUCGUGGCGCAGUCGCACUACCAGGGCAAAACCCACGCCAAGAGAGUCCGCCUGGUGCUGGGGGAGCCGCCUAGCAUCCCCUCAGCCGUGACCAGUCCUGCAAACACAGGUAGAACUCACACCCCGGUACUUUUUCCGCUGACUGUGUUUGAUUGUAGCAGCGAGAUCAAAGAAAUGCAGCUGGAGCCGUGAGUAAAGAGGAAAUGUACAGAGAGAGGGUUGUUAGAGGGACAGGAGUUUAGCAGAGGGGUCUCAGCCUGCAGAGAGCAAGACUAAAGGAAGCAGACUGACUUUAGAUGAUCUAAAUCGGGACUCUCAGACAAAAUCAGGUGUUAGAACUUUACAUGCACUUGUUUCCUUCACCGAUAAAGGCCAAUAUUUCGCUCUGACUGCACAGAAAGUAGGGCUGGGUGAUAAACCGAAAAUGUAGUUUGUUUCAGUCUCAAAUGUCAAGUUCGAAGGGCAGAUGUUUAAUGAUCCCUUUUAACGACGAAGGAAACGAAACACUAAAUAAGAAGAUGCCACCCAAAAGGAACCCGGUGCAGAGGACGUUGGAGGAGGACAUAGAGGAGAUUAAACAGUCUCUCGGUCAGCUCACGGAGAAGCUGAACACAAUGUCCGCCCAACAAGCCACUAUCGCGGAGCAACAAGCCUCUGUCGUCAAACUCCUUGAAGAAGUCAAAACCCUGAAGAAAACCGUCAUAGAAACCGUCAGAUCGAAAUAAACUUUACACUUCAAACUUCAAACCGUUUGUCACUGAUUAAAACUGCAGAAAUAAGUGGAAAUUUAAUUAUCAUGUUACUGCAGAUGUAUCACAGAAGUCCUUUAAACAAGGCAAAAAAAAUCCAAAAUUUACAGAUACCGAAAUUUACGACAAUAACCGACGUCAUUUUGCCCAUAUCUGUAUAUCCGAUAUCAAAACAAUAAAUAAAUAAAGGUUAGUUUUGGAUGUGUGUAGGUAGGCUAUAGUCUCAUGUCCCUUUAAGUCGCUGUCCUACGUCAGAGACGUGACUCCUCCCCAUCCAGUCCUUAACAAAGAGGGAAAGACAGGUGAGGAGAUGGAGAAGACGAAGUUAAUGUGGGAGGGGUUGAGCAGCUUGUGGAGUAGUUAUCGUCCAUUUAUCGUUAUCGAGGUGAACUGAUCGAUAUAUCGUGAUAUUGAUUUGAGGACAUAUCGCCCAGCCCUAGCAGAAAGUGUCCUUAGGGAAACUUUCUAAGAUGCUCCAGGUUCCUUGUUUUUGUCCCGGUUAAUCUCCUGAUCUUCCUCUUCAAAAUUAAAUUCAGGCUGGACCUGAACUGAAAUAACGACCCAUUUGCGUCUUAAUUCUUGUGAAUUUACAACUUUAAUCUUGCGGUCUCUUAAAGGACUCCCAGCAGUUGUCCACACACUGCUUUAUUUCUGUCUGCCCUCUUUCUGUUUCAAGCUGCCUUCAUGUUAACCAUCAGCAAUAAAUCUAAAAAAUUCCAAACUUGAGCCUGUAAACAUUCAGUAUUCACACGAAAGGGUGAUGAUCUGCGUGAGACGGGGACUCAUUAUUAAUGAUUUAGCACAUCUAACAAACAACAAUCGAUCAAAACCAUGACUUGUGAGGGUUUGUGUUUAACAUUGAGAGUCACACUCACGUCUGUUUAUUUGUAUCAGGCUUGUUACGAUACUGGAAUAUCUAACCUCAUCACAACAUCAGUAAAAAUGAAAAAUACUGAAACCGAGAAGCAAUAAAUGAGCUCCUAUAUAGGCUCCAACAAUGGGCUUCUUUAUUUUGUAGCAGCACACUGCAAACAGAGCUGAUAAAAACAGUCUCUGACCGCAGAGCAACACUUGACCCUCUGUCAAAAGCCAAGAGAGAAAAAGCACAUACUGUUUCACCGGAAUAAAAGAGUCAAGACCUAAAUAUAAAACGAAUGUUCUCUCUGAAUUAUCAACAACAGUCCAGGAAAACAUCCUGCUCUCUCUCUCUCCCUGUAUUACCACGGUUUUCUUCGUUCGGAUGUUUUCUAGCAUCAAUCACUGCAGGGAUGUGAGGCUCCUAUAGUGGUCCACGGGUCAGAACCGAGAUGCCAAAAAAUGUCAGAAUUUGGGGUAUUUACCUGUGAGUUAGAGAACUGCGUUGUGUCGGGGAGUUUUGGAUGUGACGCACAAAAGAAGUGCUCCAAACAAACAAACAAAACAAAACACCUCGGAUUUGCUUGACUGUUCAUUCAUGCAGGACUGAUGUGAUAAAACUAGAAAAAAUAAUAUUAUUUCUCACAUUGAUGCCCUACUACAACACUCACUCUCUUUAUAUCUUUAAUUAAGUCGGCCACUGCUAUUCUCUCUUUCACUCCCAGCAGCUCUGGGUUAAAGAACUAUAACUAAUAGAGCUGCUAUUUUUAGAUAAGCUUCAGAACUUUGAAAUACCACCAAACUCAAAAGAACAGAUACUAUUUCAUUUAAAGCAAAUGGGAUUAAAGUGUAUCAAUGUGUGGAUAAUUGGCCAUCCUUUAUUCACAUACAGAGGGAUGGAUGAGGUGAUUGUCGCUACCCGAUCCGUCCCCGAAAACCCGAUUUGUACUGCGCGUGUGCGAAACGUACGUCACUUCCUCUCUUCGUAUUUCAACGCAUUUUACGGCAGUUAGUCGUUACUGUUGCUACCUAACCGUUACGUACAAGUGCAAAUAAAAACUUUAUUUAAACUACCGAUCAAAUUUCAGAAACCAGCUGGCGAUGUUAUAGGCGAGCUAGCAGGGGGCUCCAGGGCUAAUGCCCAGGCAUUCGCCAGAGCUCCUGCCCAGCACAGUGAGACUUUUUGGGCCACAGAGAGCACCGCCACCUGGUCAAAAUUAUGGUUCUCCGACUUUACAAAGUAUCAAGGGGGGAUUUAUGGACAAUGAAUUUUAACGUUUUUAUACAGUGUUUUAAUUUCAACAAUGAAAUAUUCAUAUUCACUCAAGCCUUUUAUAACUACGCUGCAAUUUUACAAUUAAACUGGAGUAGGAAGCACUACGUUCAGGAGAAAAGCGUGUAGCUGGCGAUAAACUGAAGCGAGCUCGCUGAUGCUGAAGCUGUAACAAACCGCGAAGGGCAAAGAAUUACUGACCUGCUGCAAAGAUGGCUAGAAGAGGGCGUAUGUUUCACACAUGCGCACUACAAAUCCAGUUUCCAGGACGUGAUAUUUUUUUUGUAGGAUGGUUGGGGAAAGUCCCGCCUCCUUCACCUCUGAUUGGCUAGAAAAGCUGGAAACCUCAUCACACGCUCAAGCCAAACGCUCUGUCGGCUCUGUACGUCGAACAGAACGUUAUUGCACUUCUGAAUCUCCUAACACUCACCCUAACCCUCAUCCUAACCCUAACCCUAACCUGACAGACGAUGACGUUUCACAGUCAUAAGGAAUAACCAAUCCGAGCUCAGCACUUGGACGGAUCAGGUAGCGACAGUGAUGCCUCACCUCUUCUGCUCGCUUUCACCUCAUGCGACCAGACGCUAACAUUAGAGGUAAACAGAAAGAAGCAAACUUCUUUAAAUAUGGAUUUAGAGAAGGGAAAUAUACCGGGGUACUGUGCUCAGGUAAAGUCUACAAAUGUGAGACUGUCUCCUCAUACAAAGCAGCAAUGAGGUAUUUUUCUGUGGAGGCAAACGGGAGGCACCUUCCCUGAGCACAAAAUCAAUGAGGAGUGAUGAAUUACAUUCUCCCUCUUUUUGGGGAAGGACUUAAUUGCAUUCACUCUUUAUGGCAACACUUCACAAUAAACCGAAUCAUACAUUCAUAUCCUAACACAGCAGCAUAUCCCCAGAUUUCAGCCAUUACGCGGCUCCACUACGUCUUCAAAUACGUGACCUGCAAGAGGUUUAGAGUGAAAAGUGGAAACAAAGAGAAUAGAGUAUUAAACAGAUUAUUUGAGCAGGUUGAUCUUUGUCUGUCUGUCUGUCUGUCUGCCUCCCUCUGAGUCAGUCUUGAGAGUGAGAGCUCGAAGCAACCAAUCCAUCAAUUUUCAGAUAAUACACCAGUCCUUUGCCAGUCGACUCUUUUAGACCCUUCUGAUCAAUACCUCUAUUGGAUUCCAAUCAUGAUGUUUGCUCACAGUCUCUGUUCACUGAUGACCGAGGUAAUUAACGCGGUUGUGAAACCCGGUGUCACCCCGGCUCGCAUGCAUCCGCGUAAUCCAGACAUCCCCCUAUUUUUUUUUUUUUUUUGCGACAUGUAUCUCUGAACCGCGAAUAUUUUUAGUUCAAAGCACAUAUUCUAUCUGGAGUGGAUUUGGAAAGCUUUAGUCAUGCUUCAGUCAAAAUGUCUAGCCUGGAUAUCAGAGGGGGAAAGAAGUCUAGAAAUGCUAACAUGCCAGAGGCUAGAGAAGUGAAACUUUGAAGGUGAAGACAGCAGACAGUCUUAGAUUCAUGAAGGUCUUUUGAUUAAUAAAAAUCUUCUUAACAAAUCAAGACACCCGCAAAAAGAUUCAACUUUGUGCUCAUGAUUGUUUAAGAUGAGCGUUUUUUUUUUUUUUUUUCUGUCAGCCCUGGUGAGUCGUCCCCAGGGGAGCUUUACAUAAUGUGAUUCAAAUUGGAUUCAAAGUGAAAAUUCAAAGAGCUAUAAACACGCAAUCGGGACAAAAUGGGAGUGUUAUAAUCAAGCCCUUGAGUGACUUUUGCUCAACUUUGGCCUACUUUUGUAGAAAAGUGUCACUUCUGAGCAGCGCUCCCCCGUGCAGUUUGGGCGGUUUUUUUGUGACAGUGGGACCUGGAGGAAUAGAAACGAGGAUAAGAGCAAGAGAGGAAGAGUGACCUGGGAGAGGGGAAAAAAAAAAGAUUUCAGGAGCGAUUAAAGUCAAAAGUAGCCUUCAUGAUCACUCCAAGAUGAGAGCUCCGUGGAAGACGCACAGCAAAUCUGACAGGCUUGUGCGCACGUGGGCACAGAAACACACAAAAGCAGGAUGACUGAUGACUGAUGCCUGCGCAUUUGCACACUUGCAUGUAAGGACACAUGGAGCGGCGCACAGGCACAGAUUUACACAUGCACCCAUAACAUGAAGUGAGGAGACAGAAAGCAAAGGCCAUGUGUGAUGGUGAAAGCCCCUGAGAGGCAGAGAGCAGAGAUCGUACCUGUGUUUCUCCCUCCUUCCGCACUCACUCACUCAUCCACUCACAAACACACGUACACAAACACGCACGCUAGCUGUGCCCCGCUCCGUGAAAAACACUUACUUCUGCUCCAGUGCGCAGAGAUCACAGUCAUGGGAAAAGAAAGGGUGGGAAAACAAGGGCUGGAGGAGGAAGAGGAAUACAUCGGAGAAUCUCUCCCUGUUGCUGCUCGGCACGUGCUGCUCAACAGAGCUGUCAGAGUGCAGCAGCUUCACUCAUGCAAGGCCGCAAAAAACACACACAAACACACACAUGCAGUGCACAAAGAGAUUUUAGCACGACCUUGUCUUUGAGAUUAAAAGCAGAGAGAUGAAAUGACAUUCGAAGAGUUACACGGCUGCGUUUUGUAAGUGAGAUGAUCGUGUUGCAGAGACAAACACCAGGAAAGGGGAAUGUGAGUGGGUGUGGUUGGUGAGAUGAGCGCAGACACAGCCAUAGAUACAGUAACUAUGUGAACAGAGCCCAAAGACACAUCAAGGUAGGAGCAACCAAUCAGAGCGCAGGUCUGCGAGUCAACACAGGCGCACCAUAAAUUAACACACUUCACACUCUGUGGUCAGUGGUCAACAAUUCACGCACGCUCCUGGUUUGCUAUCAGGGAGACGAUAGUUGCUGUGAAAGGAGUGACUCAUUUUGGCUACAAAGCAUAUGUGAGUGGGUUUCCACUGGUGAUGUUAAAUCGUUCAAUCAUAGACCGUGUAAAAAAGUGGACGACAUGAAACUUGCCAAAAGUAAACCAAAACAUUUGAAGCUCUCUGUGCUGACUGGACGCCGCACAGGUCAUCAAGCACGCCUCUUCUAUGUUAACAGAUGGGACAUGAGUCAAACGGAAAAAUCAAAACACACAGAAAGUGAAGUUUUCCAUAACGUGUUUUCACUUCUUAUAGUUAGGUCUCAUAAUGCUCAGAGGGUUUUGGUCAGCAGAAGGGAUGGGACCUCCAUACAACGGCUCUGCAGUAAGAUCGCCAACACUGGGGUUGUUGACAUGUACAGUAGACUACCACAUGCUGUAAAAUGGUACGAUGUCCUUAAUGUAUUUAUAAAUCAAUAUCAAGAAAAAGUGAAGACGGAGAAUGCCAGAAAUGAAAAUCCCACUGAGCAUUUUGUGGUCUAAUAGACGUCUAAAUGUAGCCGAGACGACUGGUCUAAAAUCAGGCUACCACAGGUCUAAAAAUGAAAGUUUUUUUAGACGUCUAAAUUUAGACCAAGUUUAGACUAAAUCUAAAUCUGGGCUAUAUCUAUACUACACUGUAUAUUGCUCAAUGGCUAUCAUAAUUAUUUUGGUCAAGUACUUGGAGAUCAGUUAUGUAACUCACAGCUGCUUUUUGAAAUAAAAUUAUCGAAUAAUAGUUUAAAGUGCAACGUCUAAACUCCGUCUAAUAAUAUACAGAAUCUAGACGGUUGAAAUUAGGUCUGAAAAAAAAAGUAGACGUCUAAUAGUCUCCUAUUUCUUAGUGGGAUAAAGCAGCAUGACUGAAAGUAAAAUCAUAUUUUGAAUGAUUUCAUAGUGAUUAGAUUAGAUUAGAUUAGAUAAGAUAAAAUCAGAUUAGAUUAGAUUAGAUUUGAUCAUAUUAGAUACAACUUUAUUCAUCUUUUUGGGGAGGUUCCCUCGAAGAAAUAAAAAUUCCAGCAGCAUAUUUACAGAGAUAAAAAAUAAUAAAUCCAAAGACAUGUCCACAACCCUGUAGUGAGAUCCUAGAAUUAGAUUUGUUUGCUGCUGGAGUCACUAUUCUGAUUUGAUUUAUUUUUGGAUCCAUCAUCAGUUACAACAAGAUAUGCAGUAACUUCUCUUCCUGGGGUCCUUAUCGUCUUCUUUUCCAUUUUCAUUUUGAACUUAGACAUGUACUUACAGACAUUACACUAACAUAACAUUCAUGCUACAUUAAUACAGUAGCUCUUAUUAUCUUGCUUGUUGAAAAAUCAAUACGUAAAUAAGAUGAAGAAAGAAAAGUGAAAAGAAAAAUAAAAGAAAAACAGAACUUAUCUUAUGGAUAACACGAAAACAUUCAUGGUACUCCACCAUUCUUCCUGGCUGCUGUGUGUCUCUCUGCUCAGCCCUCCGUCACAGACGUUACACUGCUAACUCCUCUUAACAGGCUGGCAAAUACCGAAACUUUUGAGGUUUUUCUAGUGUCGAAUAACGACACGCACUGUAUCUUUAUGUCUGUUAAAGACAGACAGAAAAGAGAGGAGAGCAGUGUCCUCAUAGAGUCUGCCCUUAUGUGUUAACAGGGAGCUUCACAGCACUGUGUAAUGAUCAAAUCAAUUAAAGCUCCUGCAAGGUUUUUUAACAUUUAUAAGAUAGACUGAAAUUCAUAUUGAUGCCUUUUUAUGACACACAAGACGAUCAGAGACAAGACUGGUGAUUUUUACACAUUAAUUUUUGAUGUCUGACACCAGUGUGAGAGGGGAGGUGUUAGCAGUGCAGCCAAAGAAAACAGUUAUGUCGACAUUGUCCUUAUAAAAUAUUAAUAAUAAAUAAUACGUUUGACUGUCAGAAGCGGAAAGGAUGAGAUAGCUGUCAGGGGGAACUACUGAAGCAUACAGAGGACAGGAUAAGCACAACUGUCCACAGGGGGCACCAAGUGUUCAUUUUUCUGAUGCUACAGGACAUAUCAUGAGAAAGCUAUGUGCGAAAUUGCAUUUCUGAGUAUUUCUGUAUUUAAAUCGCUGUGAAUCUCUCGCAGAAACAAACGGCAGGUUAAGAUUUAGUGAGAUUUCCUACAUCACAAAUCCAAGCUCCGCCCCCGGAGACCCGCUAUGCAGGUCACACACAGAAAAGUAGAGAGUAGAGCAAGCGUGUGCGUUAGCGGAUUGAAAUGCUGGUAAGAAAGCUAAUAAUGAUAUUAACUUUCAUCAUGUCCCUAAAGACAUUAGUGUCCGAGAGCUGAAUAUCACCUGCAACUUCUACUACACCUGCAAUGUUAGGCUGCAAGCUAGCAUGAAGAGGAGUGUGCAGAGCCGCCCACGACUCACAGGCGAAUCUCUAAUGAGCUACUGGAGAUCUGCAGAAGAAAAGUCCUUAAAAAUGAUGCAGGUAACGUGAUUUUGGCUAAAACUUUAGAAUCACAAUUUAAAGACCACUGAGAACACUAAAAAAAUUAUUGGAGUUGGCCUUAAAUAAUUAGUACACUGCCUGCAUUUGCGCAUCACCAGACAUACAUGCUCUGGAGGAAGUAUUUUACUUUGGUUACACGUCAAAAAAAAAAGGUGUGUGUCUUUCAUUCCACUAUCAAAAGCAUGCAAAAUGUCAGCCUGUGCUCAUUGACAUUUUCAGUACCAGCUCUGUGUCCAGUUUGGAAAUCAGUUAUAAUAUUAAAUAUCCAUUUCUGGUGUUCAGGAGUUCUUUCCCUGCGUCAUAUUCAGAACAACAACAGAGGUACCUUCUGAUUUUUACUUGUUUCAUAUCUAUGUUCAACAUUCUGGCAUCCUGACAACUUAGACACCACAUCUCAGCAUGUCACGAGGAGUUUUACCUUCAUCUUCAGAGUGACUGUGUACAGUGUGCAUUUUGCAGUAAUACAGUCCCAGUCAAUCGAGUCGAGUCAUUGAUACACGUAGAUAGAGGAUCGGCACAUUUGGACGUGCCAUCUGGCAUUAGAAGGUUUCUCGCACAUUUUGGCUGUGAACCCAACGCCCCCCCUCGCCCCCCUCCCCCCCUGUUCAAACACGCAGUUUGAGCUGCAAGAUUUUUUUGGGUGCAUGUCCUGUACCUAACACAUGUACACACAGGGUCUAAUCUGGAGAUGCACACACAAAUAAGACUUCACACAUUUACUCAAGUGCGGAUUAUGCCUUCAGUCCACCACUAUAACACACACACACACACUAACAUAGACACACAUAUUAGCAGUCUGCCCUGCGUGAGCCACAACCAUGUCCUGUGGACAUGUCAGGGCCUGUUGGCUAUAAAUGGGCAAUCACCAUGGUAACCAGUGUCAUGUCACGAGUAGCAGGUCACCUGGAAGUCUGCCAUUUCUUUGUGUGUGUGUUUUUUUUAAUUCCCAUGGAGAGGAAGAAGAAAAAGAAGAAGAGAGGAGAUAAGGGAGGAGGAGAGUAAAGGACAGAGGAGACGAUAGGAGAGGAAAAGAGAGGAUGUAAAAAUAAGGAAGCAGGAAGAAGAACUCUGAUUGCUCUUUGCUCUCAGUUGGUUCAAUCUAAACCUGGAGCUUUUCAAUCUGUGUGUGUGUGUGUGUGUGUGUGUGUGUGUGUGUGUGUGUGUGUGUGUGUGUGUGUGUGUGUGUACCAGGGAUUUCAUGUGGGUCUAUGAGGCUGAAACUAUGAGCAUCUUAAUACAAGUGAAUCAUGUUUUAUGUUAAUGUAAUCUCAGGAAAAUAUUUUGAUUUCACGUCAUUUCUUGCCAUAAACUGCAUAUUUGCAUCUGAAUCGAUGUUAAUGCGUUCCCUCACGCUCUGCUGUCAAUCCCACAUCCUCCUCCUGCGAUCUCUAACCUUUCACUCCUUCUCUCUUCCCUUUUUUUUCCUCAGAUUCCUCUCCUUCCACCCCAGUGCCCACAGACCCCGUGGCGUGCCCCCCUCCUCCCCCCGCCCUGCCCUGGCCCAUGGGGGUUGUCGGUGGAAACGGCGGCAGAGAAGCAGGGAAGUACUGCUGCCUGUGCGGAGCCUGGUUCAACAACCCGCUGAUGGCCCAGCAGCACUACGAGGGCAAGAAGCACCGCAGGAACGCGGCCAGAGCACGCCUCCUGGAGCAGCUAGCGGGCAGUCUGGAUGCCACAGAGAGCACAGGUCAGCCUGUUGGCCGUAAACUCCGCUCAAGUGAAGUGACAAGUGAAGGGCAGGGAGGGUGUCAGGACUUUGUACAAGGAAAGGCGAUAAGGGGGAGAUCAUAUUUAAGAUCAGUGGCGGUGAGAGACACCUGAGAGUCUGUAUGCUUUCUAAAGUGGUGUUCAUUCCAAGGAUCACAUACUGACGUAAACCCUGAGUUACUCACGGAUAUACUUAGCACCAUCAGCACCUUUAAAAAAAUCUUUUUUUACACAAGGACAAAAAAGCCUUUAAAGGGCCGACGCUACGAUACGUCCUUGAACCACAUUUCCUGCCGGUAAAUCAUUUCAGAGUUACUCCUUACAUCAACCCCCUUUUACUGUCCCUCUGAUAAUAAAUACCAUAAACAAUUGAUGUCCAGCAGAUGGUUGGAAAACCUUCUGAUGAUUAAAUUAAGAUGCAGGAUUAUAAAACUUUACAGCUCAGUUAGUGGGCCGUGAUAAUACCGAAUCUUUCUAAAUGAGAGUGGAACUCAAAUAUUUUUAGAGGUAAUAAUCGGUCUGUGACGCUGUUCAAAGUCAUCCAGACGUCAGACCGCAGGAUUUUAUUAGAGAGUGUGUUUUAAACAAUUUUAAAAUGUAGGUCAAAUGCAGAAAACAAUUGAGUUUAAUUACUGUAAGAGCAGGAGCGAUGACUUUGGUGUUUGACCCACACAAGGGACAACUCUGGACACCACCUCAAGAGAAGCAAAGUGAUAGAACAGAAUAGAAUAGAAUAGAAUAGAAAUGUCAGGUAAGAAAAGAAAACGGCACUGUCUGAUACAAGAGAACGAAAGAAAAACUAAUUAUUUUGGUGUUUUUUUAGUAAUUUAUUGAUCAUAUUGAUUUGAUAGACGUAUCAUAAAUGUUAGUCCAGAUACUGAAGAAGAAUCUAGAUCAGGUAUCUACAAUGGGCCCCAUGCAUAGGGGCUGAUCUAUUCAGUCUAACUCUAUGCUGUUCGCCAUGAGUGGCAUCCACAAGUUAACACGCUGGUGCCCACAUUGUUUUCAAAAUAAAGCGAGCGAAGGGAUCUGCUAUCUUGAACUUUAUCACAAUACCUCAGCCGACAAGCUCGACGGCCACUUACAACACCUGCGCAGUAACAAUCCGAAGUUACAACAAACGAUAAUUCAGUGCGGCUUUUCUGUAUCGGAUUCUGAUCAUAUCGGCCGAUACUAAACUGUAGAUAUCUGUAUCAGUAUCAGAGGUGAAAAAAGCGGAUCGGUGCAUCCCGACCAGCGACCAUGAGUUUAAACGUGCUCAUCCCCAACUUUUCCUUUCUGCAUUUCCUGUUUCUCUUCAGUCGUCCUCCUAAAUGGUGUAAAAGGUUAUCAUCAAGAGACAUUACAAAGACACUCCCUGCUUUAUUUUCCACUCUGCAGACUUGCUAUCUGUUAUCUGGGGACUAGUACAUCUAUACGAAGCCCAUUGUGGGACAAAUGAUUCAUUGCCAGGCUCUAAUCUCUGUCUCUGCGGUCCAAAACUUUAGGGAUACAUGAUACAGAGACACUCGAGGUGUUAACUAGGUAAGUGAUAUCAGGGGUUACAUCCCGGGCCAACGAAAUGUAGACAUUAUCUUAAUCCCUCAUUAAAAUCAAAUCUACCUCUGUAUCUCACACCUAGGUUAAAUUUAGUCACGUUAUUAAUCUUAUGACGGCUACACUUUCACUUUUUUCACACGGUUAUCUGAGGUCAGGGACGCCUCAUGUUACAGCACCGCUUCCACACGUGUCGGUGAACACGACAAUGUGUUCAACUUUAAAAAAGAAAGAAGUUAAAGCACCUCCAGCAGAAUAUUUAAGUGAAUAUACACAUUAAAAGUCACUGAUCGACACUUUAGGAGUCAUUAAUUAGAUUUAUCCUGGUUUUUUUUCAUACUUAAUCAGAUUAAUCGGUAAAACAGAGGUCAGAUUCCAGGUUACGUCAUGAAACUAUGUCUCCCUCCUCUCCUUUAUCCCUCGUCUCUCCUACACAGACUCAAAUCCAGCAGUAUGAGGACACACUGAUUCACACACGUACACACAUUUCCGCCAGAAGGGUAUUUAAAUGAAAUUAUUAAUAGUAUUUGGAACAGAAAUUGCCUUUCCUUUUUUGGUUCCCACGAGUGAUACCGUCCAACAUCCUCUUAAUGCAGCACGCAGCUCGACACGUACAAACACAGCGUCACGCAGCACCUCAGUUUGGCGCAUUCGUACCUCACAAACACACACACACACACAUACACACACACAUGCAAAUCCUUUGUGAGCCAAUGCUGCACUGCUCGCUUUGUGCUCCAGGUGCCAUGACAUAAACCAUCAUCUCAAGAAGCCAAUCAUAUUAAAAGCAUGAGUCAUGUUGCCGCCUACACUGGCUGAGAGGCUUUAAGAGGUGUCAUGUUGGAUAUCGUCCUCCGUGCACACACUGUGACCCAGAUCCCACAAACUCAGCUGUUUUGGGGCGAUUUUGAGCGUUUAACCUCAAAAACGCAUUUUUAAAUGCUCGGUGUUUGACAGAAAUAUAGAGAAAUCAGAUUUUCCCUCCGCAGGAUCUCUUAUCAAUGUUCAUUUCAAGGGCAACACACUGGGUCUAAGAUUUCCAAGUGUGCUUGCAGCUGACGGGCUCCAUUAUAUGUGCCAUCAAUCAUGUGUUUGUUCCAGCGUCUUUAGCGGGAAGCACUUUCCUCCUCAGGGUACAUUCCCAUUGUCACUACUUGUUUGUUCUUCACUUUCCCAUUGGUGCAAGAUUCUCACUUCUGAUUGGCUUUUAUCACCACUUCAGGUGUGAAGUCACAGGUGUAAUCUCAGAGGGAGGGUCGAGGGCGAGGCUGCAGCUGAGCUCAGAGAGGGAGGAGGAGGAGGCGGAGGAGGUGGGGGCAGAUGAGGGAUCCGGUCUCAGACGAGUGCAGAUUCAUCUCUGUCCUUUUGUCCUCCGUUCCCCUUUGUUGGACCGUUUUCUCUCUGCGCUCUCUAUCUCCUCCGCCUCCUCCCAUCUUGCAUCCCUAUUUUGUUGUAUUGUAUGUAAAAGCGCGUGCGUGCGCACAACUCGGGGCUGCGAUCCCUCGUCACGUCUCAUCUGUCAUCCUCAUUAGCUCCCCGGGAGGCGCAGGUGAAUUAUUUACACGCCAAUAUUCCCCCCGUCCCCAAACUGCGGCUCCGCAGUCGACCCCGCUUCAUUGUCUGCUUGUGUCCCAUUGAUGAUACUGACCUUUAGUUGCACUUUUAUAUUCUCUCUCUCCCUAUCUCCUGCCCCCACAUUCGCACACUCACGACUGAAACACAUCACAAAAUCCCCAUGACAUUUAUAUCGACACCAUUUCUUCCUCUCGGAUUUUUCUGGUAUAAUUGUGCAGACAGGGCACAGGGGAAAAUGACGUUAUUUUAAGCAGUUAGGUGCCAGACAGAAUCCUCGGAGAUGGAUUACAGAGGUGGGCGACCGACUUCCAGUGGAGGUGGUUACUAAGGAGGGAUGGAGCCCGCCUGACUCAGCUGUGUCUUUACAUAAAUCACGACAGGGGUAGAAACCCCUCAAGACAAAGCCGGCGCGCUGUCUCCUCUCUCCGGAGGCUCGGCGGAGAAUUAGAGGCAGUGAGAUAAGUGUCUAAGACUGGUGUGUGUGUGUGUGUGUGUGUAUGUGUGUGUGUGAGGACCCGGGAGAGGGUGAAGUACCAAAGCAGAGAAAAUUGUGUGUAAUUGAUGACUGUGCCUGAGUUUGGAGACAGUGCUGACCUUGCCUCUCUUGAGACAGCACACACAGUGACACAAUCGCACAAGCAGGCUUGCAUACAUGAACACAUAAACAAGAUUCACUGCAGGCGCUGAGGAUCCACACAGUCAGGACUAAACCGGGUCAGGGUACUGAAACUCAGUAGUAAGACAAACACCCCAAUCUUUAUUUCCUAAUGUUAGCGUUUUAUAUCGUAGAAGCAGCGGGUCUCGGCUCUGCUGGCAUGUUUUCUAUGGUAGCUCAGGAUGGAUGAACUAGUCGCUGCACACACUGCCUCGGUCAAAUAUACGCUAAUGUUGAGUCAUAUAAACAAAACACGGCUAUCAGUUGUGUGCAGAAGACUAAAAAUAUAUAUUCAACAAAGCAAGUUCAACAAACCCUGAGUUCCCCGGGGCGAUCUGGCCUCACUGACCGCAUCGAGUGGUCUCACAAAGCUGAUUAUCUACACGGUAUAUCAACCCGGAGUUACUGCGAGCACGCUUAAAUGCAACAUGUAGCUGAGCGCACCAUCGGCAGAUCAUCAUAUUUAACACACUCGGAGCAAACUACGUCAAUAACAAUGUGAAGUCACAUAAACCGGAUUAAAAUCAACACAGCUGCGUUUGCGGAAUCGAUGACGACGGAGAGCUGUCGGAAAAAGAGUGAAUGUGCAGAUGAAGGUUUAUAAUCUCUGUCUUAUUAUUAUUAGUUCACUUUAGAUCUAGAUCUUAUAACUCUUAACUCUUAUUCACUUUAAAGGGAUAUUCCGGCAUAGAAAUAAGCUAGGGUCAAACAAGACUUAACACAACUCACCUACUCUCUUCCAGCAGCCGCUUGUUUGUAGCGAGACCUCAGGCCAGUCCAUUACAGACUACAGCGGGGUGACACAGCUCAAGGAAGAACAUUUAUGAUCAUUUCUUCAUGGAAAUGCAAUCAGACCGAGACUCGCCUGGGGUCUCGCUACAAACAAGCGGCUGCUGGAAAAGAGUAGGUGAGUUGUGUUUGUUCUCUUUGCUAAAGAAAUUAGUCAAAGUUAAAAAGAUGUUUGGUGGCUAGUACUAUGGCUGUGACCCUAUAUGUCCUGUUGAUGAAGUUAGGUGCUGUUCUGAACAUUAUUUGUGGCUAUAGAGUGGCGUUUUGGUUGAGGUUUGUUUAUGGCUCCUCAGACCGCUGUGUAUUGCUAUCGUGCGGUCAUUACUAAAGUUGGUUUAACUAGAGAAGCAAGCGGUCGGCAACAUUCAUCUCUGUAGGGGGUGUCUAACUUGGUGUUACUGUGUAUUUGACCCUAGCUUAGUUUUAUGCUGGAAUAUCCCUUGAACUGAUUGAUUCUUGCAGUGUAUGUGACAGAAUAUUUCAGCUACAGCCCUGCAGGUAGUAAACAGAAAGGUACAGGGAAAGAAACACCAUUCAAAAUAUGACAAGCAUGAUUAUUUUACAUCCGAUAAGUACAAUAUUAAGAGUCUGGUGUUAACCUGUUUUAUUCUCCGAGGAGGGAUGAUAUUAGCUCAGUCUCAGGGAUUCUACAUUAUUGUUAUCAUAUUUAGGAGCUUUUGCCAACAUGUGGUCAGGUUCUCCGAUUCAAACAAACAAACAAAAAAGAGAUAAACACGGUAAUGUUAUGUUUUUGGAAAGGUUUGUAUCAACUGCGUAACAUUGAGGAUUAUUUACAUGCUGAAAUCAAACUUUAUCUGGCCUUUUGUCAGUCGCACCAACUUUUUCUUCAAAGUUAUAGUCGAAAACAGAUGGUGCACUCUUUGUACUUUUUUGUGUCAUGAUUGCUGCAAAACUAAUUAGUCUCCAUAUCAGUAUUCUUAUUUCCUAAAACUCCACCAGGAUUCAUCUGUCUUUCACCCAAAGCACAGCCCCUCUCUGUUCCAGUAUUUGUGAUAUAUUCCAGCGAGACGUACUGUCAGGCCUUUGCUGCAGACUGUUGGUUUUGAUUGCAUCUCAGUGGGCUUCUUUUUUGGAUCCAGUUCCUUUUUAAUCAUGGUAAACCUACAGUGCAGCGCAGCACAAAGGCUCUGGGGUAGUGAGAGCUCUAACUGUUAUCCGGCCACUACGGCGAAUGAAAUUACCCAUGAAUACCUUACAGUGAGAUUCUAGGGAUGUGGUCCCAGAGGAGGAGGAGGAGGAGGAUGACAAAAAAGGAGGAAACGCAAACAUUUUAUGUAACUUGAUGUUCAGAGGUAGUUGUACGGAAAACAUCCCGCGGUAUAUAUAUCGUGUGACGGUAUAGAAGUGUCUACCGGUAGAAUUUUUUUUUUACAGUUCAUACCGCAGAGAGAGAGAAAGACUGGAUGUCUGCUGUGUCUCUCCGAGUUAGUGUGUAGUUGUCUGCACUCGAUAACAGGAAAGCCGGAGCGCAUCAGUUUGGGUGCAUUUACGAAUAUUUACCAGUGUGUCGUGCCGAGUUUGUUCGCUCCAUUUGAUUGGUGAGGUUUGGGUGCACUCCCUUUAAUCACCAGCGUGUCCAGCAGACUGCUUGGCCUAGUUUCAACGAAGAAGAAACAGCUUCACUGGUGGUGGUCAUGGCAGACGCGGAGAUUAGUGGCAGUACUGAACAAACGGAGGCAGCCGACCCACCCAACAUGAGGAAGAGGAGGAGGAACUCAUUCCGAUCAAAAAACAAUACUAUGCAAACAGUGUCAUGUGACCCCCCGAGCAACUUAUUUCCAAAAAAGCGCCUAGCAACAAAUCUAGAGACUUUUUCUGGAGUUUAGAGACUCCAACAUAAACACAAGAACAGAUGUUACCCUUCUCAACAGGUGGCCAGUGUGCAUCAAAAACACAGACACACAGACACCCCGUGGAAGACUCCUCUUCCUUCUCCUCUUGGGGGUGGAGAAGUGACGGAGAAGUUAUACAGAUUAGGUGAUGACGUCAUCUAGCGACUUCUGGUGACUUUUACGACAGCCACUGCCAACUUUCCUUACUGAGGAGCUGGUGACACUGAACUCGUCCCCCAAAAAGGGCGCAUGUCGCGACAUCGGUUGUCUUGAGAUUCUUCGGAUUUAAAAAAUCCGACAAUGAUCAAAAAACAAAACUAUGCAAAGAGUGUCACGUGGCUGACGUCGCUGGAAGAGGAAACACCAACAACCUCCUCCACCACCUAAAGAUGAAACACAUCAAGCUCUAUUGUGAUCGCCAAAAGAUGCGUGACGCACCUGCUGCACCAAAAACUAAAACUGCAGCAGCUCCUCUCAGACUAAAGAGCUCGGCGGAGUCUUUCGCCAAAGGUAUGCCAUAUGAUAAAAAUAAUCGCCAGACUGGUCUGACUUGUUUUUUGCAUUUUGUAAACAAAUCUGAGUUUGAAAAUAAAAGGAAAAUAAACAAAUAUGACAGAACGGUUAUUUUUAAGACAUUACAGGGCUGCCAAGUUUCAGAAAAUGACAAGCGGGAGACUUUAGCGUCGAUUUAUACCUUCAGACUGAUGGCCUCACCUCCAUGCCAGCUGCUCUCCCUAAUGCUCGUCUUCAUAAACCAGAAAUUAGAAAUGAAAAUUGUAACAAGAAUUUUGACAAAACACAUUUAUUUGUCAAUAUUACAUUAAGUCAAGUGGGUUUUAAAUGUCGGCUCUGUUGUGUAUGAAAGAUAGAGACACCAAGACACGCUUAUGCUGCUUCUGAUUGGUUUAUAUUGUGGGGUACCUUCUGUGGUUGGUUAGAUUUAGGCACAGAGGCAGCUAUGCAUUAAUUAAAUUUACAGGGGGAAAAAAAACACACCGUGAUAUAAACCGUUACCAUGAUACACUUCAUCCCGCCAUUUAACCAGCAUAGUUCUGGUUCUAUUAGAUUCCGUGAUCCUCGGCGCUGACCACUACCUGAAACCCUCCGGAGAGUCACAAAUAAAGGAAGCAGCAGUUAGAGCUUGGCAGGCUGUUGUAAUGGAGCGAGCCACAAGCGUCACGCUCCAAAUGGGUCAUAAAUGUUUUCUGCGCUCAGACUAAGCUCAAAUAUAUCAUGUUGAAUAUCUCCACAACAAGGCUCUCGCGGAGAACACGCACAGAAUGCAGCUCAUUACUUUUUUUUUUUUGACAAGCAUUUAGGCGUCUCCUCCGGGGGGCCCUGAAAUGCCAGAAGAAUCUUAAAGGACGGCCACAAACAGCUCCACACCCACUGCCUGGGCUCAUCUCUCCCCCUCUUUUCUCUCUCCCUGGCAUAUCUUGGUGUGUAAUUAACAAGGCUUAGAACACCCUCACAAAUACGCGCCGCAUUCUGUCACUCGCACUGUAGCGCACACACACUUCCCCUGCAUGUAAUUACCAUGGAUUAGGGCACAAUGAUGUCUUCUGCUAGAGCUGCUUUACCAACCUAAAAACUGUGUCAGUGCAUGUGGCCUUGUGUUUGCAUGUUUUUUUAACUGUGUGUACCGAAGAGAUUGGCACACGUGCACGUUUUCCUGGCACGGGCACAAACUGCAGCAUAUUGCGCGCCAGUGCGGCUCGUCCAGGCGGCGAGGAGGUGGUUUCAAUCAGGCUAAAAGCAAGAGGGCUGCCUUUGUGAGCGUGCACAGACGCACAUGCACAUAAACCUCACUUAAUCGUGUAUACAAGAAAGGACCUCUUUGUGUAAUCCUCGCAGCAGUGUAGAAUUACAGGAGGAAGAAGAAUGAGAGACUUAUCUUUCCUUUCUUUCCAAAUUAUCUCUUUCUCAAUUAAUGGCCUUUUCAUUUAGAGAGGACAGAAGUAAUGACAUUUUAGGAGACUGAAUGUAUUAUCUCGCUUUUUUUUUCUUCCUUCCCUUCUGCACACGCAGCUCCUAAUAGAUGCAAAAUAUCAACAUUUACGACAAAACAGUGCUUACUCCGGGCGACUAAUUCAGCCGAGGCACUUUUUGUAAAUGACUGCUUGUCCUUAAUCACCCCUGAAACCGGCGCAGACAACAGGGAGUCGAUCUGCCACAUUAUGCGGCUCUAGCUCGCUAUAAAUGACCUCCCACCAUUUCCUCUAACUGUAUUACAACUUCAUCUCCCAACACACUUCUCCAAUUACCGCCACAGAAGGUCAAAAGGUGAUGGAAUACAGAGGCAACUCAUAAAUCUCAAGGACAGUAAUGACAGGAGGGAGCAGAGCCUCCCACACACACACACCUGAGAGCAGGUACCACACCCAGACUUCAUCACUUAAAGGAUAAAAAUGAUAAAAAGCAGACAGAAAGAGCGGCUGUACGGACAGGCUUUUGGAGGGGAAAUGGCUUCGAGCGUUUUUUUCCUCGACUUGUCUCGUCACACAGCCCUGAAGCGUCAAGGUUCCUUAUCUCUGAUCCGAGCACACUUCUGCAGAGACGGCUCUGCAGUGUGCAGAACGGGAGACAACAAAAAUAGCACUCCAUCGCAUCUCUGAUGGAGAAUACGCAGCCAAUCAUGUCAUGCUGCUGAUUGCCCCCAUCUUCACCGACACAGAGAGCCUUUCCUCCGCUUCCUCUGCCCUCCUGAAAGAAAGAGGGUUUAAAAAUCAGUGCUGCUGUGGCGCGGUAGUAACCACACACGUAAAAGCGAUGCCCAUGUCAUGUUUCUCCCAUGGCUAUUAAACGCCAGCAUGCCUUUUACACCCCUCGUACAGCGCGAGAACUCAUUAUCUUUACCAAUGUCUCCAACUUCUCUGCUUCUCCCUUUCAGACACGUUUUGUUUUCCACAGGAAAUUUCCCUCGUUCAGUCUCUCUGCUUUCUCCUUCACUAUCCGCACAUCUUCAUCCUCAUCCAUCUAUUUUUGGGUGUUCAUCUCGACCACCUGCAAACCCUCUAAUUAGUUCACAUCUGUGUCUGAGGCACGCUAUUUCAAGCACGCAUUCACCGAUACAAUACAAAUGUGCAUGCACGCACGCACAGCCGCACACAGUCCUGCACAUGCACACACAACCUUGUUCUCUCUCUCUCUCUCUCACCCUGUUGGAGUUCAAGUUUCAAAAGGAAAGAAAAGAGGCAGUGAUCUGAGGAUCUAAAAACGCAACCGGCUUUCUGCUAAUGAACGGUAUAAUCAAAUCUUUCUCCAGAUGCACUCUAAUUAGGAAAAUUAUCCGGCACUGCAGAGUGUAAAAAUAAGACAGUUAUUUGGUGUCGACUCAGGUUUUAUUGUUGCUCGCGUUGGCCCCACCGCCGCCGCCGCCGCCGCUGCAGAUGAUUCAGAUGAGAAUGAUGAUACUGGCGUUAAAGAUCUUUUACAACCCAUACUUAUUGCGAGAGCCCUCCCAGUAACUGCUGUACCUGUGUGGCUGUGGGUUUGUUUCUCUGCAGGUUUGCGCAGUAGUUACUCUUGCAGUGUCUGCAGUGUGGUCCUCAACUCCAUCGAGCAGUACCAUGCACACCUCCAGGGCUCCAAGCACCAGAACAAGUGAGUACAAGAUCUUCUUAUUUGUUUCUGGAGCGAAGCUUUACCAGAGUCAGAGACAAAAAAUAAUCCCACAAGUACGCUGACUUCGCGCUGAAACUUGCCAGCUGUUUGAAGGAGUGAGAGUAGAGUUACAAGGCGUCCUCUUCCAUUUCCUUCUCAACGAAACGAAGAAGUUUUUACUUGUACAAUUAAAGGUUAAACUAUUAAUCCACAGGGGAGACAGUCUGAAACUGUGCUCUCUGAUUUGAUUCUGCAUGCAAUCAUCCGAACAUGCAAAUAUAUCCAAACUUUUUCCUUUUCCUCUUUUCACUGUAAAGGUGAUGCAUGUGAUCUGAAUCCGUCCCGCCACAUCAAGUCAAGUUAGUCUUUGUGGAAGUUUUGUGCAAACUGAGAUCUGAAUACAUUUGUAUGCAUUUACCCAAUCCAAAACUGUGCGCUCAUAGAUUCACAGACUUCAAGGCUAGUUCCCAGUGAGUGUGGGAGUAUUUAGGACUGUCACAUCAUCAAGUCCAUGAGCUCUCUGUUACGCACUCUUCAAUGCCAAGUAACACUCAGUAUGCAUUUCUGCACAUUUCACCGUCAGACUUACCCAGAGUUCAUUGCACACUUGGUGACAUGACGGAGAUUGUCAAGCUCUCUUCAAAAUGUAAAUAAAUCUUUGUUUACUGAAACUGGAUUCAACAAAUUAAGAUGAAGGAACAAAUCAGCAUUAAUAAAUCAAUUAAGAUGAGAUAAAGAUCUGCCCAUAUUUCUAAUCAUGUGCUAUUUUGUCACUCCAGUUAAGCCAUGGCUGCAUCUUAGGGGUGUCCCGAUACAACUUUUUACUUCUGAUACGAUACCAAUAUUGUAGCCUUCAGUAUAGGCCGAUACUGAUAUUGAUCCGAUCACUCAGCUGCUGUGUCUUUUUCGGACUUUAACGAAAAUACUGCCAAACAGCCGACAUCACGAUGUACGGCUUGUAUCGGAGAGCUGAUAUCGAAGAUUUUAGAUGCAGGCCGAUAUAAUCCGAAAUUUGUUUUUUGGCUGAUAUCGGACUGAUAUCCAAUAUUAUUAUCAUAUCAGGACAGCCCUACUGCACCUCCCUGCCCUUUCUGCCACCAUGAUGCAAAGCAUACAGGUGCAGCUAAUCCAACUGGUGUCAGGGGGGCAACAGGGAAACACAGGCUGGCGGAGAUGGAACUAAACUCAAGAAGAUAACCACAGCUAUCUAAAUAGGUGGUAACUGAUUGUAGGUCAGUAAACACCGUGGAAGACUCAGGUCCUUAUGAGCGCAGUGCAUCAACAGUAAAGAGUAACAGUGAAAGCUCUCGUAGCGUAAAACUUAUUAGCACUUCUGUUUUGUUUUUGUGAAUUUAAAAAAGUGGUAUAUAAGUGGUAAACCGUCACCUCAGGUGUAGUGUCAUUCCCAGCUCCGACAACCGACUUCUGAGAUAACUGGGACGCAACAUUAGUCUGGCAUGUUGACAACCAGUUAUAUGCUUCACUGUGGCGGGGUGCAAUGUAACACCAUGCACAGGACUUGUGAGAAUCAUGUCAAUUUUUUUAUCAGGAUGACACCUUCAAGAAAAACCUAAAAGACAGACGUUAAAUUCAUCUUUGUAUUUCGCUGUGUUCAUCGUGCUGAAGCCUUACAUUUGAAAUAUCUGAUGGACGUGACGGUGCAGCACACUCUCACUUGAAUGGAAGUCCUUUCAGUCGCUGAUAUGAGCCAUUUAGUGAGACGUGGAGCAGAAUGAGGAAACACAAUGGAAAGAAGGUGAUUUUAUUAAAAAAGACCGCCAUCCCACAAUGAGGCCGUCAUUUUCAGGACUUCUUUUCCAGAAAAAGCAAUCACAGCUGGUGGGAAGGAAAUUAUUCCCACCAGCAGGAAAGAGAGCGUGCUAUGGACCGGUUAUAUUUCAUGCAUUUCACAUGAGAUAGCUUCGAGCAUGGCCAUAAGCUGUGUUUGGUGCAUGUAUUCAUGUAUGGGUCUCCUUCUAUUUAAAGCACGGUGAUGGAAAUUAGGUGUGUUAUAUGUGGAGCAUUUGUCAGAUUAAAGACUUCUCAAGGAUAAAAUUUGGUUGUAGCGGAUGCUUCUUCUUUCCUAUUGGUUUUUUUAAAGAGGUUGGGCCCCUCAGCUGACAAGUCUGUAUUUACUCACCCUGGGGCUCAGCUCGUCUCUGCUGCUCAUACCGAAACUUCUACAAACAAGUUAAGUCUUGGACUUGUGGGUGGUGGGUGUAAGUGAGAAAAACAACAGCAGUAACAAGGCUGAGAAUGGCAGAGAGGGAGGGAGGUGAGACAAACAAAUGAACAAGAUUUUCCAAGUUAAUUUUGGUCGGUGUGUUUGCUACAGAGAAUUCAUGUUACAUAUAUGGACGUCAGUUAUUAUCAUCAGAUUUUUACCCACAUUUCAAGACUCUUGAUGUACAAACUAAAUCAUAACGAGACAUCCAGUUCUAAGUUUGAUUAUGAAGAAGAAAAUUGAGCCCAAUUGGUGACAGACUGGCCGGUACCGACCUUGUCAUGACUCUGAUACAAAGCAGAUCUUUGCACAAAUAUGAAGACAAGACUUGACUUUUCCAAAAUAAGUUCAACUUUUGGAAAAUUCUCACUUGUUUUUGGUUGAUUUCAUCUGGUUUGGGGAGCUGUUAUAGACUUAAGUAACACUUUUCAAUAACCAUAAGAUAUAAAUGGUAAAUAGACAUCUGACUUCCGAGGUAACUGGAACGCAGCAUUUGAAAUCCGAACGUUCCUCAUUAUAAAAACGAUGUCAGGGAGAUGUGGUAGGUGGUUCCUGAUGUGUUAAGGAAGCACUUGUACAGAAGUCAAGUUUGUAUCUUGUAAACAAGCUGCACAUUCAGACCGGCAACUUAAAAUAAGAUCAAGACAUUUUAACAAAGCCUAUCUUGUUCUUGGUUUCACGGUGAAUAUGAAAGGAGAUAAGAAAAGACCAGCGAGUAUUUCAUGACUGAAAAAUCUGGCAGCUUAAAGUAAGAUACUAAACUAAUUGAAGACACUGCACCCCAGCCACAUUACUGAAAACUUGAUGAAUACAAUCAGCAGGCGUAUCACUUCAUGAAUUCUGCAUCAGGGAGCAACAAAGCUCUCAUAGCUGCACACAAAGUUGCAUGCAGAGUUGCCCAAUGCAAGAAACCACACACAAAACCACACACGAUAGCACAGAAGUUCAUAAUAUCUGGAUACAGUUAACUAUGCAGGAUGAGUCAAACACCUCGGAGGUGACGGAUGUACCUUUAAAUAAUACAGUUAGGAUGUAAUGCAAUGGUUUAAAUGAUCUAAAAGGAAGACUUGCUGUUAUUGGUGUUACAGUCAGGUUGUAAACGCCACGAAUUAACGGAUGCUUUAAUUAAUUAUAGCAUUUGAAAUAAAGACGCGUCCUAAUCCAAGGACGGCAGCCUUCGAAGUCCACAUUUAAAGACUGAAUGCGUCACGGCGGCGCAUCGAAGGCUGUCUCAUUUCAAGGUUCCUUCAAAUGCAGCCGACUAAUGUGUCCUACUUUUCCCUGUCCUUGACGGCUGCAUCAGGUGCAUCCUUGACAGCUCCACUUAUACCAGUUUGAUUCUUUGUGCACGAGACACUUAAAAGAUGGUAUUGGGUUUUGACUUCGACUGAUGCACUGACAUUUGAAAUUAUCUUUUCUUUUCUUAGUUAGUUGUUUAGACCUCCAAAGGCUUUAGCCCCUGGAUUGGGACACAGAUGAAGUUAAACUCGGCCUUUUCAGUCACUAUUUUGUUCAUUUGGAGAGAAGGUGGGUGCUAAAUUUCCCCCCUCUAAGGUGGAAUAACAGGGAAACUUUAGGGACUGCUUGUAUAAUGAAACAUCAUGAUAUCUGAUGAAUACAAAGUGCUCUCAGAGGUGAAUUAAUAACACUUAGAGUCACCGCGAGGAGUCAUGAAGCGCUGCUAUGUUUAGUUAAACUGAAAGGAAAGUCUGUUCAGCGCGCUGUAUCAUUUUUAAAUGAAAAUAUUGAUAUUUGGUGCAGGUGAUAUAAUUGUAUUGCACGCAUCAGGACAGUGAUAUAUUGCUGUAUGCAUAAUUUGUCGCACAUUAACUGAAGGAGCUGAACAUUUUUUAAGCUUAUCUCCCUAAAUUGCUGGAGGUUGAGAGGUGGAAACUGAAGUUGGACUGAAAAAGGAUGAGCCAGAAAAAAAGAAAAUAGUCAAAUCUCACAGAGGCUGCUCCAUGAUGGCAGAUUUAGACAACAUUUACACAUUUAACCCUCUCCGUAAACAAAAAAAAAUGCGUGCACACCACUACGUUUUUAGAAAAGUUUUCAUUUACACUAACCCGUGUAUAUAUGCCGUUAAGACCAUAUCAAACAUGUAGGUUACAGUGGAGCGAGAAACUCAAGCCCACGUUAGCCAAUCAGAAUCCCACAUAGCAGCAACAACAACGUCACUUCCUUUUUACUGCGCAAAAACGAUUAUUCAUGAUUUCAAAACGGAGUAUUUAUUAAACCAACAAAACUUUAAAUAUAACUUGUAAGAACAGCCAGAGAUAAAUUAGUACAAGUAAUAAAAUGAAAAUGAUGACAAUAGUAAACUAGAAAAGCACUCGAAGAGCGCAGACCUCCGCCAAACAGCUCAUGUCCCCCCUUAUAUUGUGAUUCACACCAAAACUUUUACUGUUACGUGUCUUUUAUGAACUUUUAUUUGUGUUUAAACUGGUAUGUUCACUGUUCAUAAUGUUCCUAAAACAAGAAAUGCCCUGACCGGGAUUCAAACCCAGGACCUUCUUGCUGUGAGGCGACAGUGCUAACCACUACACCACUGUACAACCUAUCUACACCACUGUGCCGCCUGUUGGUUAUCUUUCAGCACUGAAAAUUCCAACGACACCCUUGUUUUUGUGUGCCACAGCUGAAAAAAAUUCUAGGGGAAGCACUAAUAUUCACAGUACACGGUAUAUUUGACUCUCAAAAGUCAGCAGGAGAAGAUUUUUGUCAGACGACACUACUUAAGAAUGUAGGGAACAAGAUACAAUGCAAGGGGGCGCCAAAAUCAACACAAUUUAACAAUUCAUUACAGUAGCUUUAAUUGAUGUACGACCUAAAAUAAGUGAUGGUGCUUUCUCCUUCUUAACAGAUGAUUUGCAGGUUUGUUUAGCGUUAUUGGGGGAAAAAAAGCAGUUGUUGAGCAGGAGAGAAAAAGUUUUUCAGUGUUUUUAAAGGAGACUGAAACUCUCUUUCUAGCUCUAAAGGUUAAUGUCUGCAGAAGGCGACGUCCAUUACUUAGCAAGAUAUUGAAUACCGAAUACAGCUUUUUGGCCACUCUGAACCUGCCUAGUUGAGAGCGUCAGCUAAACCCCUUAAAAGUGUGAUUGUAGAGAUGUAUAUCUGUUUAAACGUGCUUUAAAUUGUUGGGCAAAUGGUGGACCAUAACUCUCCUUUUGUCAGUUUUACUGUCGCCAAGCGGAAAAGAAGGCAGACACACUGAAAGAGUCAUGUUUAUGAGGGAGAGAAAAGAAGAGCAGGCGAGACUGAUAGACGCAAGAGAGACAGUUAUGCACCACAAACACAGAGAGACAGAUGAGGAGAGAGAUGCAGAGGGACAGAAAGACACAUCAUGUUAGAGGCAGGAGUAGAAGAAAUAAAAAAAAAGGGCAGAGAGAUGGCAAGAGACUGGGACCGAAUUGAUAAAAGGAGACGGAUGGACAUGGAGAAAAGCACUAAUACGGACAGAAACAGGAUGUACCAGAGCCAGAGAGGUGAAGGUGAAACCAAAUUUCUGCAAAAAUCUGCGUAAAUUGAAGUGAAAGGUGGAGUCAGAGAGAUAAGAGGCGGAUAUGGAGAGAACAUUGACAGCUGCAGGGCGUUACGACUUUCUAGAUGGGGAGGAUGGAUUGACAAGGCAUCGACGGAAAGAGGGCAGACGAGACACAGACGAGCUGCGGGGAGAUUUACAUGAGAUGUACUGAUUACUGGAUCCUGGAUAGGAGGAAACAAAGUAUCUCAUAUACCUUAUCAGACAGGAUUACAGGGUUACAGCCGGGUCUUCAGUCCUGGAAACAACUCUGUUUUUCAGAUAAAUAACACGUGAACUCUAUGAUACUCUCUCUGUGUCAGUUUGACAUAAUACAGCAUUAUGAAGAAUAUAGUUUUAAAAGAAUGAGCCACAAUCAGGUUUCAACACAAAGCAAAAGCAAACAACACAGAGGCGAACCGAAGAAACACAGAGCUGUUUUCUUAAUGUUUCACAAGGAUGAAGGUUAAAGGAGAAAAAUUCUGCUCUGCUGGGUUUUGUUUGUGUGUCUGUGUGUGUCUGUGUGUUUACUCUCUGUCACACUCUACCACAACACAGCAGGUCGGUCUCAUUCACAGGCGCACUAUAUACCUUAUAGUGUCAGGCAGAGAGAAAAAGCAGAGUCUGGGGACAGCAGUGUCACCUGUUCGCAUGUUUGUUUGGACUGUUUACUGUGAGCUCCACACCACUGCCUUAAAAUUAACUCCCAGGGAUUGUCCCAAACACAGCAAGAUAAUAAAAAGUCCAGAAGAGCAGAUAGAGGACACCACAACUGAGGCGGGUUAAAACUUUUGGUACUUCAAAACAUCAUGCUUUAAAAGAUUACAGACUCCCUUAUUCUCACAGGACCAAAGCUUAUGAUAGUAAUUAUCUAUGGAUAUAUUUCUAACCAAAUAUAACAAGUGUGGCAGUUAAACCAGAAAUGAAAAUUACCCAAUCAUGGGCACCCUGUGGUUUGUUUAGUCGCCAGAUGUUGUUUGGAAAUGUUGUUUUAUUUUUACCAGUACUGUGUCAAAGUUAGGGCUGGGCGAUAUAUGGCCUCGAAUCAAUACUAGAUAUAUCGAUCAGUUCACCUCGAUAACGAUAAAUGGAUGAUAACUACUCCACAAGCUGCUCACCCCCUCCCACAUUAACUUCGUCUACUCCAUCUCCUCACCUGUCUUUCCCUCUUUGUUACGGACUGGAUGGGGCGGAGUCACGUCUCUGACGUAGGACAGCGUCUUAAAGGGACAUGAGACCACAGCCUACCUACACACAUCCAAAACCAACUUUGAUUUAUUUAUUUUUUGACACCUGAGAUAUCGACAUGUGCAAAAUGACGUUGGUUAUCGAUGUAAAUUUCUGUAUCUGUAAAUUUUGGGUUUAUCACCCAGCCCUAAGAGCCAGUGAAAUAUACAGAAGUAAACAUAAUGAAACAAGCCGGUUAACUUAAAAAUAUAAAGGAAAAUUGGUUCGUUUAGUCGCCAAAUGUUGUUUGAAAAUGUUUUGUUUUUUCCAGUAUUUUGUCAAAGUUUAAAUCCUAAAUUUAAGCAACAAGCAGUGACUGAGAGGAAAUAUUUUAUAGGUCUAGAGUUACUUUAAAUGAAGCCCAAAUAUUCAUGCAUCUUGUGCCUAAAACAAAUAUCACAUUGGACUCCCCCACUUAACAGAAAACAGAAAAUUAAACAUUAAAUGUACAUUUUAGAUCAGGAUUGGUCGCACAAAUAGUUCUGGAGUAACAUGAUAAUUAAAUUUCCAAUUAUUUCUGCAGUUUUCAUCAGUGACAAACGGUUAAACGGGAUCAUCAAAUAUCUGCCCUUUUAACUUGACAUUUGAGACUGAAACACAUCAGUAGCUAAUGAUCUGAGACACUUAAAAACAUGCAGCUCUCUGUGGUUUUAAGAGCAGAGCAGGAUCCCAGAAUAGCCCAAGUACAGUUGGAAAUCUCUUAUUUCUAUUUCCUGCGCUCUAAUGCUAUGGAUCGUGUGUAAUUCCCUUCAGCAGCAUUUGCUGGAUUGCAGGCAGUGUGCAUAAAGUGUGAAAAAGUCCAUGAGAGAGCCCUCAAAGCACGAGUGAUUUCACAGUGCGACAGCCCUGAGCCCUCGCAGACUUACUGCAGGCACGCGUGCUGAAUUCUUUUAAGUCCAUGAGAGUGAACACUGGUACUGGAAAUGAGUCCUGCCAGCUCUGUUGCACCGCUGUACCACUGCAUCGAUCCUCUGGGAAACAUAGAACAUGGCCGAAGGUUCCACCUCAUCGACCUCACUUCCCCUGCCUUCACCCACUCGCUCAGGUGAAACACAAUACCAGUACAGAAAAGUGUGUUACAGACCGCUUUAGGCAAAGUCUCUCUCUCUCUCUCACUAACAUACGCACAGCCCACCCGUCCCUGCAUCAGUGCGCAUCACAUUUUAGCCUUGAAAUCAGAGGAGUACGGAUAUGAUAUGAUAGCAAAUAAUGCGGCUGUCACGCUUUAUUGCGCUGCAAAGUGUGUAAAGUGUCACUUUUCUGCUGACAUACACAUGCACACCAAGGCUGCUACACAAAUAUGAGCGCAGACACAGACAGGCUGUGAGGAAGAGGACAUAAGGACACGGCGACGAAGACCGUGCAUGUCAGCGUUGCUUUGUUUUUGAAGAGCAGUUUCUUUUUAAUCUGCUUCCUUAAAGAACAAGCUGUCUGAUUCUGGAGUGCUCAGCUGCACAGAUUUAUUUCAUAUAUUACAGCCGUGCGUUUGUGUGUACUUGUACAUGUAGAUAUGUGUGUGAGUACUUAUGGGUUGUUCCCUUCAUAUCUCUGGGCUGUUUGCGGGGCGGACAAGGCUUUGCUUAAGUGACGUGAGAUCUUCAACCCCAACUUGGAGAGAGUGUGUGUAUCUAUUUAUGUGUACGCCUUUCUGCGGGUUGUGUGCGUCUUCUUUCACACUCAGGAUGAGCUUUGGCUUGUGUAAGGAGCUUUUUUGGAGGAGACGAAAGCACGGCUGACAGCGGCUGGGGGAUUAACUCUCACCGCAGAAACAUCCAUGAGAAGUAGGAAUGUGUAUCUGCAUUUGUGUGUAUGAGUGUGUGUGAUGUUUGGCGUUAGGAAUGUGUCAUGAUGAAAAAAAACAACAACAACAGAUUUCUCCAUUCUUUAAACAGUUGGACGUACCUCUCUGCCAGCUCUCCCUAUCUGCAGCAUGCAUCUGCUCCAUGCACGGUCAGCUGCAGGUCAUUCGAAACGCUGCAGACUCCACACAGGCGCUCCGGUCUGGCUGCUGCUGUAAUUGGACCUGUACAGGGUGAUAACAGAAGAGAUACAACUAUCGAAACCUGGCAGAACAUUUGAGUUUACACAGUGUGAUAAUUAAAGCCAACUUCACUGGCGAACAGACAGGGACACAAGUGGGCAGCGGAAAAAGCUGAACCAGUAAGAGAAACUUGAAAUCCCCGUGUUGGACUCAGGAACUCUUUUGAAAUAAUGGCUGAUUUUGGAAAAAAAGUAAAAAUCAAAAAUGAACAUAAGGCCGAUCGGUUACUCUGACCCUACAGCUGUAAAAUCUGGCAGGCGUUCUGAUGAAGGCAGGCUGUUCCCAGCGGUAACUGUACGCCUGCCUUCAUACAGUAAUUUUUAAUCUUCUUUCAAGACCUAUAAAUAUAUAUAUGUAGAGAGAGGGUAAACUAGACAACCAUCCUCAUGUCGAGGCUGGAAUCAGGAGUCGUCAAACUUUAAAUAUCUCUCUCUCUUUUGGGAAGGUAAAUGCACCGGUGGAGACACAGACUAUUUAAUGAGGGUUUUUCUACCUUGUUAUAUUCCUGUUACUUUUUCACAUGGUUAUGUUUCCAUGGAAGCCGGCAACAGUGCAAUACACCAACUACUUAAUGUGCAAUGUGGGGACAUAGCCAGAGGUGUAAUGGAUUUUAGUUAAACUGUGGUCUAUGUGGAGCAGACUCUGCAGUUCUUAAUGCAUAUUAAUUAGAGAAAUGCACAUUUUUAAAGGUCCCAUAUGAUUGUGGGUUUAGUUGUUUACAACACGCCCCGGUUGUCUGUUGAGCAAGUUUGUAAAUUCAGCUGCAGAAGCAUCACUAAUUCAGCCUCCGUAGAAGAUCUGCAGCCUCUCAGUUUGUAAUUGUACAUGCAGUGAUCCGAGUGGGCAGGGAUGCUGCGAUAAUGAGGCGCUGUGCUGUUUAAAAAUCAAUGCAGACAAGAUGCAGAGGUAGAAAAACACCGGGACAAACACAGCAAACACUCCCACACCAGUAAACGACACAAAUCCGCCAGAAUCUGACCCAGAACAGGAGGAGGUAACUGUUGCACCAGCUGAUACAACAGCAUGUCUCUGAGUUGUGAAUUUAAAACUGAGUGAUUGUCGAACUUUAAAGGUGGGGUAGGCAGGAUUCAGUUAAAGAAGCAUCUUUUUUUGUGAUGUUUAUACAAAAAAGCUUUUAAUAUCAGUCAAUAACUAUAGUUAUUGAUGACGUUCGGGAAUAUAACGAUAUCGCUGUGUUUUGUUAUGUCUGUGUAGUCAACAUUUAACAUUUUUUGAGCAGCCUGCUGUUUCAAAAUACCUGAUUGGUUGUGAGGCAGAAGCUACUCCCCCAUGUCAUUCACAAGUCUAAACAAAGUUAGCGUGCUACAAUAUCGGACAGUAGAAACCAACCAGAAAGUUCGGAAAAUUGUCUGAAUCCUCCUUUGGCCACGACUGCCGACACAAGCAAGAAAAGAAAGUAAAUACCAGAGACUCUGGCCAAAUAACGGACAAAGAGGUAGACCGGACAAGAGCCAAGAAGUCGAGUCAACUUUGGGAUCUUGGUAACCCUUUAACCUUUCUGCUGGACAGGUAAACUGCUUUAACAAAGUAAAUGCUAAACUGUCCUCCCUCGGGUCCUGGACUAUGUCACUUUAUCCUAGUUGUAGAAGUCCUGCAAACAUUGUGUUUGCUGGUAGUCUGUUGGCAUCUACAGUAGCACCAAUGCUUUUGACUUUCACCUUGACUGGGCCCCAUUUGUAAUGAUCUGAAGUAUUUAUCUGCAUUAUAUCUGAAUUUAAUUGGAACAAUAUCAGCGAGCAGGAGCGUCUGUUUGUGGGCGGGGCUUGCUGGAGCAGAGAGGGAGGGGAGAGGAGGAGCUGAGGGGAAAACUGAUUGGGAGGGGUAGAGUUUACAUUCAAGAUUUCUCCCAAAAACUGGCGCUUCCUCAGAUCCUGACUACCCCACCUUUAACUCCUUUUGUAAAUAACUUUAUGUGCUUGGCCCUCAUGGUUGAAGUGAUUUGCAACAAAUCAACUUUGGUCCUCUGGUGCUGGAACACAACACAGAUAUUUGUGUUGAUUUUCUAUUAAGAGCAGAAACAGGCUGCUGGGCCGGAAGAUGACUCAAGUCUAUAAUGGAAAAGACGGAAAAUUUGUUUUCAUUACGGGGACCUUGAACAUCAUGGUUGGAAAUUGAGUUCACAUUGCUGCUAAAUCUUGAUGCGGGGUUGCAGCAAAAACUAAGAGUAAUGUUUUUCAGUCAAGUCUGAUGAUAAGAGGAGCAGUAGUGUAGGAUUUAGGUCGAUUCAGCGGUCAAUAACUCUGCAUCAGUGCUCUAACAGAUAGUAAUCUGGUUUUAGGAUGAUUUGGCUUUGUUUAUGCAGAGUGGAUCACAUGGAGACUGUAUUGGAAAGAUGCAGCUUUUAGAGUAAUGAUUGCUGUGCUUUGAUUAUUGAAAGUGCUUUCUAAAUAUAUGAAAAAAAAGAGGAGCAGGUUUUUUUACAAACAUAUUUUAGGGAUGAUUGAUGAAAAAGCAGCCGUGUGCAAGAAAGGGCCACCACCGCUGGGGUCUUUCAAAACGAAAUAUGUAUCCCAUGAUGCACAAACUAAAUCAGUCCGGCUGAAGCUUCCAGACAAAUUUGACUCGGAGAUGAUAUUUCACAUCGUCCAGCUGUGGCGUAUUCAUCUGUGCCAGUUGUGUGUUUUGGAGCUGUCUCUCUACGUUUCUAAAGCUGUUGAGCUACAGUUUUCACAAUCUGCUGAUGUGUCGGGAAGUUAAAUUGUUCGGGGUUGGUAUUUUUUUGUGAUCCAACUGAGCCGUCAUUCCCUAAUACAUAGAUUUGGAUCCCUCUGUCACUGUAUUUAUGCAGCUUUUGAGCCUUUUUAAUCAGCAAACAAUCAUUUACUGAACUGUCAAAUGAAUAUUCAACAUUGAAAAGGAGGAAAAGCUUAAAAGGAUAUUCCGGCAUAAAAUUAAUUUAGGGUCAAACACACCGUAACACAGAGUUAGACACCCCCUGGAGAGAUGAAUAUUUCCGACCGCUUGCUUCUCUAGUUAUACCAACUUUAGUAACAACCGCAGGAUAGCAAUACACAGCAGUCUGAGGAGCCACAAACAAACCUCAACCAAAAAGCCACUCUAUAGCCACAAAUAAUGCUCAGAACAGCACCUAACUUCAUCAACAGUACAUACAGGGUCCCAGCCAUAGUACUAGCCACCAAACAUCUUUUUAGCUUUGACUAAUUUCUUUAGCAAAGAGACUAAACACAACUCACCUACUCUCUUCCACUAGCAGCGAGACCUCCGGCCAGUCCAUUACGGACUACAACGGGGUGCCGCAGCUCAAGGAAGAACAUUUAUGAUCAUUACUUUAUCAUUUCCUUAAAGUAAUAAUCAUCAUAUUAAUCAUUUUUCACUGCAGACGCGGUAGUUCUUCUGCCUUAGCGUCUCGGUCUGAUUCCAUUUCCAUGAAGAAAUGAUAAUAAAUGUUCUUCCUUGAGCUGGCCUGAGGUCUCACUACAAACAAGCGGCUGCUGGAAGAGAGUAGGUGAGUUGUAUUUAGUCUCUUUACUAAAGAAAUCAGGCAAAGCUACAAAGAUGUUUGGUGACUAGUUUUAUGGCUGGGACCCUAUAUGUACUGUUGAUGAAGUUAGGUGCUGUUCUGAGCAUUAUUUGUGGCUAUAAAGUGGCGUUUUGGUUGAGGUUUGUUUAUGCCUCCUCAGACCGCUGUGUAUUGAUAUAGUGCAGUCGUUACUAAAGUUGGUAUAACUAGAGAAGCAAGCGGUCGGCAACAUUCACCUCUUAAGGGGGUGUCUAACUCUGUGUUAUGGUGUGUUUGACCCUAAAUUAAUUUUACGCCAGAAUAUCCCUUUAAGAUUUGAUUAUCAGAGUUUGUUAUGAGUAACGCUGAGUGGUUCAUAAAAACCUUCAUCAACAGAAUUAGCAGCGGAAGCAACUAUGGAGAAUAAUUCUUCAAAAAUGAGCCUCACUGGGCCUUUUUCAAUAUUCAUGCACUGCUAUAGCUUUUGUAAAUAUAUCAACAUUAAUAUCAGUGAUAUCAGGGCUGGUUUAUCCGUCACUCUCUAUUAUAUCGCUCCUUCUCUUCCUGGUUAAACGGAGUUCCUGUUUCGAAACACCCAGCAGUCUGAACCGUUAAAGUGCCGUUAAAGAGCUCACAGUCACAUUAGAAAUGUCCUCUGGGCUCUGGUGGCUUUCAUGCAGCAUGAAAAGUUUGUGUCUAAGUAUACAUGCAUUAAAUUAAAAUAAGAAUAAAACAGACACGGGCACUAAUUAGCCCCUCAGAGUCCACGAGAGUGAGAAAACAAAGCAACCAGUAAAGCGCUCUUUUCUUGAUUGGAACUGUCAGCAGAGUUGUAAUCCGAACCAAUGAGGCUGCAUGGCUGUAACUACCCGUAUAAUAUCAUCAUGUUCACAUUGCUCACUACGGUUGCACAGCCUUUUGCUUUCUGGGUGCUUUUUAAGUUGCACAAUGCUGACCCCUGGCCCGCUUCUGUGUGGGUUUAUGUGCAUAGCGUGUGAUGUUGAUGCGGAUUUUUACGCAAGCCCCAAGGGUAUGGUGGCGAGGUCGGGGACAAUCCAUUUAGCCUACUCACCCUAGUAAUUAUUCAGCAUCAGUAUCACAGAGGACACACACACACACACACACACACAUACACACACACAUAUAAAGUGCAGAGCAAACUAAUGCACGGUUAAAAGGCAAAGGCACAGAGAGCAAAGAGGAGUGUGAGAGAUUACAGCGUAAAAGUCACUCUGAAUGCAAAGGGUUAAUGUUUCAACCUGCUAAUACUGCAGGCUUACUACAUGCAUGCGUGUGUGUGUGUGUGUGUGUGUGUGUGUGUGUGUGUGUGUGCGUGCGUGUGUGUGUGUGAGCAUCUUGGUAUGUGUGCCUGCAUCCUCUCCCCGCCCAAGGCAAGGUGGAAGGUUAAUUCAGGACUGUCGCUGCUGAGCUCUCCUCUUGCCACAUUAUACACACACUAUACACACACACACACACACACACACACACUUACACACACGCAAACUCAGGCCUUAGGCUCUCCUCAUCUCCCCCAAAGGCACACUUCUUCGUCUUCCCUCACACCUUCCAUCCAAAUCUCACUCAAACACAUUUUAUGUUUACACACAUACAAACACACACACACACACACACACACACACACUUCCUGCCCUGAGCAUCGUUGUCUGUGUUGUUAAUAAGGUCAGGGCAGUGGGCGGGAGGGCGGGAGGGGGGGGUCAUGCCUGAAUCAUGACUCACGGCUCCCCUAGCAACCACCACAGACUGCGCUUACCUGGCCCACACACAAACACACACAUGCCAACAGGGUGCCAAGGUGACCUUAGCAUCCUCACCAACACUAUCCUCUGACAGAGAGGCAAAUAAAAUCUCUGUAUCCUCUCUCUCUCUCUCUCUCUCUCAGACACACACACUCGCUCUCUCAUCCUCCUGUAUCCAGCAUGUGUGACCCUGGGAAGGAUUAUUGGAUUACUCCAUUAACAAGGCCGUCACUCACACACCACAACCUGUUAUUUUCAAACACAUCCCUGCCUCACCUUGUGCUGUAAUGCACAACAAUUUCCUUCAUACUGUAUCCCACCUUGGCCCUGCUUUGACAGGCACAGGCGCUCAAUAAUUAAAGGUAUAGUAUGUAGUUUUUAGAGGCAUUAAGCAGAACAGCAACAUUACAUUCAUUCAAAUGAGUGUGUAAUAUAAUAUGGAGGAAACGACAUGCUCACAACCGAUUGUUUUUCCUUUCUGUGGUCGUCUCUUGAUAAUUUGGAUAUAAUUCAGGGACCGUUGAGCCUCUACUAUAUGUGAAAAAGCAACGUUAUUUUACAGUUUGGGUUUUUGCAGGUUUACUCGUGUUUAAUAAAGUAAACUAUGUUCCUUUAUGCUGUUACCUUCAGACAGAGUUAGCAGUUCAAAGUCCUGUUAGAGUCCACAUGGAUCAGGGAUUGACCAUCGGAUUGUUCUGUGUGACUAAUAAAUCCAUAAUCAGGAAGUAUUUCUCAUCUACACGAACUGAUACGCAGUCAGGAAAUCGCAUAUGGUGUUUUAUUUUGAAAUACCGGAUGGCAUGCACGGUUUUCGUGCUUGACUUCCUGUCAUACACGUUGAUGCAGUCAGUCAAUCCCAGUGGAAGGUGAAGAAGAAGAAAGUGACUUUUGUGCGCAACAUAAUUUGUAUUGAUAUGAAUCCGUAAUGGGGGACAAAUGAAGACAAAUAGAGAGUCAUUAUCAUUGUCCUUUACUGGAGAGGUUAUUAUCUAAUCCCUAGAUACGGCUAGAUAGUCCUCUUUUCACUGUAACUUGAACACUUCUAUUGGUGUUUAUGGAUAGAUACUAGGGGUGGGAGAAAAAAACAAUUCACAUAAACAUCGCGAUUUUUUGUUUUACAGUUUUUAAAUCGAUUUUUAUUUUUCAAAAAUCCUUUUUUUUCGAAUUUAAGAAUAAAUCUUAAAAACUGAAUUACAUGUGGUGUGUAUUUUGGGGGGAAAAUGGUUCCUGGAAUAGCCAGUCGACAAUCAUAAUGCUGUUUCAACUGUUUCACUGUUAAAAAUGCAGACUAAAAAUUGAGAAAAUCGACAAUAUCGUAGAAAUGCAAUUUAAAUAAAAAAUGCAUCGAAAAAAUCGUAGAAGAAUCGAAUCGAGAGAAAAGCAUAUCGUCCCACGCCUAAAAGACACGUUUUUAGAUAUUGACAAUAACUGCCUUUUUAAACGAAUGAAAUACUGAUAUUUUGCUAAAAUAAGGCAAACAGUUAUAAAGAGAUGAAGAAGCAGCAGCUGAGAGCCAGCCAGCUGUAGCAACCAUCGGAGAAAUGACGACGCACUUUGACCUUUUGUAGCUCAGUUUGGUAACUUCCAACCUAGCAGAGGUUACAACCUUCAAAAUAAAAGCAUGGCUCUAGGAAAUGUGAUGUGUAUGAAUCAUAAAUUUGGCCACAAUAAUCAUGAAAUGAAAAUCUGCUCUGUUGUGUUUGUAGCCCCAAACGAGACAAACCGGAUAAAAAUCUGAUACCCUGUCACUGAUGAUGGUUCAAGCUGAGUUCAAAUGGCGGUGUUGGCGUGUAAAUGAUGUGGGUUGGCUUUGGCUCAGUGGUCGGGCAGCUUGAAUUUUAAUCAAAAGGUUGAUGAUUCGACUCCAUCCUCUGCUAUGUCCUUGGAACCCCACACUGCUCCCUGUAGCAUCGCCAGAUCCGUGUGAAUGUGAACAAAUGGAAUCAGUUAAUACUUGAUUGGUACUUUAUAUCGCAUCCUCUGCCAUCAGUGUAUGAAUGGGUGAGCGUGACACGAUGUAGAGGAACUUCAAGUGGUCAGAAGACUUCACUGCUUUAGCUGGUUGUCGUGUCCAAAAGCAGUUUAGUUUGUCACCACUGCAAACGUCCCUAUUGAAUACGAAAUGAACGGAGAAGUUCUCCGGGCUGAUUUCAUUUAUAUUCUCAGGCCUGGCGAUGUGACACUCACCCACACUCACUGCAGAGAAGAAGCUGUCUUUUGAUGCUUUGUACAGUGUGAGCCAAACAGAGGAGCCCUAUCAUUUUCAAAACAGCAGGAUAAGUGGCAGAGCGAGAAUCUAUGUUUUUGAUCAAGUUCGUGGAAAAAAGCGACAUCUAAAAGCAACAGAUACAGACUCUUGGCUUCAUGAAAGGCGCCACAUUCAGCCACUACAAAACUCUUAACUAUAAUUGAGUUUAUUGAUCUGUUGACUUUCAGAAAAUUGUUAUUCUAGAUGACUACAGAGUUUUUCUACUACAGGAUAUUUGUCGUGCACAAAUGCCUUAAAACUCGCUGGUUUAAUCUUGUUACAACUUGAAGACUUUCUCCAGAGUAAGACUGAGACUUUUGACCAGUGUAAGCCCUUUAAAGACCUUUUUUUUAACCUUUCACAACCUUAAUAAGAAGCAUCCAACUGAGGCCGAGAUCAAAAUUUAUCAACAAUUAUUAUCCUGUAUACUGUAAAAAGGAAAAUUAGCAAACAUUGGUCACCAUGUUGGAAAUACCGAGUCAUUACAGACUCUACUCUUGAGCCUCUUACACGCUGCCGUUCUGCAACGGAGCUGAAACAGAGUUCGCCAUCAUAAUGCGUUGAUACUUGUACACGCACCCCUGAAAAGGCGCAAUAUUGGUGCUUCAGAAUGUUGUUGCAUAUUGCAGUGCAUUGUUGCGGGAAGCGGCUUGUUAAAACCAUAGACUCUAAAGCUAUAAGGGGGUUCAUGUUUUCUAUGAUUGACACAUGAUAUAGCCUAUGGGCGUACGAAGAUUCCUGCUGUCCGUAAUCCGCCACGAAAUUCGCCUCACAAACUGAUCUGGUAGGAAUUGGCAGACGGUGAAAAUCGUCGCCGUUCCAGAUUGGAGCCGUUCCGGAUGCUGUGGAAAUUUGGGUUAAGGCUUUUACAUCCAGCCCCAAGUGGACACCUUAGGGACUGCAGACCAAAUAUAUUAUAGUAUAAUAUAAAAAAUUCCGAUGUUCUGGGGGGUGUUAUGCCUUGAUUUAGGCUAAAAAGAUACAGGGAGUGGGUGGAGAAAUGCUCCAGUUAGUCCUACAUGGACGGAGCACCUGCUCUACAAACUGAGCUGAACUGCCGCCCCUGGUUAUAAGAAAAUAUAAUCAGCUCUGUAAUUUAAAAAAGCAACAUUGUUCCAGAUAUUUAUGCCUUGAGGUACAAGAAUGAUAGUCACUGAACCAAUCGUUUGUAGACACACAUUAAAGUGUACUAAUGAUUUGGCUCAAACUGCUAAAUAGACUUCUUUAUCUCUCACUCUUCCUGUUUGACCCCUCUUCAUACCUCACCCUGAUUUUACCCCACCUCUCGCUCACUGUUACCCCCUCCCCUCCCUUCUUGUAGCUACCUGUCCCCUCCCAGAGAGGACUCCAGGCAACCAGAGUCUGGUCCUUCUUUUCCUCAGAGAGUCCAAAGUGCUUGAUGAGUCCUGACAGAGCAGACAGGGUGUAGAGGCCACUGCUUUAACAGCCAUUACCGGGAUAGGUGCUGACAGCUAGGGUGCUUGUUCCUCCCUCUUUCCCUUUCUCUCUCACUCUCUCUAUCUCUCUCUUUCUGUUCAGUCUGUAUGUCGGGCGAUGCUCCUAUUAGGAAACUCUGGAGGAGCGUUUUAAACCACGACUGCGAUGGAAAUAGAGGAAUCUGUUGUGCUAUUUCGGGGACGACUUUUGUUUCAGGCUCAGACCGCUGGCCACGAACGGAGACAAACAUCUUAUUCUCUCUUUAUGUUUGUCGGAUUUAGUUUGUCUCUACAAACAAAAGGUAAAAGCAGACGAGAUAAGGUCACGCGGAGGCAAAAUACGCUUCAAAGCUGUAUCACCAAACAAAGUUAAGCUGACAAGAGGAACAAUUACACAAAAAGCUGUUGAGAUGAAAGACGUAUUGAAUUACUUGUGCAUUAUUGUGUGGAUUUCUGUUGUGACAUUCAGGCAAUUGAAUUACUGAAACCAACUCUGAAUGCUAAUGUGGUUUUGUCGUUUCAGUCAUUCAUCGUAAAGAUCAGAGGCAGUAUCGCUGAACGCUUUCCUGCUUUUAAAUCCCCCCCCCAAUAUAUUUCCCUCAAAAAAAAAAUGCUCACUCAUUUAGGAAGGGUGUUUCUUUGCACGAGCUUCAGACCAACUUAUCUCUUUGUUUUUUAAUUAAAUGUGGCACUUUCGCCUCUGGAGUUGCUUUGUUUCACGGUGAUAAAGCCGCAGAAUGCAGCCGCAGCGCCUGUCAUCUUGAAAAACAAUCAGCGGCUCCAGAUAAAGACCAAAUCCACAGUAAUUAUUGCACCUUAAACAUGAGGGUGUAUGCUCCUAUUUUUCUUCUUUGUUUUAAUUUGGGGAACAGCCAGAUAGCAGGCGUAAUAGACGACUGUAAUUAUAAGAAGAUGGUGGAACGGGGAUUAUUGCUUAAUGCUUCAUGUACAGUGGCGCUGUCAUUCCCUCUAAAAGGAAAUUCUUUAUAAUGCAGCAGAAGGAUAAAAGCAUCGCAGGACUACUGUGUUACAUCUCCGCGCAUUUGUCUUGAUACAUUACCAAUGAGGACUUUGUUUAUUUCGCCAUCUACGCUGUAUUAAGACUGGCAUGCGACAUGGAGUUACAGGUAAAUGAGAUUACCUCCCGGGGACGGGGGAAUGGCAGAAACAGAAUAUCUUCCCCCUGUGGGCCCGUUGUUCCCUGUGGUUAAAGAGCGCUGUCUUGUCGGAUCCGUCUGUGACAGAGGGAAAAAAAAACACAACUAACAAAUUCCUUCCUGUGUUUUUGUUUUCAGCCUGAAGCAACACCAGCAGUAAGCCACGGAGACAGGCCGCUCUGGCAAGAGAGAAGAGGAGGAAGAAGAAGAAGAGGAAGCAGAGAUUAUCGGAAUAAACAACUUCCCAAAAAAGAGAGGACUCGUGUCACAGACUGAAGCUUGUGAGAAAGUCGUGCAAAGAAACUUCAGCGUGUGCGUGUGUGUCAAAGUGCGUGUGUGUACGGGUGUCAUUGACGCCCGCGCAUGCAUCAGCGGUAUGCAUGUGUAGGCCAUAUUGAGUGUGUUUACUGCUAUCUUUGAUCUAAAAAUAUACCUGAGAUUUAUUCAGCACCUAAGUGUUUGAUAUAAGUUCUCGACACCGACAGUUGCAGAAGACUUGCGGCUGCAUAUUGCCAUAAAACUCCCGUGUGACCCACAAUCCUAAAAUCAAAACUGAUGUCAGUGCGUUGCCCAGAGUGGUAAUAAACCAUUUCAAUGAUAGUCAUAGAGCAGCAGUAGUAAUAACUCUGUAACAAGCUGUCCCGCAAGUGCUCUGACAGUGAUCCAAGUCUGAACACAGUCUUCUGUUUACAUGCACUAAACACACAGUGAGGCUGACAGUGGCACAUGCAUGGCUCACUUCCAGACCACUUGGGACCAACUCAGGCCCAGACUUUCAAAUCCAAGGAAAAGGAAACUCCCAAAAACCUCAGCCAUUUCAAACUGCAUGAACGUCCAUAAGUUAAAAAAAAAAAAGAAAAAGGGGGUAUUUUAUUUUAUUUUUUAAAAUCUUGUGUUGUCUAUAAAUGUAGUGGAUUUGGUGUCACUUUUUUCAAUUGGUGUCCUUUUGAAACCCAUUUUUUCAUAUAUUCCAUUUAAUCAAAAUGUGGAGAGGUGAUGUAGUAACCGGAGAAAAAGGCAGCAGAGAAGAAGCAGCACAAAGACUUUCAAAAAUCCUGCACUGAAUCGAGGGUCUGUGCAACUGUUGUGAACCAUCUACUAUUGAAAACAUUCCCACAGCACUGAAUACUGAUGUCAGAUGCAGUCCAGAGGUGACAAAAAUUCUCUUCUUUGUGGAGAUGGGCAACUUGUAGAUAAUAGUUUUUUAUUUUUCUGUUGCUAUGGCCAGAGAAAAAACACUUCCUAAACCAUGUAGCAGCCAAUGUACAGUACAAACGGGAUGUAAUCCAAUGCAUGAGAGAUGUAAGACGUUGCAUUCACUUGCCUUUUUGAAAUCUAUUGCUUGCGCGUUUUGGCAAUAGCGCUGCUUUCUAGUGAUAGCUUCGUAAUGCAUUAAUGCACAUGCCUGCACCUGAACAAAGAGGUCACCUUUUCGUACUGAACUGGCUUCUUCUCGACAUCUCAUCUACUCUUCAUAAAUGGAUCUUUAUGUUACCGGAAAUCUACAACCCCAAAUCGAAAAUACUGGGACUCUGUGUGAUAUUAUUGAUAAGAGCAGAAAGUGAUGUUUGCAAAUCAUUCGAACCCUAAAUUUGAUUGAAAAUAAAGCAAAAACCUGUGAAACGUUGAAACUGAAAAAGCUGAGCAGUCAUCCCCAAUUUCCACCGCAACCUGAACGGCUAAAACAAGGCCGUAUCCACCAAUCGUAGCUGCUCAUAACCAUUUAGGUUAAUGUGUCAAUUUCCACCGGCUUCUUUCCACCACUGAUUCCCACUGUCCGUAAUCCGCCAUGAAAUUCGCCUUACAAACGGAUCCGGUUGGAUUUGGCAGACAGCGAAAACUGCAGCCGAUCCGGACGCCGAGGAAAUUCAGGGUCAGCCUCUUCUUCUGUAGAGCAAUGCUGUUGUACUACCUGAACACUUGGUCCUCCCUACAAAGAAAUCAUCUGGAUGGGAGAAUAUGUUGCUCCAACACCUGUAUAUAAUGAUCAGCAUAUGCGGCGCCCUCCCAGGUGUGUAGGCUCCUCAUGGGCAGUGGGCACUCAUGCGUCCUCAUACCAUCAGGGAUGCUGGUUUUUGAAAUGCGUGCUCAUAACAAGCCGUAUGGCCUGUCCUCUUUAGCGCAGAGAUCCCAGUGACCAUCAUUUCCGAACCAGGAGAGUCUUCCACUUUUCCUCAGUCCGUCUUAAAUGAGCUUAAAGUCAUCUUAGUUUUUUGUUUGUUUUUGAGCCUUUUAUUUGGAGAGGUCUGGACAGUGGACUGGGACUCGCAACCCCCCUUCAUACAUAGACCACCAGGCCAGAGUCAUCUCUGUUUUAAUGCAGUGCCGUUUGAGAGUAAUCAUAGCCAUCAAGCUCUGAUUUUAUUCCUUGUCCCUUUUCUAUAAGGUUUCUCUGAAUCUUUUGAAAAUAUCAUGAACUGUAGAUGAUGACGUCUCUAAAGUCUUUGCAAUUUUACUCAGAGGAACAUUAUUCUGAAAUUGCUGCGCCAUUUGCCGGCCGAGUCUCUCACAGAGUAGUGAACGUCUUUGAGUCUUUAUUUCUAGAGGGAUUAAGCCUCUCCUCCACCCAACCAUGUAGAGACGCGUUCCUCCGACUUCUUCAGAGUUUUGUUGUUUCAAAACUUCAAAAAUCUUCCAGUUUCAAGAACAGAUUUGUCCUCUAUGUGAUAUUUUCAAAUGAAACAUAGCGGUUGAAUGAUUUGCAAACCAUCUAUAUUUAUAACUCUUCCCACAGCGUCCUGAUUUUUCCUGAAUCAGGGUCGUAGAGAGGUCCUAGUCUGUAAGCACUCCGGAAAUCGUCUCCAGAUUGUCUGUAAAGUGAGAUUCAUGAAGGCUUUGUAGCACACUCCACUCUCCUCAAUCGUACUGAGCAGCUUUCUUUAGACAGGACUCAAACGCAGCACUUACACUUUAGCUUUUCUCUGUCGGUUCUUUUUGGUCCAAAAACUGUUUUAUUUUUUUCUUCUUUCUGUGUAGACACAACAAGAGCGUGUUCAUUUCAUUCUCUGUAGAUUUCACAGCGAAGAGAGGAAACUCAGAAUGAUCGAAUUACACUUAUUUUUACAAACAUAUGGAUGAGUUCAGAUUUAUGCAAACACACUGUCAUAUUUACAAGCAUACAUCGUGGGUUUGGAGUGAAAUAGAUUAACGAAGCAAAAAAAGGUGUUUUAUGUGUAAAUAUGCGGUAGCUGCAGGUGACAUUUGUGUUUUAAAAAGUACAAGAGUUUUGUAUUCAUAGUGUUUAUCUGCACUGAACUACAGGGUGAUAAGGGAAAUGUGUUUCUUAUUGAUAUUAUUAAAAGAUACUAAUAAGCUGACAUUAAGAUGAAAUGUCUGUUGGUAGGAUGUGUUUUUGUACGGAGAAGCAUCAGUGAAAAUUUACUCGGAGGCGGUGGUGAUGGACCAAAAUCCAACUAAAAGGAAAAGACAUCAGACCAACUCAGAGGGAUUUCGUCCCCGGCUGUUUUCAUGAGGACGACCACGAUCACCACAAAGACUGAGAAACUUCUAAAACACGUCUCUGGAUUGUCACUGGAUUUCAAAAACCCAGGAAAAGGGCAAACAGGACUCCAGACUGUUGGAUUACAAAGUGACGGCCCAGAAAUGACCCACAUCUCUGUUGUCAUUGAUGCUGUAAGAAAAACAGGAAGUCAUUUGGCUUUUUUUCUUUGCUGUGCAUCAUGGCUCCUUGGAAGACUCUUCACACUCUCUCCAGCACUGGUGUUUUCACAAUAAAAGCGCUGUCUGUGUGUGCCGAUAUCACAGUCCUGUGCAGAUGAUGACUGUGCUGUGAGUCACAUAUUUUAGCAGAUGUUACAUAAUAUAUGACAGAGAUGUUAUCUAUGGGUAGGAAUUGUGCAAUAUGAUGCUUGCGGGUGGGUGUCUGUGUAUGUGAAGCUGUCAACUGCGCUGGCAGUGGGAGACUCGCUGUGAGCUGUGUACUGUGAGCACAUUUGUAAACACACCUGAUGAUGAAUACAAGGAAGAAGAUGACUAUAUCUAUUUUCUCUUGCAAAAUCCAGACCCGUGUUUUUCUUUCUUGCUUGUUUACACCUUGAGGAAGAUGCGUGUGAGAUUUGUUGCACUGGCAGCGAUCGUUUGUUAGCACACACGCACAACCUCGAGUCUGCAACACUACCCACACACACACACACAAAAAAAAAGGUUUCAAUCACUGAGCCUAAUGAUUACUCUUCGUUUACUCAGGGUCUCUCCUGUUUCCUGUUUUUAAUGUACUUCUCAGCUCUGCUUCUACUUUCAUGAGUACUCUCUGGAGGAACAAACAAACAAACCAAAAAAAAAAAACAGCUCUCUAUUUAGCUCCUGAGUGAAAAAUAGUUUUUUACUCACAAUAUCCAAGAGCCCAAACCAAUUAUAGAGGUGGAAAUUAACUGGUUACGUACAUGAAUGUGAGUUUUUUAUUUGAAUGAAUCUGCGUAACAAAGAGCUGCUCAAUAGACGGGCACUUCCCUUAGAUUUCAAGGGAUAUUCCAGCAUAAUAUUAAUUUAGGGUCAAACACACCGUAACACUGAGUUAGACACCCCCCCUCGAGAGAUGAAUGUUGCCGACCGAUGCCAACUCAAAGAACAACCGCACAACAGCAGUACACAGCGGUCUCAGGGGUCGCCUUAACCAAAACGCCAUUCUA